UGGGAGAGCUUGGCAGUGAUAGAUGAGUGCAGUUGAGAUACAGUAUUGGAUAAUUAAAGGAGAAGAUGAAGCACUUGGCUGCUCUUAAUGUCAUCACGGACAUCAGGCCUCGCCUGUCACUCACUGUUAAUACUGACCUUGACAUUUUUAUGCACCAACCUGGCAGUUUUUCUGUCUUUUUACAUCUUUAGUCUCCUUCGUGUUGCAGCGUUUUUGCUCAUUUUUCAGCCGCUCCCCUUUGUACUGUGUACCAUUAUCUCCAUCAAUUACUGUCACUUAUUCUUUUAACGUUCAAUUACACAUGAUGCAGCAGGCUCAUAAUGUACUGUCGCUGCUGAUUCACCGGUGGACACUUUCCCCUUAAUUCUCCUUUAAUUCUUUCUUCCUCCUCCCCCUGCUCCUCCUGCUCCUCCUGCUCCUCCUUAUGAGCUUUCUAUCUCCCCCUAUUUCUCUCCUCCUCCUCCUCCUGAGCCAAUCAGGCCACGCCUCCAUGGCAACCGUCAGUGAGUGUAAAACAUCCACAGAUGGUGCUGAGUAGAGCGAGCGGCACUGCAAGCGCACUACGAGAUCAAGUGUGGGAGUGUGUGUUUGUUUAUGUGUCUGAGAGGAGACAGAGGCGCUGAGGCUCAUUGGAUAACCGCUGCAUCGUGGAGUAGUUUCUAGUAACACUGUCGGGGAGUGGGAGUGUGUAAGCCCAGAGGAAAAGUCUCAAGAGGAGGAGGAGAAAGUGUUGGAGGAAGAAGAGAAGAGAAAAACAGACACCUUCCCUUGAGGAGAGAAGUAAAACUGGCGGUGAGAAAAUAUUAAUGACCUGACACAAAAAGCACACAACAAUCUCCCCGUGUGGAUCAGACAACCUCACGCUGGACUGGAGCCGCACACCGGGAGAGAGACACACGCGACACAAGUCAAACCCCCCUCACUGCGCUCCACUCACUCAUGAUCAUCACUCCAAACACGCGCCGACACAAGGGCCACACUGACACAGCCAGAAAAGUGGAGCCAAGAAGAGGACGCUUGAUUUGCCUUUGGACUCUGUCAAAAUAAAAGUCAUCUUUGGAUUUUUUUUUUAUUAAAUACCCUGGACCAAGAGUCCCCCCCCUGUUGUGCUGACCUUUUCCAACUCCCCUCUUCGCCUAGGAGCAAAGAUGAGCUGCAGGAAAAGGUGCAAGCGGGAGAUCUUCAAAUUUGCACAGUACCUGUUCAGACUUGUCACGGGCACGCUUAACACCGGUAAGAAACCUGGUGGGCUUCCAGAGGAGGGGUUUUCAUUCGCAGUGAUUCGUUUAGACAAACUGAGAUUUUCGCCGCAUCCUCCUGGCACUUUGGUGAAACUUUUCCGCUUGAUUCAUAGUUUAAUAAGCAAAAAUAAAAGCCAGGACACGUGGGGCUUUGUGAGGACACUUGCACACCAUCAGUGUCUCGCAGUAUUUAGUUUGUGUGUACAUUAACUCCUCCAGACUCUCUGCUGGAGCAUCGUGAGGAUUUCCAGAGUAGGUUUGAAUUUAUGAUGUACUCUGCAUCAUAAUUUGUGUGACUGCCUGUGUAUGUCUAAGUGGAAAUGGGUGCAAGAUAAAGUACGCAUAGAGGCAAAGGUGAAAUCAUUAAAAAAGGAAAGGACAACAACUUUUAACAGCUAAUUGCUUAUCUGUAUCUCGAUGUUGCGAACUGUUUUGCACAUUUCAUGUUGCAUCCUCGUAUUUUCUUGUUAGCAGCAGUUCAUUUGGGUUCAUCACACCCUCAAAUAUUACUUUGGCUGAUUGCACAUGCACGAGUCAAAAGCACAACAGUGAAAUGAACGUGUCAGAGUCUGUUGACACUGAAUCUGCCUGCAGUCACCCUUAGAAGAAAAAGUUGUGUACACAGCAGCGUCAUCCAUCACUGCUUCUGCACCUGUAUCAUGCUGUAAAGUGCAGAGACGAUCCUGGCUUCCCUUUUUGUUCUGCAUCUACACACACACAAAAACACACACACACCACAAGCUUCCUAAUAAGACAGAUAGCAAAUCAAUGGUAUUAACAAGAUUAUAUCUCGGAUUAGAGUGGAUUAUCAGGAGAUUACUCCAUGAAAGGUGCAAUACGGGAUAAAGGUUAGCAGGAGUAGCAGGGACUCAUCUCUAUCAAAUAUUUCUGGUAGUCAUCAUACUGGUGUGAAGGAUUAUUUACAUAUGUCACUUGGAUUGUGUGCAGUCUUUUAUUUUGGCGAGGUGCACAGAUGUGACUACUCGAGUAUCAUAUUCAAACACCUUUGCCUUGCUCCUGUCUCGUCUUGUACCAACUAAGCUCCGUGGUUGAGUAAGUUGUUGAUUAUCACGCUGUGUGAGUGAGAUGGUGCUAAACCCAAGAGAGGUGCUAUAGGAACAUGAUAAUGAAUUCCAACAUGCCUCUGAAGAUGUGGGACUUAAUUUUUUUCCUAGAAAUGGCUUCUUCCAAAUUGCUUUAUUUAAAGCAAGAAAAAAAAAACAUGCACUUUCACACUGUGGAGUAUAUUUCCACACAGACACGGCCUACUUUCUUAUGUCUCCUUGACCUAUAGGGAAAAAGAACAAGAAGGGAGGAUGGGAGGCAGCUAUAGAGAAGCUGCUCUAUCACUGGGCUGCACUUUAAAAGGUGUGGAUGACUUCAGCUCUCCAAUCAUACAGAUAAAUAUAACCUUGUGGGGGGAUAGCCUUCUUAGAGAAGUCCAUCUGAUCCUGGAGUCCCUAGCUACAAGCAGGUUGAUUUGGUUUGAAUGCAAUUUCCUUUUACUCAUAACCUUAACCCAAGUGUGUCCAGUUCUUAUUUCCAUUAGUGUGGUCAAGGCUUUGCAUAAUAUAAACAUGGCAGCGUUUGACUGGGUCCAACAGGGAACAGCUUUUGAUGCCUUUAAAGUCAAUGUCAGCACUUAAUUAUUGACUGUAUUAAAUACAAGGCAGGAUAUAUUUCCCAGUGGACCUAGUCCAAUCAUUGUGCUUGCGCUGAGUGAGAAUUUUUUAUUGAUGCCAUUGUCUGAAGUAUAUUAGUCUGGUUGCCAUUUUGAUGAACCUUAGAGCCCUUGAAAAUUUGAUCACGUUCACUUUCAAAGAGGUUAAACCAUGAAGGCAUGUGUCAACCAUGGUAGCUUUAGCAGCAGCUCUGCACCUGGAAGUUGUACCCCUGACAAAAACAGUGAGUAGUUUAUUGCAAGCAUUGUUAUUCACAAAGAUGAUUUGUCUUGAUUUCGAUUCGUUAAAGGGAUUGUUGGGGGAAAGUGACUCUGAUGACAUUGUCCGAAAGUUGCACGACUUUCAACUGAGAGCACUGAAUGUAUUAUCUGAGGUUGUUUAGAAGACACUGACCCUUACCCUCCAGACUUUGUGGAUGAAAACAUUCAGCCAUCACAGCGAUAAAUAUUCAUUUUCAUGGAUUCUUAAUUACUUGUAUCAUAUUUUAUUCUACAUCCCGAGGGUUCUGCUGCUUAUUUCCUAAGGGUGGGGAAUCACCAGUUACCCCACGGUACAAUAUUAUCACAAUACUUGGGCCACGAUACAAUAUUAUUGCGAUUUUUAACAUUUUGGGAUAUGGUGAGUAUUGCGGUACAAUAUGUUGCGAUUUAUACAAUUUUUUCAACUGUUCAGCUAAUUUCGCAUUCGUCUUAUUUACACAGUAUUUUAUAUUCAUGCAUUACAUCCUACAAAUCUUAUGUGCCAGGUCCAUCUCAUUUGCGCCCUGUUUGCAUUUUUAAUGUUUUACCCCAGGUGCUGCUAUAUUUGUUGAACUAACUUUCUCCUGCUCUAUGAUAUCUGGACAAACAGUUGAUUCCAUUUUCCAUUAUCACAGACUUGACUUCAUAUUAACAAUCAAUUUGAAAAAAUCGACACUUGGUAAAUGAGACGAAACGAUAUAUCAUCAGACAAAAUAUCGUGAUCUUAUCCUGUAUCGAUUUUUUUUCCCACCCCUAUUAAUUCCCAUCUUUGAAAACUAUGACAUUAGUCUGAAGUGGCGGCAUUUGUCAAUCCAAACGUUGAGAGUGAAUUACAAAACUUUCUUUUUCAACACAUUGUUUUGCUGAAACCUCUGAGUACAAAAAGUAGAGAAAGACAUUACCCAAGUCAACUCCCGAAACCCAUUAUCAUUCAUUCAUUAGAGUGUCUUUCCACUUGAAUGAACCCAUCGCUCUGUAAACACCAUAUUAACUCAUCACAUGCUGCUCCUCCUGCAGAUGAAUAUAAAUAGAGUUUGACCAAAGCAAAGCUGGCGUGGCUGCAUUCGGGUGACCGGGGGAAAAGGAUGAUGGAUGGACUCAGUUAGUAGACCAUGGGAUUUUAAUUGAGAUGUUCAUUGUCCGAGAACUGUCUUCAUUGAUCGCUUUGUCACCAGGGCCAGAACAAACGCAUAGUGUAAGGUCGAGGGUAAUGUGUAUGAUUUAAUGAAACAAGUGUUGGCUGAUUGGGAUGUGUGUCGUCACGAAUGUCAUGAAGGUUCGUGAUCAUACGAGCUUGCUCCUCGCUAUAGAUCUAUGAACAAGAUGUUUGAUAAAGACCUCAUUAUCUUCAUUUAUGGAGUUAUAAAUGAAGUUGGAAUUGACAGCUAAUUAGUUCAGUGUUACCAAGCACAUGUUAAUUUAUUGAUGAGGAAACUACACAGCUGCAGUGAGGGCAAACUCUUCUUUUCUGCUGCACGGGAGGCCUUGAAUUUUCCAUCUGAGAGAGAAAAAAGAAUCCAAACAGAUUAUAGAUGCUUAUUCUUCCAGGUUAUAAAACCAAACAGCAGUGUCAGCACUACUCAGUAUAUUGGAAAGAGGAAAUGCAUUUGUUGCACACACCAGGGGAAAUCAGUCUUCCCCAAUGUUUUCGAGACCACCUUUUAGAAAUACGCUCCAGGAGAGCCACAAGUCCACAGUUCAGAUGUUCUAAAGCAGAGUUUUUAAUGUGGUUUGCUGUGAAUAGACCCAUUCUUAAUGUCUGUUUGCGAUGUAGUCGAUACCCACGACAGCUUCGAGCGUGUAGUUUCCACUUCCAUUCAGCUGGAUUGCAUUGUACUGCUUAGUAAAUCUGCUGCUGUGGAAUCUCUCACCACAUCUUCACAGUUUGCUUCUCCCCCCGGCUGUCAGACAUCCCAGCCUCUGUAAUGCAUCAUCUUUUCUUUCCUGAUCAGGACAGCCUCACAUACUCAUCACUGAGUCUGAGCAUAUUGUUAGAAAUAAGAGUGCAUGCCCUCUAAACCUCUGCGCCCGCUUUUAACAGCGAAACUGCUAAAAGUUUCUUUGGGAUGACUUUUAUUUGAGCUGCCAAAGCUCUGAGCAUUAUCGAUUUCAUGUAGUUUGUUCCAGCUUGCUGUGGUUGUUUUUCUCUGCAGGUGAGAUGGAUGUCCUCUUAGUUGAGUUCUUUAUUAUGGAACAAUAAUUGAACACAAUGUCCCCGGACUUUUUAAUGAGUAUGAAUCAGAUGUGCAGGUUUGCAGGGCAAGAAAGCUUAUCUCAGAACAAGCAGGAUGCUUUAUUUUAUUGCCUAACAGCUAUAACAAACCCUUUUACAGUUUUGGUGCAGGAAGUGUUCUAGUUUUUAUUUGUAGUAUUUUUAUGGCCUGAGUAGUAUAAUGACUAAUUUCAGCAGGCUUUGGUGCAUGCAGGAAAACAGUCUGUAGUGAGAGAAAAAGCACAGUUUGAUAGCAAUGAUGCCUGGACUUUUUCCAGCUUUAAUCUCAUCUUUUAACAUUUCUCUAAAUUUAAAUACAAAUCACCCUCAGUUUUAGAUCAAAAGUUUCAAUUAAAGUGACAAAUCUGCUCAACUCUGUCUGAACUUCUUGGGAUGCAUCAGAAAUGAUCAAUUUGACCUUCAAAGUACAAAAUGUUUGAAAGUUGUUGACUUCUACACUUCAAGACAGACCAAACCUAACCAAGUUAAGAAUUUUACUUGUUACAUUUUGGUAUCAAUUUGAUUUAAUUUGUCAAAGUAGAGGUAUGAAGGUCAACUGCAGCUAAAUCACAGAACAUGACUUUUCCUUACUGCUAAAUAAUCCAGACUGCAGCCUCAGUUUACCUCAGUAUAUACAGUGAAACUGAGACUCUGAAGAAACAGAUUAACAGUAACUAAGAAAUGAGGGUGUUUAUUUUUCAGACCUAUUAGCUGCUUUUAAGGUUGCUAAUUGAACAGUGAACUGCAUUGUGGGGAAAAAAGUAGUCAUGGCUGGAAAUAAUUAACGGCUGCUGGCUUCAUCAGAAUGGUGAAAGUCACUAUAAAGGGCUUGUCAUGUUUGUUUCUUGUUAAUGCAGAUCAUCCUAGUAUGCCAUUCUUCAUAAAUGUGUAUCUAAUGGUACAGUUCUGAAUAUAGACCGACAGUUUAGCGAGACAGCUUGUGUGGGUCAGAACUGCAGUAGUAGCAGGUCAAGCAGAAAUACGCCUACAUCUUUUCUCCAGAUUUCCGCACAGCUUAAAAAAGCACUCAGAUGUCGUCUUAGACAUGUUGUUGUCCCGGAUCUUUCAGGGGUGUAAUCCAGUUCACCCCCAUUGGGCUCUCAGCCAGGUGCCUUGAAUAGUAGUCCUUUUCUUCUUGUUUUUUUUUUAUAAGACGUAGUCCUAAAACUCACUCUUCAAGAAAUAACUUUGAAAAAAAAUCUGUUUUAUCUGUUCUUUUGAAUAAGUUGUGGAUUAUUUAUGUCGAACUUUUUGGAAAGAUUUUAGUUCUGUGUAGUUCCACAGUAAUUAAAAGCUGAAAGAGGGUCUUAUCUUGUGCCAAAAAACUCAAAAUCAAAAAACACAAAAUGUGCACCAGCAAGGGAGAAGUCUGUUCAUGUGCUCUGUGUGAUUUGGGAGAAUGAGGAGGCUCUCAAAGCUGUUUAUUAUUGUUAGUACUUUUAGAAUUGAACUCUGCGACACUCAGCAUGUCCUUAAAAAGUGCACCUAUACAUGCAGUACAUGUAUAGGUGCCAGGGCAGUGACGCGAAGGCCCGUCUUUGUUUCCCUCUCUUUGGUUUCCCAAUGGCUAAUCGGAGGUCAUGUUCCACCUGCCCCAUGAGGACAGCACGUUCAAAGCCCAUAAUCCCUGACCAAACACUGAAUAUUUGAUACCCACAGAGAGCCUGGGUUGGCAUCAUGUCUGCGUAAUGUCGCUACCCGUCUAACUAACAACACAAGAGUUGCUAUUUAACACUGCUUGUUUUCACUCUGGCAGCUGUGGUUUAGAGUUCGCAGUGUUCAUGGCUCCUAUGGUCAGUGAUACAUUGCUCACGCAGACUUUUAUUGAGAGCUCGAUUUGUCCCAGGCUCUUAUCGCUAAUAUAAACCUGUCAAAACUUUGGUUUGUGGAUCGGCUGCCACCUUUUAUGCCACUUAAGUGAUAGAUUGCUGAAGUUUACGGACCUUUGCUGAAUCUGCAAAGCUCAUAGUAAUGUUGAGGUGUUCGAAAAUAGCCGAGGGGACCAUUAAGUAUUUCCUUUUAACUCGUGAUUUGCAGCCACUUUGCGGAGCUUUUCCCCUUGUGCAACACAAUGUCCAAAAGCACUUACUUUUUAUGGUUUUUUGAUAAAGAGUUUCUCACAGUGGAACAUUUCUCUUGUGGUCGCUGGACAGGCACAACACCAACAGAUGGCUAACCAUGUUGCAUAAUUUUUUCCUUUCACACUCAGUGAACUAACAUGGCAUCUGCUUCAUUCACCUGACAAGCAUCUGUGGGUAUCACGGUCUGAAGCUUCACGUUUGUGCUCAAACCGUGACAGACUUGACGUGUCUGGGAUGCGUUUCACAGAUUUCUGUCCCAAAAUCAUUCAAGGAUGUUUUUGUCUACUUAACUAUUACACCAAUUAUUUUAUUUGGAGUCAAAGACACCAAAAUAAUGACUAAAAGCAGAAGCGUUAUUAGAAUAAAAGACUAAACUUUGAGUCAGAUCCCCACCGUCCUCAGGGAGGUAUCUGUUAUUAAGCUGUGUGUCUCUGGGUUCAGAACUUUCUAUGAGAAUCUUUUGCUUAUUUUGGUUCCCUCUGUGAACCUACUUUGCUAUCAUUUCACAAACAUAAAAAAGUUUACUAAUGAGAAUCCACUUUUGCAGUCUCAAGUACAGAAAGAAUUACAGCCGUGUUUAGGAAGUCUCACAGCAAGAUUAGGAUGUUGUUUUGAUCUUGAACAUCAAAGCAUGUCUGCUGAGCCUCUUGCACAAUGGAAAAAAAAAGUCCAAGAUGAGUAUCAGUGUCAUCUGGUAAUGCUUUCUUUCAACCUCGCACCCUGACCUUUCACCGUGACCCCUUUUAAGGAGUUCACUGUCUCUGGUCUGGGCAGACAGGAGACAUUUGACAGUGAUAUCUGUAAACGUAUCAGCUUCCUGGCAGGCCCAGUACGCAGCCUUUGUGUUUCACUGUGUCCAAAACCCUCUCCUGGUUUCUGGUUUCUGCUGAUGUGUUGUCGUCCAGAACCAGGACCGCACAGAUUUAUUGGCUUGUGGUUUUUGUCCCGUGGUAGCUAAAGCCAUGGCUGGUUCACGUAUAUCCUCCUGCACCCAAGGAAGAAGGAUUUAAGGUCUUUUAGGUGCUGUAAGACAGUACUGAAGUAAAACGUUAAAGAGGAGAGGGAAAGUGGGCUCACUGUGGUGGAAAAUGGAUGUUACCACCUAGUUCAGACUUCUUCAAAGAAAAGUCUUUUACCUUUCAAUUGUGCAGCUCUCCACUGAAAAUUGUCGACACAUGGAGGUUGGAAAGCUCUGGAUCAUUGCUUCUGCCCUAUAAAAACCUCCCUCUUCACAUUUCACAUGUAAUCCUCUCUUGCUCCCAUUUUCACUUACCAUGCCUGCAACUUUGUAAUUACUAGAUGUACAAUAAUUAAUUAGCCAAUGAUGAGCUUGUCGAAGAAAUGUCACCCUCUCAGUUGAAAAGAGUGAUUAAAGCUCUGCAUGUAGGGGGACCGGAGAGUGUGUGUGUUGUACAUCCUCAAAUAUUUACUCUUGCAUACAGAGAUAAAUCUGUGAACCUGUUCGAAAUGGCAAUGUCGUGAUUGAGUCGUGUGUUUGUGCAAAGUUUUUGAAGAAUGGAAAGAUCAACAAAAGUAAAAUUUAAUCAAAUUCAUGCUGUUGGCUUCUCAAAUGGGGAAGUGUGAAACAGCAAACCACUACCACAUUAUUUGGUAAUUCGUUCAUUCGAUUUUCAAAAUGAAACCAAAAAUGAAAAAUGAGAAAACAAGUUGUUUUCUAAAUAUUCGUCUCUAAAACGAAAGUGAAAAAACGGAUAAUGACUCGUUUUACACUUCCGUUUUCUUCAGCUCAAAUGAAAAUGGGAUAAAUGGCUAAUCACAGUUUUAUCUGAUUUAGACUUUUUCGUGUGUAGAAAGUUUUGUGACCCAGAAGUUUCCAAGAAACAGGCUUUGGGGUUAUGGCUGGACUCGAUUUUCAUGGGACUAUGUUUGUUUGAUUUGUGUGAUUUUGUUGUGUUUUUGUGAAUUUUAAAACUCCACUUCUCUUCAGACUAAUGCAAUAAAUCUAGUUUUUGGACAGCACUGAUUCUCAGUCUUAGAGGCUUAUCAGACCCCAAACAGGGGAAUCUUGUGACAUGCCAAGAAUAUUCAUUUCCAAGUGUUUGAUAAGUUUGGGGGCAGCUCAGCUCAGCUCAGCUAAUCUCCCCAGUGUUACAGAAAAUUUGAAACUUAGCUAAAUAGUCUCAAUUUUGUGUUUUUACAUGUUUAGUUAAUAUUUCCUUGUCCUUGUUAUUAAGAGUAGAAGACCUUUAGGGAUAACUCAGUUUCCUGCACAAACCUUACGUACAAAGAGUUUUGAUUUCAGACUAAUUUAAGAUUCCAGGUUUAUUUUCUAAGACACCAGGAAGCUCUUAAGCGCUGAUAAAAGUGUUUUCCCAGCCUGAGUGUUAUCCCUGCGAGAAACUAAGUAAUCAUGUGCAAAAAAAGCUGGAUUCUUUCCUCAUCAAAUGAAACGGUUUGUGAAUAGUCCUGCUCUGGAAAGAGUCAUGCUUUUUGUGGCCUCUAUGUCACCACAUCCGCCGCUCCCUUUUGUCUUCUCCAUUGUUCUGCGGUAAUCCUGCGCCACUGUCCAUUUAAAUUUCACCCUUGUCAGACCGUGUAAUCAGUUUUCCCAUUUACGCUAAUGUUUGUAAACGAGAGUCCUUCUGAGUGGAAAGAAUGGCCGGGGUUAUUUUUAGCAUAGUCCGGUUACAAAGCCUCCUUGUCCGAGGGUAUUACUGCACUGAAUCCAGCAGGAGAUUCACCUCCAAGUCAACAGAACACAGAAUCGUUACUUUCACAGUUUCAUGGUUAAGUUAGAGUGUAAUAAGAGGAUAUGUCAGCCUCGGUGGACCAAAGCUUAAAAAUACAAGAGAAGAGUGUGCACUUAAAAACUGAGAGUAAUCUUGAUUUGUUAGGUUUAUUGUCUUUGCUUAUUGUUGUUAUCAUCUGAGAUUAUUAUUAAGUCAAAUUAAAAAAAAAGUUUUCCCUCUUAACUAUCUCCUCCCCUACUUCUUUCUUUUUUUCCUCUUCUCCUGCCAUAUCAUCCUCUGCCUCCAACUUUUCAUCCCCAUUUCUCCCUUUGGACUCCUACUUAGCUCUAUCUCCUCUCCAACGCUUAAAUCACUUAAUUUUAAGGUCCCGUGGAGGCUCUUCGCCUCACACUGUCAGUUUCCUCGGCUGAGUUUUUACAAAAUGUGAACCCUCUGCCCCAGACGUUCUGCGAUAUGAGAGACAAUGUCCUCUCCAUGCGCCGUUAGCUGGCAAUUACCACGACUCGUGUCCUGCUCCUGAUCGCUGCCAACAAAGGAGACUCAAUACACCAUUGAAAGUAUUAGCAGAGGUUUAAGGUAAACAAGAAGAAGUUAAUAAUAUAUGGACCGGUAAUAAUGACUCAUUUCACUGUGCAAGAAUGUAACGUGUAAUGUCCGAAAAUAAACUUGAGGCUCAUAUUGAAAAUGUAAUGUUUUAUUGAGAGGGUUUUUUGCCGCAGUCCCGCAGGAAUCCGAGCUUUUGUAUUUUUCUCUUUCAUAUUUCAUUUUCCCCUCAGGCACAGUGCGGAUUCACUGAUUAAAGUGGCUGUUUCGCAAAUUCUCCAACGGUUUCCUUGUCUCUUUUGAUUGGCUGCGGAUUGAAACUCCAAACAGAUCAAUCUCCCUCAACGUAAACAGAGACUGCUGUGAAAUGUCAAACGCCUGGAUGAGCUGAGGCGAUGAAUUGAGGGGACAAGAGGCGGGAUGUAAAUGACAACUAGACUUUACCUUUGUGUUGUAGUUUCUGACAUUUUUGGUAAGGGGUUUUGUGUUUGUGUGUGUGUGUUUUUUUGUGUGUGUGUGUGAUUUAUGACCAGAUUUGCGCUCAAGAUGUAAUAUCCCUGUCACUUUGAAGACAGUUGUGUUUAACGAUCUUGUACAUUCACCAUUAUUUCCUAGCGUUCAUGUUUCAGCAACCGAGUUAAUGAAGUGCUCAGUCUCAGGAAAACAAAAUGUUUACGCUACCUGCUCUCAUAUAUAACGCUUUCACAGAUUUUUUCCCCCUUCUAAUUACACCGUGUUGGUGUCUGACACCCAGGGAUCGUGUUUGCCUCUCACUUUGGUGUGUCACUGAGAAAAAGUCAGCUCUGUAGGUUGUCCCAGCUGGCUAUGAAAGAGCUAAAAACACUCUUUAACUCACACCGACUGGAUAUCCAGACCCGCAGAGAGAGGAUAUGCCCCUCACACUCUUGAUGUUUGAUAUACCACAGUGUUAUUGGAGGCACUGCAGUGUAGAAUGGCCGCAGCAUGGUGUGUUCAUUGUCGUAAACGAGCUUCGCUUGUAUAUUUCUCGUGUGUCUUUAUUGUGAGUUUUACACUUAAAUUUAUGCUUGAAUAAUAGAGUUGUUUGGGGGAGGAAUUUGUUAUGGUAGCAAUAUUUAACAGAUGUUACCUAUAAAAUUACAACCUGAUAUAGAGAGAGAGCCUUAAACUAGAAGAGAGCAUCUCACUCACCAUGGAUGGGCGGAUGAAAACAAAGCCAUAUAAAUGUUACUUUAUCCAAGUCCUCGUUUGUGCAAAGAAUAUCAUAAUGUGGAUUUAUUGUGAUGUGAGAUUUUGGUAUCAUUACAUUCAUAUUGCACAUUUUAUAUUUUUUACGGCAACAUUUAUUUGGUGCUUUGUUUUUGCUCCCUAUCACAUGCUUGAGGAUAUAUGGCCUGGUAUGUAUUUGUAGAGAUGGUAGCACACCUCUAUGGAGGACGAAAAGAGACCGAAUGAAAUAUAUGAAUGCAUCUUUAAAUAGAUACUUAAAUAUAUCAUUAAUUAGAAUGGGAAUUAAAUAAAUACAUGUGUCAUUGAUUUAUUAAAAUGCCAGUUAAUUUAGUGUAAAAACAUAUAUCAUUGUUUCACUUUUUGAUUUAUUUUAUCUGUCAAAGUCAGUGGGCGGAUCCAAACACCUGAUUGGUUACUCGGCACAUCAAGUCAAGACAGAUCGACUCCAGAUAUUGGAUUGAUCAAGCCACUCUAUGGUGAAUAUCUCAGUCGGAGAGUGCGGGAAUAACUCCAAAAAUGUUACUAAUGACACAUUUAUUUAUCUAAUUCCCAUUUUAAUUAAUGACAUAUUUAAGUAUUUAUUUAAAGAUGUAUUCAUACAUUUCAUUCUGUCUCUUUUCGUCCUCCAUACACCUCGGGUCUAUGGCAUUGCAGGGAGAGAGGAAUACAGCGCUGUUGUAGGACCAGAUUGUUCUAUCUCCAGCACCUAAUCCAUGAUCUUGACUAUGUAAGCCCCAAGUCAAGGACACUCCUAUCUCUCUACAUUACAGCUAGGUCUGCAGAGGUGAUGGCCGAGAUUGAGCCCAGAUAUGUCUCCCUCUUCAGCUCCCAGCACCUCUGUAGUAAAAUGGUGUAAUUACUCACUUUCUCCGGCACACAGCUCGUCGUGGACCGCCAUGCAGAAAAUGGAGCUCCUUCUCCAUCAUUGUGCAGACACAUCCACCCUUGGCCCCAUUACUUACCUGGAUAACUCUGUGUCAACACCAGGCAGGUGUAAACAGGAGGGAUCUGGCAGAGUUCGAUGGAUCUCUUAAAGCAUAGCACAGAGCUUAAACACUUUGAAAGGCACAGCCUAAUUGAUAAAUUAGCCACGGAGACUCUAAUGUGAGGAGGUGUAACUUUUUGAAGCUUCUUCUUCUUUAUACAACAGCAGAGGAAAAGGGGUUGGGCAAACGGUAUUUGUUUACCACCACUGUCCUUGGCAUUUGGAAAAUCAGCUUAUUAGCAUAAAGUACAACAUCAGUGCGCCAGCUGUUCAUGGAAGCUGUUGUUCACACUGAGUAAAUAUUAGACUUGAAAGAAACAGUUCAAUCUUGACCUUAAAAACGUGUUAAUGUGACGAUUUAGCUCAGUUUUACUUUGUUUUUGUAAAAACCAUUUAGAGCACUGGUAAGGUCGUCAAAUCAUGUAAAAAUAUGUUUCUAUUUAUGUAACUUUCAAUCAAAUUCAGUCCAACUUUCCUUACAAAUGCAAAUUCAGUGUGCUCCACAUGGCUAAUAUAUAAGGUCCAGACUGUGCCUGUUGUAUUGUAAUUUAAAAUGAUCCAUCAAUAACCUCCCAUUAACAAUCACUUGGCUGCGGUUGAAUCUGAUAUCCUUUAGCGGAACUAGACUUGGUAGUGAAUAGCUACCUGACUUGAUCUGAUGGGCCAAAAAACAGUGAGAAAAUGAUUCAGACACAAGGACUCAUUGCUGUCAUCAUCCUAUACGCACUAACCCAAAGUUCAGCGUGACUAAAACAAGCUUAAAUCACCAUUUAAUUGAAGUUUCAUCAAUUGCCCAGCUCAAGUUUGAUGUAUUUAUCUUGGAAACGUGUAAAUGUCACAAAACCAAUGUGAAGUAAAGCAGCAGCAACCCAUUAUUUCUGAUACUUGCAUUUAAGUAGCAUCCUCAUUAAUUUCCCCUCACCUCACCAGUGACGUUUCUAUUCCAUCACUUUCAAAACUCAAUUCAAGCUUCAUGUUUCCAUUGUCUUAAGUGUAUUUCAGUUCUCAACCCGUAGUCGAGGUCACCUUGAUGAUACCACAAUGACAUUACGGAGGGUCAGACAUAAAAAUCCUCCAGGGCUUCAGAGAACACAUGUGACUGGUUUCAUCUGCAGGGUAGCUCCAACAACAAGUCGACUGUUGAAUUUAAUUUUACACCCUCUCUAAAACCAAUUUUGGUUUGGCUGUGCAGCAAGGCUUUGGACCCACUCACCCACAGCUCUAUGACACUUCAUUUCUUAGUUGAAUUACUGUGUCAUCUUGUUGUAAAAUCCUUGUGUACUCUUACACUGCUCAAAGUAAUCAUGAAGAUGCCUCUCGUCAAAUCUCGAGCAUGGAUUAUAAAAGUCAAAUAAGUGAAUUAAAGUACUUAGUCUGUCUCUACUUUCUAGGAAGACUACGUUCCAAACAUGAAUUUAGUUCCACACAUCUUGCUUCUUGGGUUAUGAUUUAUGAAAAACAUUCUCGAAUGUGUGUUCAGGUUUAGACAGGAAGAUAAAUUUUGAAUCCAUGCAUGGUGGAAUUCAGAAAUAAUUCACAACUUUAAAGGCCACAAAGUUUUGGAAUGGUAAAGUUGAACCAAGCAGCGCUUUUGCUACUAUUUUAGCAAUGUCCUUAAAAAUGCAAUUCCCAUAACAACACGGAUCUGGUCCGACAGGCUGCAGAUAGCUGUCCUUGUUUGCACUGACACUGCAAAACAUCUCAAAUAGGAAUAAUGAUUGCAGCUCAUUUUGUCACUGUAGGUGAAGUAUGAGCCGUCAAGAAACAGCACCCAAUGUUGCAGCAGGGUGUCAUUGAGGAUAUCCCCUCAGUCCCCUACAUUUCCUCGCACGGACGACACCAUCGCAAAUUCAAUUUAAAUGCAAAGCAACACAAGGAGAGGGUAUUUGUAUUUGCCAUUUUUACAGUUCUUCUACAUCAGCAAUCACAAAGCAAAGAGGCGUAUCUUCUCAUGGGUGCUGCUCCACUGACCACACUCUGCCCAUUCUGUUGCCUCUGACUGGCUGCGUGAUAGAUUAGAUUUGUACCUAAUAAGGAUGGAUCACCCUUUUGCUCUUGUCCCUCCUUUCAGGUUCUUUGGCCUAUUUUUCCCCCUGCUGUCCUUUUUUUCCCCUCCUUCCUCCUGUGAUUUAGCUGUGCCCCCAAAGGAAAUCUCUGCCUUUUCCUCUGAUGUGUAAUUCUGUUUAAACUGAUUUUAGUUUGGCUUAUGGGAGCAGACCUACAGUGACAAAAAUAGGAUCUUACUGUUGUGGGUUUUUUAGAGCCAUUUAUCCACCUGAUAAUGGGUUGGGUGGAAUAGAUUUAAUGGAUGAAUAAGUAGUGAUUUAAAAGGUGUAACCACAUGGAUGUAACCACUUUUAUCUCUAUUUCUUUUUUUAAGAGGGGGCAAAAUAAGCUUUAUUGCCGUUAGCUAGCAAUAAGAAGGUGGUUGAGUGAGCAGCAUGCUUAGAUAGUUUUAUUAGCUGUUAAAAGCCUGACAUGUUAUGGAGAAUAACAAACCAAUUCUGGACACCCAUAUGUAAAAGGGGACCAACACUGUAGGCAGACUUCAGAGAGACAGGUGAAGGAAAGAUAGUCCAUCUUUUCCUUAAUAUGAGGAUUGGAAGCUUCACAGCAAUGCAACAAACAAUUCAAUCUUGAUUCCAUUCCCUGCCAUAAGGCAAGCAAAAACAAAAAACAAAUUUCACUCUCUGUCAUGAUAAAUUUUGCAGGGAUGAUGCAUACACUGUUCCUCCAUUUCCUGCAGACUGGAGGGUCCACGAACACCUUGUCUUUUUUACAAAAAAUCCCAAGCUAGGUAGGGAAAUUUCUGGAAAUGUGGGUUGCCUUUUCUCCAUUGUCUCCCUCAGAAGGAUUUUUGCUGCUGUAGCUACAAACUGUGGCAAAGGCUGGCAGCAACUAUUUAACCACUCAGAACAGCCUCUGAUUGGUCAGAAAGCUCACCACAGUGAGAACAAAGGCGAGCAAACAGUUUUGGACAGAGAAAUAUGGAUAAAUAACCUCAUGUGGACUUCAAUUAUGGGAAAGGAUUUACUUGGAAGAGACUCCAUGAGGACACAAGUGUUUAGGGAGUUUGGGAGCUCAUGGAUUAGCUCUUGGAGAACAGCUGAGUCGCUGGUAUUGCAGAAAAUACUGACCAGAUAGUUAUGCAUUGGAGAUGUUCAUAUAGUGGAUUUGAGGCGAACCUCAUUUAAGUGAAUUCGUGGAAACACAUUGAUGGCAAUGGGAGAAAUAUGGUGAUAGAACCUGCAGAGAUUGGCCAAUUGCAAGGUUGCAAAGAAAGGUUAAAUUUGCAUGUUGUGCUGAAGUUUACAACAUUGCAACUUAUUAAGGGAUCUGAUUCAUGCUUAUUGCAUCUCUUGUUGACUUUAAUAAAAUUGUGAUGGUUUCAGCAAGCCAGAUCUUAAUGUGACUGAUCAGCCAGACCUUAAUGUGACUGAUGACUGAUGUGACUGAUCAGACCGCUGAAGGACAGCACCAACAGGCCGAAAUUAGUCAAUGAUUAUUCCUCAGCAGUGUAUUGCUGUCUUCUCAAAAGUCAAUCCUUUAUUCCUCAAAAUUUGGCUGAUUUUGUUGGUUCAAGUUGCUGCAGAAACCAGCAAACUGAACCAUGGAAGAUGAGUCUGAAAUAGAUCUAUGACACUGCAAAAUAAGAGUAAACAUUAUCCAGCAAAGUAAUCACACCACAAGGAUGUUCAUUCAAAGUAGGCAAACAAAAUAUACACAGAGAAAAUGGUGUGGAGCAGAUUUUUGCAUCACUCUCUCUCUCUCUCUGUUAUGCCUGGGGAUUCCUGUCUUGCCAUGUACAGUUCUAAUCUCUUACAGACAAUAAAACUGCUUCCUGUUUGCAAAGAAAGGAAAACAGUAAUCUGGGCUUUGCUCAAGUAAAUAGACCGGAGUUGGUGGAGUGGAAAUCGGAAAGGCUGAAGGAGUAAAUAGAGAUGCAGACAAAGCAAUAUUUGCCUCCUGUAUUUCCAUGUCUGUUCUUUGUGAAAUGUAUCACUUGAUGCCAGGGAAUGAGCCACAAAAACUAUUCUCUGAGGUAGCAGUUUCACCAGAGCAGCCAACCGUUCCCCAAUGCCAGCUUUGACAGACAAGAAAGAAUUGAAAAACAGCUUUUGAUUCAUUUUUAGCUUCUUUGACAGCAACUCCUGACAGUUUAAGUGGAAUGAAAAACAGGAAAAUUUGGGGUUUUAAAUAGAAUUACACUGUCAUACAGCCAAAGUGAGGAUAUGAAUUCUGCAGCCCUGGACUGACUCUUACUAAAUCAAAGGAUGCAAAGAAAAAUGUUGAGACUUUGCAGACAUAUGAUGCAAAAAUAAGUAAGCAAGGCCUCGUUAACUUACCAAAAGUGUGAUAGGAUGUACGGCUGUAUGACUAAUAAAUCAUUCAACAAAAUUAAAAUGGGUCAUAGUUAGUUGGAUCUGUUGGAUCUGCUUGGGCAUCUGGGACAUUGAUCACAAUAGCAACCUCUGUUCAAUUCUCACUCAGAUUGUGGGAAGAGUUUCUGAAGAUGACACAGAACAUAAAGUUGGUUCUCUAUUUCUACGAUCUAAGUUUGUCCUUUGGGUUUAUGAUUGUUGCCAUGGCUGCACUGAUUUUGCUUCAGUGUUCAGAUUGCUCCUGUUCUUUCCCACAUGACCAUCCACACAGAGUGCAUGCUUGGCUGUCCUUGUGGUUCCCCAUAAUUCCUUUUCUGACCAGAUUAAGGGAUUAAAAUUCGUGAUUUCCUAAUUUUAUAUACUCGUUACAGCAAGUGUGCAUGUGCUGUAGGAGUGGGAAUCACUAAUGGCCCCACGAUACAAUAUUAUCACAAUACUUGGGCCACGACACAAUAUUAUUGCAAUUUUAAACAUUUUGCAAUACAGUGAGUAUUGUGAUACAAUAUGCUGCGAUUAAUAUAAUUUUUUCAACUGUUUGGCUUAUUUAGCAUUUGUCUUUCCUUUAUGUUUGUCUUAUUUACGCUGUAUUUUAUUUUCAUGUAGCACAUCUUGCAAACCUUAUAUCCAUUUGUUGCACUAACUUUCCCUUGCUCGAUGACGUCACCUUUGCCAACCUCACUGGACAAACAGUUGAUUUUAUUUUUCCGUUAUCAUAGAUUUGGCUUUACUUUAACAAUUAAUAAUUAAAAAAUACUUGGUAAAUGAGACGAUACGAUAUAUCACCUGACAAAAUAUCGCAAUACUAUGCUGUAUCGAUUUUAUCUCCCACCCAUAAUGUGCUGCAGCAGUAUGUCCUGUUUGUCCUGGCCUAAAAGAGUUACAACUUAAUGUUUGAUCACUGUGUGUGGUAUGUAUACUGCAGUUACAGAGAACUGCAGCAUCCCAAUCCUGAGCAGCAGGGUGUCAACCAAGCAGCAAAACAGGAAUUUUUUAAAUUAAGUUUAUUCCUCAUGACUGUCACAUCACAGCAUGUAGUUUAACACAUCCAUCUUUGAGAUUUCAUUUCACUUACUAUGCAACAACAUAUUGUAAUUUACCUUUUUUUAAUCUAAAACAUCCUGCUGGGGGCAACUUAAUAAGUUUCUACAGAGUAGAGUAUAUUGCAUGCAUUAAUGCAUGUUUGUACUGUCUAUCGGCUGAGAUGCAAUGAUACAGGAUCAGUAUAAUGUAUUAAAUCAAUGCCGUAUUGCAGAGUUCUUUAUUAUAUAAAAUUGAAUUAUAAUUGCAUCAAAUAUGCACUUUCCCAUUUUUUACAUUCCCCUUCUCACAUUGCCCUUUAUGAAUUUUUAUGAAGUUCUGCUUUAACUUUUCAUUAGCUCUCUGAUGGAGAGUCUGUCACUCCAUUCUGCUGUCUGAUGAGCUGGGACUUCAUACAUAAAGGGCAAAUAUUGAAUGCUACUGUUCUCUGUGUGGCUGCAACUGAAGUAGUGUACUUCACAAUGUGCUGAUGGAAAGUGCCAUCAAAGACAAGGCCCUCUCUGGGAGGCGGAUAUUGUCUGCCAUGCAGGGGGAGUGGUGUGGGGUUUCAGUUUUGGUACAGACGCAGGCUUGAUUUCUCUGCCAUGUUUCACACUGGUAUUGUCUGUGUAAUCAGACACUCUUGGGUUUUGAUAAGGGAUUAUGAAAAGCACAGGUCGCUGGCAAGUGGUUAUUUAUAAAUCUCUGUUGUUACCUGAUUUUAUGGUGCAGAAAUAUUUUCCAUUUGAAUCGUUUUGAAGCUUGAUACAGCAAUUUACUGAGAAACAAGGUCUGUUAAUUCUGCUUUUGGCAGUGUAACAGUUUGCUUCAAUGCCGAUUUUUAUUGUUUUUGCCAAAAGAAGCAAUUUUCUGAGCUUAAUUUACCAUAAAAUAGCAUAUAUUGGUGUUUGGCAACUUGGGAGAUACAAAACAUGCUUUUAAAAUCGCUGUAAUGUCAACAGAUUGAACAAAUAGUUUCUCAUAUGGCAGGUUUUUAUGACAAACUCCAGGAUGUGUUAUAGUGCUCAAUGCUGUGUCUUGCACCUUGCUUAGUUCAUCUGUCUUUUGGUUCAUCGCAGGUACAAUACAAUGGGUUUACUGAAGCUGAAAGUCACUUACUGCUGUUGAGAUUGGGGUUAAAGAGGUGCUGAGAAUGAUCUUGAACAGUCAAUGUGGAGGUUAGAAAACCAAACACUGAGCCAAGGCAUGUUUAAAAGCUACACUGAGCUGAUGUGGACUAUGUAGUCAAAGUAUUCUCUGGUUUUGUCAGUGAAAGUAACACAUCUGGCAUAUCAUUGAUUUUUCUUUUUUUAUAUAUAUUGAUUACUAGUGAUAGGGAUACUUAAUUUUGAUUGACUCCGCUGUUGGAUUUUUUGUCACUCCAUGAAAAGAAGAGACAUUAUCACAUUUCGCUUUAAUUGACCGUUUAAACAGUCCUCUCCCUGACCUGACCUUGAACACGCCUUGAUUUGACCUCAUGCCACCUCAUGUAGUUGGCAAACUAGCUUUUAUUCUGUUCAUAUUAACAUGUAUUCCAGCUCUGGAUUUUAUUAUAUUUUUGUAUGUAAAAGUAUCAUAUAUAAAAAAGUCAGGAAGACUCUUAUCCGGUGACCUAUUUUAACAAAUUUUAGAUUAUGUAUUACACAGAUAUCAGGUAUUUAUCGGACCAAAGGUUGCAAGGUAAAAUCUCUCCUUGGAAAACCUUUGGUUGGUAGUAUUCUGGUUCCCUUUUGUAGAAGAUCUAGUAUAAACAGCUUUCGGUCCAUGUAUUGUUCUGUUCCCCUCUAAAUCUUUACCUUCCCAGUGUCUCAUCUCUCCUUGCAUCUGCUGCUGCUUUCGUGGAAGUGGUGGCGCCAAGCUAAAUGAUGAUCCCUCCAGGUUCAUGUUUAAUGGAGGACCCCAUUACACAUGAAAAAUGGGCCUUGUUCUGUAAUGGCUGGCUAAAUCCAGAGCCUGGGGCUUCCAUAGAGAAAAUGCUUGAUAGAAAUCGCCACACAGCAGAGGUGACGAUUUCUAGUGUGAUAUGUUAAGAUGAGGUUGUACGAGAUGUGUUCGUCGGUGCUGUCAUGAUAGAAAAUGCAUUCACAGCAUGUCGUUUUUAUCCGAAAAAAAAAAGACGCCGAUGGGAUGUGUGAAAUUCCACUUAGCUUGACACAGAUGGGCUUGUUAUGGAUUGUUCAUGGCGUUGGCGUGUUAUCUGAAAGGAUCUUAUCGGCAUAUUGAAGGGUGCUCUCGGGAGGUUAUGCUGAUUAAGAGAUUUGCUCAGCCAAGGGUGUUGAUUCUCUGUGGAUCAUGGGGAAUAAAUAAAGCUGAAGAGGACCUAUUGAUUUUUGUUUGUGUUUUUAACUUUACUUAGAAAACAUAUGAAACUCACAUUCACAGUACUGCCAAAUGAAGCCUUUUUUUUCUACUCCAGGAAAGCCACCACACGGGUGAGUCACAUCGAAAAAAAAUUUUCCUCGCAGCAACAACUCAAACAGAAGGAGUCUCAUUAUCGAUCGUCAGUGUUGCGGUGCACAGCAGCACACACAGACAGGGAAAUACACUCACCCAUCAGCAAGCAAACUUGCACAAACAGACGAGAAGGAAGCACUCAACGCGUCACAAAGAGAUCACAUUUCCAGUCAGGCUCCUUCCUCUGCUCCACACUGAGUUCUGAGCCCCAGUCAUCAAGUGACAAGCAGGCAAAUUGAUCAUGAAGAAGCCGAGAGGCAAUCAGAGCGCAGCUUUGGCCUGCAAUUACUCGUCCUUUAACACAGCGAUCAAUGAGCUCAGUGGAUCUGACCAUUACUACGGACUGGUGGGUACACAUCUCAUACAGUAUAAUGAGACUGUAGAUUAAAAGGUAAAUGUUAGCACCUUUUAAUGUAGCCGCAGUAACUUGACCUUCUCACCUGGAUGUACAUCAAUGAAGUGGGCGGGUGGGAGUAGUAAUAUUGUUUUUUUAUGCUUAAUCAGAUUUUAGUAUGACUGCAAGUACAAAUCAUAAAAAUAUAACUGAGACUGAAAGGUGAUCGUGACAUCUGCUGUGUUGCCCUCCAUAUGAUCUAUAGGUUAAAUAAAGCAUACUCUCCCUCCCCUCCUGAACAGCACGGUGUGGGCGUCUCCCCUCCCCUCUGUAACCUUUCACUUUCACUAAUCAUAAGCGGCUGUGAUCAAUACGAAAGAACGCUCAAGAGCACAAGGAAGUUGUAGCUCCAGCUAAGAUUAACAGUGGGCAGCUGUAGCUUUAAUAUAUUGUCCACCAGCAGCACAAACUAUUAAGUGUGUGAAUCCAUGUGGGUCUGAAAAGCCAAGGGACAGAAUGAGCAUGGUAAGAGAGAGACAGUGCAGAGAUCACAUGCUCUAGUAUGAAGUUUGCAUGCAGGAUAAGAAGUGAAAGAUGUUGUUCAGCAGAAAAAUAAAAGACCAAGUCAGGUGCACAGAUGGCCUUGUGGGUUAGCGCGACCCACCUAUGGUGACCGUGGUCCCCGCAGCAGUCGCAGGUUCGAGUCUGGCCCUAACCAUGCGCUGCAUGUCCUCCCCCCUCUCACUAUCUCCCCAUACUUUCACCCUGUCUUAUCAAUAAAGACAAAAACUUGCCCAAAAAAAAUUAAAGAAAAAUAAUAAUGAAAAUAAAAAAUAAAAGACCAAGUCUUGAAACUUAAAUAACAUUGUACAAACGUUUGAAAAGACUAAAUGGUUUAUAAAUCCUGCAGCCUGUGAUCAAAUAUAAGUGGUGAAAAAACCUCAUAUCAAAUUAUUUAAAAAAAUACUUUUCCAGAAGUGGAAUCUGGCAUUUCAUUUGGUGAGUAUUAUCACCAAAAUUCAUUUAAAGCUUUAAAAAAAUGGAAUAACUCCUGUUUCAGAAUUUUAGAAAGAUAUAUAGUAUAUUGUAAAGUAUUGUAAUAUAUACCCGAGAAGUAUCUUAUUGUAUGCUGUUGUGUAGUAUCGUAUUGAAUCGUAUUAUAUUGUAUACGUCUAUAUUUUGGUCUCAUUAUUGCAGGUAUAGACAGUACAACAUCUUUCUCCACUGCAGCCUCAUUCUGCUGUCACCUCACGUCCUGCUGCUCUGAUUGACUACUAUUGUUUUAUAACCCUUGCAUGGGUCUAACCUCCGCUAAUACUGAUUGCCCCCGCUUUGCAAGUCUGAUCAUCCAACCCCGGUGAUAAAAUGCGCUUUCAAAAUAAAUGAUGUAGGAGCGCUGAACGCAGAUUUAUUAUUGAUUCCUUUGUGCAAACCCAUAGCAUGUUGACUCUGUAGGAUUUUUAUGAUGCUCUUUUAUGAAAUCUACAUGCACACUCGGUUUUCUCCUCUGCUGAUGUAAGACCGCUUGGAUUUUAUUCCAUAGCAGGUGGUCGCUGCAGAAGCCCGAGAGUGGUUUUCAAUGGGGUUGUUGGUGGUUUUGUGCGAAUGUGGCGAGGCUGCUGCUAUUGCUGUGUGUGCUCCGUCCGAACACGACGAAUAUACUUGUACAUUUCAAGGGGAUUUGUGAAUUUGUUGGUUGUCACACUGCAUCUUAAUGCCAUUACCAAUUCAAUGAGUUGUGUAUGGUUCAUUCAUUUUGCAUGUUUUUAGAGGAAAGGAGAUGCAUCCAGUCAGUCAGUCAGUCAGUUUCGACGAGGUUCUUAUAAAUGUCUGAAUGUCAAAGAUAGUUUUGUUUGCUCACUCUUCUGUUCAGCUGGACUCAUAUUAACUUAUCUUCAAGUAUGAAAUCAUUGCAAGUGCCUCUGCUGAUCUCUUAUUCACGACCCCAGCAUGACUCCACUUUCCUAGUACAGAGCCCAACACACCAGCUGAGCAUACACAACACACAGGCUCCACGUUCCUCAUCAAGACAGUUGUGUUCUCAUUAUUAUUUCAUAUUUUGUUCGUCUCUUGUCUCUAUGCUGUUUUGUACUAACAAACAAAGUAAACACAAAAGCUUUUACCUUUUUGCACUUUCCCCUUCACGCUCCUUAACGAUGAUUCACCAUGAUUUGUGUUACGCCGAGGUUUUAUUGGGUUUUAAAUUCAAUUUCCCACUUCUGGCAAAUGGAAGAAUGUGAAUAAUUGAUGCGUAAGCCGUGUCCGAGGGCAAAAAUGAAAGAGCGCGUGUUUCUGACUGAGUUUAAAGGUUUACAAUCCUGCAGGCAAUAGAGAUCUGACUCUGACGGAUCCUGGAGGGAGUAAAGUGUUAAUUCAAUGCUUGCUGUGAAACAGGCUGUCUCUGUUUCACCUCAGCUUUGUUUAGUCCAGUUAAAAAGGAUUUUUUUAUAUGAGAUUAAUCAAACUUUAGAGUCAAGCCGAGGCAUAACAGAUUUUUUUAGGGGAAAAAAAAUCUUUAAAUUGAGUAUAAAUUAUUCAUAGUAAAUAUGUAAAUUAACUCACUAGCAGAUGAUAUAUUCUUGCUGAAUAUACCAGGAUUUCUAUGGGUUAAAUUCACACACUUGUGCAUUUCUGUGUGCAGUUGCUCAGCCGUGAAGCACUCAUAGACCCACUCUACAUUUUGCUGUUUGCCCUCUAAUGGAAAUAUAUCUCGAAGCUAUGAUAUAACGUAACACAUGGUCCCAUAAGCUUCAUACUAAAUUGCCUACUACAGAGAAAUCACACAUGAGCCAUAUCUGUUCAAUUCUCAUGUGUUCUCCUGUGAAUUCACUUCAUCUCUGUUGCUUAGCUCUGGAGAUGAGAAAUGAAAUUCAUCGAUUGCCUAUUGACCCCGAGCGUGGAUCUCGAACGGCGCUGUGACGCCACGGUUUGACCAUGAAAUGAGAUUUUAUGAUGCUUCCAAGUGCGUCCUGUUUGGUGCAGACUUUAACCCUUUCUGGUUGAUUUAACCCAGACAUGAUAAAUCUCAGUUAAAAAUAAGUCACUUUGAUGUUUUGUAGAUAUUAUGAUGGUUAUAAAAAAGUGUCUGUGCUACUUGGCGAGAUUUAAGUCUUCUUUCAGAGAUGGUGAAAAAAUGCAUUCACCUGCCAUAACAGGGGCACCUUCUGUUGAAGGGCUGUCUGCUUAUGGCUGCCAUAAUGUAGAAGAAGUCAAACUGCUUUGGAAUGACUGCCAAAAGGUGCUGCAAGUAAAUCUCUGUGUACUCUCUCUGACUUGAGGUCUGUAUUUCUUUUUCUUGGUACACCAAACCAGAUGGGAGUGAUUUCAUUUUAUGCUCUGUCACAGUUUUGUUUUUAGGCGCUAAUACAUUGAAUUUUUUCUUUUUUAUGAUAGCCCAUUCAGCUGUGUUUUUUUGACUCCAGUAAGCAACCUCUGAAAAUAAAAACACAGUUGCUAUCAAAACAGGAAACAAAAUAACUGAAUCAUCAAGCUAAAAUAAGAGCACGCCAAAUAACAACUUCAUGAGAUGGUCUCUUUCUGUGUGUAACCCUGGCUGAUCCCUCUACCUCUGGCCUUCUGAGUGAGCAGAAAGGACUGUGUUUUUACAAGCUUAGGCAUCGGUAGAGGCUCACAAACGUGAUCUGUGUUCUUCCCAAGAGAUGGGUGACAUGGAGCAGCAGUUAACUGCAGUAAAAAUCCCACCUUCCAUCAUUUCUCUCCAAAGCAAGCUCUGGAUCAAUGUGUGUGCGCUGGUGUGAAUGCACAACGCCAGGGGAAAUUUUACUCAACUUAAUUUUCCUGUUCCCUGAAAAUGAACGAAUUAACACUUGAGCAGUACUGCUUGCACUACUGUGACGAAUGCAUACAAAAUAGUACUUGCUGGAAUUUGAGGUGGCCUCUCAUUAAAACUUCAGUGAGGCUUGUAAAGCAGAAGAGUGGGUUACUAUAAUUGACUUCUGCAAACAGCAUAAUCGGAAAUUAGUCCUAUAAUUGCUGAGAAGCUGGCUGCUUUCCAACUCUGUGUUCUGCUUUAAAACUCAAACCACGAAAAGUCUACCAACCUGCCCAGGCUGUCACAGUUCACAAUGCUCCAGUGGCUGGCUUAGAAAAUGAAUCCUUCCCCCAGGUGAGUGGGGAAAUGCUGGAAUUUGUAGACAGUGGGUGGAAAUGGAGAACGAGUACAGCAAAUCUGUAGGAGAAUACACUCAAGACAGCCAUACUUGAGUGUGUGUGUGCGCCACUGUGUCCUUGUGUGUUUUUAAUUCAGUAGAUGGCACCAAAAAGGCACUCCAGAUGAUUCAGAAACUGUACAAGCCUACACUUUUGCACUCUAGUUAGAAAUGGAGGACUCAAAUAAAGGAUUAUUACUCACCACAAACACACACACACACACACACACACACACACACACACACACACACACACACACUCUUACUUUGCUGGAGCAGGAAUCCCAAAUUGGAAGAACUUUGGCAUCACCUCUUUUAGGAUGUUUUUUUUCUCUCUUUUUGUGAUCGUUUUAUGCAAAUAUGUUGUAGUUUGCCACUCAUAAGUGUUCACUAAGUGUCUUUAAAUUGUUUGUCAGCAUCUCCAGAUUGUCUUUUCAAAUCCACUUGGAGUUUUUUUGUAGUCUCACUUGUAAUUUUGUGUUUUUCUUUUGUCCAGGGUCUGUCUUAACCCCAUGAUGCCAACUUUCAAGUAACCCUAAAGGAAGUUGUAGUCAUGAAACUUUGGGUUUACUUUCCUCUUGGACUACAUGUGGCACAUUAUUUGCGAAUUGAAAAAAUUGUGUUAUUUUAUGAUAUUUUUGUUGCUUGAAGAGAUAUUCCGGCAUAAAUGUAAGUUAUGGUCAAAACACUGUAACACCGAGUUAGCUUGAGCAUCUUGAGUUAUACUAACUAAAGCAACAACCGCACGAUAGCAAUACACAGCAGUCUACGUAUCCAUGUGCAAACCUCAACCAAAAAGCCACUGUAUCACCACAAAUAAUGCUGAGUGCAGUGCACUCACGAUCGGUGAUCAACUCGUCAGGGCUCCCCCACAAACAAGCGGCUGUUGGAGGGGAGUGGGUGAGCUGUGUUUGGUCUUGUUGCAAUAGAAACUAGGCAAAGCUAAAAAGAUGUUUAGGGCUAAUACUAUGGGUGGGACCCUAUAUGUACUGUUGAUGAACUUAGGUGCUGUUCUGAGCAUUUCGCGUGUUUGAUCUUAACUCAAUGUUACAGCGGAAUAUCCCUUUAAUGCUAGUUUCUAACUUUUCUAACAGCUGGACAUGAACUGCAUAUAACAGAAACCACAUUAGAAAAAAAAAUACUUGAUAUGCAUUUCAAUUUGAACAUUCAGCUCAGAUUUUGGCUUCACUUUUAGGAGAGAGUUAGGUUGUUCAUCUUUAUAUACAGUCCAUUCUUGACUCACAUGCCUCUUUUGUAACCAACCCACAUUUCCACAUCGACAUAUGGGCUGUCAAUGGCGCAUGACUGUGUCACUUAAUAAAGACAGAGCUAACUCAUAACAUGACUUAAACAACCACAGCUGCCGGCAUUUGUACAUCGAUGAUGUUGUCCACCUGACUCCCCUCCAUCAAAUGUUUUCCGUAUCAUUAACUGCUGUCCCUCAGGGGAACGUUCAGUGUUUUAUGUUCAUCCUAUAUCGAACAGAAACCCUUUCAGUGAGGAGCGGUGCAUUAUUCAAAAAGACAUUUCUGCCUGUCAAUUUAACCCCAUGUAAUUUUUAUGAGCAGAAACUCAACCUUGUUCCUCGGGGUUCACGGUACAUGAGCUACCUCUAAAAAUAGCCCCCAUAGGGUUAAAGGUCACGAGCGAUAGUAUCAUGUGGAGGUAGAUUUAAAGGUUAUCUUGGCUCAAAGCUUUAAAGAACACAUUGAGGUCUGCGGCAGAUGAAAGGAAGCGUGUGUACAGUCGCACUUACGCGGCAGAUGAUUGCUGUGUAAUUAAUUCAUAGAUUUGUGUGCUCAGUUAUGCAUGGCUUGGAUUGUAUGGCGCACUCGUAGGAGGGUUUACCUACUGUAUCAUCUUACAUGCCACAUUGAUGAAUGAGCUGUUGUAACUUAAUCAGGCAUAAUGAAAAGUAAUUGGAUUUUCACUCUUUUGUCGUCACCUAAUUGUCUAAAAUGUGUACGCUGAAUUGUGACAUUUUUCUUUGGUACCUCUCAUUAGUUAGAUUAAUGUUGAGCUUUUCUAUUUCAUAAAAAGAAAAAAAAGUUUUCCACUAUGUCUGACUGUAUCCUCUUCUUCAUCAGCUUGUUCCAACACCACAAUGAAGCUGCAGAGCACAAUAUUGAUGCAGAGUAAAAUAUUCAGCCUGGUACGGUUGGUAUCUUACGCUCUCCGAUAGAAUCUAAAAUAUGCAGUUGGUUUGAAGAGUGUAUGGCCUCAAAGCUUGAAUCUGUUUUAUUCAGGCAUUUUCUUAACCUGGAAGUUUUGAACCUCUUGGGGUUUGUGAGAUUUUCUUUUGAAACAGAGGGUUGAUACUAGAUUGAGAGUGAAAGUGGGAUGUCUUCUGCAAAAGUUGUGUUUAUUUUUUCCCCUUUUGUGAGUCUUUGUCUGUCAGGAUAACUUUCUUGGUGUCUUAACAUAUUUCAGAUACCUUAUUGCCCCUGAUAUAAAGAUGGAUUUGUUUGAUUUCAUACAGAUGAGAACUUAAGAUGUCAUUGAGUCCAGAGCUGGAGAGCACAGAAAUCCUGAGCAAGAAGUGCGAUGGGACAACCAGAUCAUAUCUAAUCAAUAACUGUCUCAAAAUAUACAGUAAAUCCCAUCAAAGGUAAACCUGACAGAGGAAUUCAUUACUGCUCUGAAUUCAAAGAAAUUUAACUGCAGAAAUAAAGUUUUUCUGGCAAAUUUAUGAGGACAAAUCUUGCCCUUUACAUGCUCGAGUACAAAAAAAAAAUCUCAGCCUCCUGACUUUUUUAUAGAAUAAAUCAUUUCUGUCAUUAAUAUUUGAGGUAAUUGUCAAAACAUGGUUGUUUGUUACGCUGCUUGGCUGACAUUCCCCCUUCAAACCGGUUUCAGGCAUAAAAAUGAUGGCCUAAGAAUUGGGAAUGGUCUUGUUUGCAUUUGGAUCACAGCGUUUUUCAGCUUAUUUUGUAAAUCCUCAUUGGAUCUUUAAGAGAAGAUGGAAAAUAUUUAAGUUUGAGGUAUGUUUAGCCAAAAACAGCUAAUCAAAGCCACAGAGGAAACUACCAUUUUGCUGUUUGGUGCCGUAACCGCGACCCUACACACACUUCAUUUUCCAGCAAAGCAGUUGUCUGUCCUUUUGUCUCAGCAUGUAAAGAGACACCAGCGGCUUUAUUCAAAGCAUUUGUUCCCUGCUGUUGGUGCAAACUGAAUCUGUCUGACAGGAUAUGAAGUGUAGCAUCCUCUUGGAAGACAAUCAGCAGCCAGCAGUGCUCAGCCUUUGCCUCUGUCACAGCAGAGUCGGUACAACUGUGCAGCAGCUAUGGGCAAAUAAGGGCGUGUGAGAAACCAAUGAGAGAAUUUUUAACUGGUGCAGUUUUCCCGUAUGCUUAUCAUGAGUGAGUGAGUGCUUCUGUGAGUCAUUUUGGUUUGGAUGAUAGGUUGUAGAUUGCAUAUAUUGAUUGCUAUCUUCAGUUGCAGAACAGAACCGCAGAGAAGCCACAAUCAGGAUUGAACUAUUUUAAUGCGAGCAGACUUUAGUGAUUUGGGGAGGCGUGAAACAAAGGCGCAUUCUCGUAUCUCCUCUCUGGCUAUAAGGAUUAAUGCCCGAAAGCUGUUGGCUGGAGUUCAGCUUUUAAAUUGGAUAGCUCACAUCUUCCCAAGAAAUCUUCCUCUUAUCUUGUUGUACACUCUUGAUUUUCACAUUUGCUUGCCUCCUCGCAGUUUAUCAGAUAAGGUGGAAGUAGUAUAAGGAGACCUAUUUCCAACAAAAUCAUCACUUUUUCUUGGAUCCUGAGAGUGAACUGAAUACUGGCACACCACAAUAAAACACAUGUUUUUACUUCCCACCCCUGACACCCAAUCUGGCUUCGAUAUAGGAGGUGAUACUUCAGUGUUACCCUAGCCGCCAGCACAGAUAUCAUUUGUUUACGUGCUGUAAGUGUGUGUGUGAGAAGAUGGCUUGCAACAUGUUUCACCAUUUACCCAGGGGGAAGGGUUUCCCCUUCACCCCACUCUCUGGUUUAUUAAUAGAAAGAGAUGUGAUGCUAGUUGGGCGGAGCUUGUGUGUCACCGCAGCGUUGACAUCAUUGACACGGUUAGUGUUUCACUUGUCACUGUUGGUGAUAAGCUGUCAUCAGAGCCGGCCUAAUAGAUUUUAGAUGAGAUUGUGGCCAGAGGCAGUUGAUGAAUGUGUCAUUCAUGGUGCUGUUUGUGACCAUGGUGUACCCAAGGUUUGUCCAUCCAAGAGUACACGGCCACUCUCUUUCCACUGAGGGUACCUUUUUUCGAGCAUAUGUCAAAGUUGUAAAUUGAAGCUGUUGCCAGAAGUAUUUUAGAAACAUUUUAUCACACUCUUUUGAGAGGCUGUUAUGAAAUACAGUGCUGGACUUCCAUCAAGUCUUUGCAGUUAAAUAAACUUGACUUUUGAGAAGGAGGACAAAGCCAAAGCAGCAGAGUCACAGGUACCCCCUGUCUCUCUCAGUUCUGUAUGUGCACCAUGCAGAUGACUUCUUUUAAAUAGUGCAUGCAAGAAGUGUGGCUCAAGGGACAACCGGAUCAUGCAAAUCAUCUGCAGGAGUAGUUCACAUCAGCUAGACUCUGUGGGAAAAACUCUACUUUGUCUUCCUGCACUGGCUGCGUAGUUUUUCUCCUUUCUAAAACUUUUGUUUCUUUAAAAACUAUUUGAACUUUAGUGAGAUUGAAGGCUAUGACUUGAGGAAGUAUUUCUGAGCUAUUGUUUUUUGGCCAUUAGAAAGACUGGAUUUUGAAUUUCUUGGCUUGAAUUGCAAACCUUAGAAAUAUAUUUAAGAGUAAUUGUGCUAGUGCAAAAAUUAGUAUUAUGUUGAAACAUUUGGUGCUAGAGUGCUCAGUGGUUGAUUUGUAAUGCCUUGACAUAGGGCUGGGCGAUAAACAGAAAAUUUACCGAUAUUGAAAUUUACGACAAUAACUGACGUCAUUUUGCCCAUUCUGUAUCAUAAAUAAAUAAAUAAAUUAGUAAAAGUUGGUUUUGGAUGUGUGUCGGUCGGCUAUGGUCUCAUGUCCCUUUAAGACACUGUCCUACGUGACUCCACCCCAUCCAGUCCAUAACAAAGAGGGAAAGACAGGUGAGGAGAUGGAGGACAGUUCAAAAGUUGUAGCAGCCGGAGCCGGAGGCUGAAGUAGACAAAGUUUAUGUGGGAGGGGGUGAGCAGCUUGUGGAGUAGUUAUCGUCCAUUUAUCGUUGUCAAGGUGAACUGCUCAAUAUAUCGUGAUAUUGAUUUGAGGCCAUAUCGCCCAGCCCUACUUUGACAUCCUAAACUUUCAGUGCUGUCAGUAUAGUCCUUCAGUUACUCCCUUUUACUGUGCGUCAUUGUAAUGAGACAUCUGUGCUUCUAAGUAAAAGAAAAAGUUGACUUUGAGCCCUUUAAAAAGAGCCUCAAUUUAGACUGCAUAGGGAGCUGUUGCGUCACCCAAACCUCCACAGAGUAAACUAAUCUCUAUCUGUGAAUCAAUAGGAUGCCUUUCAUAGACGCAGCCCGAGUUUUUCACUCAUGUUUCUCUCUGUCCUCCAGCAACCCCCAGGUCUUUGCUUUCCUCAGGCACUUUCCAAACCCACCAAUCCCCACCUACGACAUUAACCAGAUCACCUUGCUGCCAGUGCUGUUGGUGCACUUUCAUUCCAGCCAUCUUUACCUGUUUCACAUUUUCUGCCUGAUAUGUGCUACCCUUGUUUUGACCUGCUGCCCGCCUGCCUUCCUGCCUUUUCCUCCAGGAUUACUUUGCUUGUUUGAACCUUGAACCUUGCUUCUGAACAGCAGGGCCUGACUGUAAGCCUUCCUACCCAGAAAAGACCCUUUUUAUAAUCUUUUCAGUUCUGCAUCUGCUUCUUGAUCCUCACUUCUAUUGCCUUAAACACACAUUGCAAUGCUUUCAUUCUUGUACAAAUAAGAUAAGGACGACAGCUUGCUUUUUUAUUGUUCAAUGAAGAAUAAGAGCUGUAAAAGCCUUAUUCCACAUUGCUCAUCCUCCUACAUGACCUUACAUCCUGGAUAAACCCCAGCUUUCUUAGCUGAACAAGAUAUGCAACUGAAACUGAGCAAGCUGAUUAAACUUUGCAUAUUUAAUAAAACGUUUAGGAGCUCAGUCGAAAUUUCUCAUGCAGAGGACUGAACUGCUCUUGUGCCAUCUCAAGCAGAGCACAAAUGGCUAAAGUACUGCACAGAAUGAUAAUGUACAAUUUAGAAUAGCACCAAAAUGGAGUGUUUUAUUGCUUCUGGGGCUGAGAAGCAUUCGAGUUCAAAGGAGCAUUAAAUUAAGCUCUCACGUAUCAUGCGGAUUGCUUAUUUAGCCGUAUUUGCAGCCCUCAAAUAACACCAGCGAUCAUAAGACUGCAUGUGCUCUAACACCAAAGGUUUUAUUGGGUUCAUUUUCAAAUCUCAGCGUGUCUGUUUCAUAGUUUUUAUUUGGAUGUGAAUCAAGGGCGAGGAGUUAUGAUCCAGAGCGAACACUGCUGAGACGCAAUAUCCACUUUUUAAGUAAGGGAUGAAAGCAGGAUUUCGAUCCCCUCGCACUUCAAAAAACUUGAUUCUGAUGCAUUUUAGGUUCAAUCUGGAACAUUUCACACCUGACCGAGUAGAAAAGCACCAGCCUUGCAGCUUUACUGUAAUGCUUGGUUGAAGUUUUUUGACACGUUUUGACUUCCUUUACAGCUCGGUGAACACUGAUCUGUAACAGCAGGUUCGGUGUCACACAGACAGCAGCUACAUGUCAGGCGGUAAUAAAAGAAUGUGACUCAGGUCGAGCCUGCAGGGUGCACAAUGGCAGCAGGUGGGGCUGCGCUAAUGACAGAUCUACUCGACUGGGUGCCAUCGGGAGUUGCGUCCAACUGUAAAUGCUUGGCCGGCAUCCAUGUUUGACAGCUUAUAACGGCAGGCGCACAAUGUGAGAUAGCUCCAAUCUGUGUGUUUUAACCUGCAGUUAAACCGCAGUAAAGAUAAGUUAUUUGUGUUCUAUUUCUGCUCCGCUCUACUAAAUUGGCUGGAUGCAUUUAAUGGUGCAUCAGAGCAGCUUGAUUUAAAUUAUGACUCAGGCGAGCUCCUUGCCUUUUAUUAUAGCUUUAAGCAACUUGUGCACUUGUAUGCGUCACCAUUAAAGUGCCGAGUCAUGCGGCUUUUUUCUGUUAAGUUAAUGAUUGUACAAACUUAAGAGGAAAGGAAAGAGGAGAAAAUGCUUUCAGGACUGUGCUAUUUAUAUACAAACCACCAAAAGGGCAGCAUAUCUUCCUGUACCAAUUGGUACAACAAAGCCUGCAAUAUCCCACUUGCCGAGACUAUUGUCAUUACUAAUUCAAGAUAUCCCCAAACAAAUAGACGCUGUGAACAAAAGAAAUUUUAUAAGCCUCAACAAAGUGCCAGACAAAAAGCAGGAUCAAUGAACAUAAAAGUGUUGGAGCUGUCCUGCUCGGCACGGUCACAGAAAUUAGUCUUUUGUUUUUGUGCCACCAUUUGAAGCUGAAUAACCUUUUCACUGGACUGUGUUUGUCUGGUGAUUGAUGGCACUUGGAUGCGGCGCUCACCGCGAGGUCUGAUGCCUACUGAUUCAGACCAUCUGGGCAGGUAGCUCCGCUUGUGGUUGGCGCAGCCACAUAUAGUGUUUGAAUCAGUCUCAGGAUGAUAGAGGAGAUGACUUUGGUGACUGCGCUGGGGAAAGAAAGUGCUGAGUGUGACGAUACCGGGCUGACGUUUUUAUUGUUGCAUCAUUAUUGCUGUGAUUUCUGUUGCUGCAGUGCAUAGCCAUCCUUCAUGUGUAAUGUUAACUGUGCAGAGACGCAUAAGCAGUCUGCCUCAUCAUCACCUACUUGCUGCCUUGGGGGUUUUGUAUAUAUCCCGCUUGAUAACCUUAUGCACCCACUGAGUCUUACACCCCCUAAAGACCCCUCUUUAAUUGAUCCUUAAUUAGAAACAGCAGGCUGCAGAAUCCCAAAAUGAGCAUCUGGAUGUUGAUCCUUCAUCCGCCAACUGCUACUUAAAUAUUGGACGGGGAAGUGACUCCUACCAACUGCUUUGAUGUUUGUUUUUUCUUGUGGUUGCACAAAAAUCAUUAGCUGCUUCCCUGCAUGUUCAUUAAAGGCAUUCAAGUGCUAAUAGCAUAAUACAGGAGAGCCACAAAGCCAUUUUUUCUGUUCUUUUCUCUAAUAUGCUGUAGCCCACAACACUAUUUCCUGUAUUGCUUCUUUCAGCAUCUUCCUCCGUGUGCAGGAAAAAACACUAUUCAUUAGGCCGUAUGCUGAUGACUUGCCAUUUAAAAAAGCUUAAUGUAAACCAUUUUUUUCCUACUUUUUCCAUUUCAUUUCCUCUUUAAACAGCACUGCAGUUCUGGAGGACAGAAAGAAAAAGCUGCAGGAAAGCACUACCCAGACUUUCUCAACUCUGAGCAGCCGUCAGUUUUAAGUUCAUAUUGGAAAAUGAAAGAUUUAUAGUUUGUUUUAGAGGGAGUCCUGACACCUUGCAGGGUGCUUUUGGCAGGCCGUGGACUACGUCAUGGAAAAAAAAAAAGGAAAGCUUGUCUGCUCUCUGUUAUUUACAUUGUCCUUUUCCUCAAGGGCCCCUAAUCUCAGUUGUAAAAUCUGUGUCACAUGGACUGUUUAGUUGUUCAAAGGCAAAGUGGUUUGGAUCUAAAUAGUGUUCAGAUAGGAUAAGAAGAAUUGUAAUCGUGCAUGCCUUCAGCUAGAUAACGUGAGAUUGUUGGAAAGUAAAUACCUCUCCAAGCUGUGCGUCUUAAGGUUGGAUAAGACUGUUCUGGCGCUUACUUUGGUUUCUCAAGUUAAAUCAAUUGCACCCUCUGCUGACCAAAACAGGAAAGUGUAUGUGUCACAGCAAAAAAUAAACCUGAGCUGAAAUAAAAUAUCACAAAUUAAAGUCUUUAAAAUCUAUCGGGUUUGUCGGCAAGCACAUUUUUACAUACACACAGAAAAAUGGGAGCAGGACAUGUGUAAAUAUUUAACGGCACGGUACUGCAAAUCAGGAAGCAAGAAGGUCAAACCGACACAUCCUGUUAGUGUCAUCGCUAAAAACAAUGGGUGCGUUUUGCAACCCUCUGCUCUUUUUCCAAAAUGUGUUGUGCAACAUUAGGCAGCUGCAGCAUUUUUAAAUCAUUAUGAUGUGCAGUUGUGAGUUGUUGUCAUUGUUUAAGGAGCACGCACUCAUUCAUCUUCUGGACAUCUCAUCUAUAAUUCGAUAUAAUGAUGUAAUUUGAUCACUUUGUUUCACAGCUGCCAAGAGUAAGAUUUGAAUUGAACUUAGUAUAGGUGUGUGCUUCCUACAUGGAUCAUCACAGUUGUUGAGUGUAUUAGUUUAGAGACGACCUCCUCAGAGAUGUGCAAAAGCUGACUGUGCUUUAUUUGUUACCCUACAUGAUGAUUUGCUUUUAUGUCCCUUUUGCCCAUAGAUUCAAGAGUCAACACUGCUUUUAAGUCCCUGCCCCACAUAUAUCACUUUGUCAAUAAUGAGCAGUUCAAAUGUGAUAAUUUGUCUAAGUUCUUAUGUCGCUUAGCUUCAAAAGCCUGUCACGAGCCAUCGUCUGGUCAUCACUGUCUGCCUGCAGCAGGAGAAAAUGUGACACAAAUUAAUCAAAGCCUUUAUGUCACUCCCUGGAGCUCAAUCCAUCAAUAGACAGGAGCUCCUCCUGUCUUUGUAGAACAGGCUCCUACAUUAGGUUUAUUGAUCAGGUGUCAGCUCCCCUGCUUGUGUUUGUCACUCUCAGAGACACCCAUAUACAUUAGGCUGUAUAUUCACUUGCCCUCUAAUGCAGAAAAGCAAGACUGAAGCUUGAAGGAGGUCAGUGGAUUUUUUUUAAAUUAACGCUUCUCAUUCUCAUCUUAAAAUGUGUUAUUUAGCAUAUAUUCUAAAAUUUGUAUUUCAUAGUCACAAUAUUUAUUUGAAACGGCACAUUUGGUGAGCAUUGGAAAGCAAAUAGAGGAAAAGCUCUUUGCUGCCACUUAGUGGACAAAAUAAACAGUUCACACCAGAGGGAUUGAGCCAUAAAGAAAAUACAUACAACUGUUUACAAUCAUCAAAUCAACAAAUAAUUACAAGGAUAUGUUGUAUAUUAAAUAUAUAUAUGUAUUCUUCGAGAGAGGUAAAACUUGUGCAGUGAAUUGCUGAAACGUAACUAAGUAAAAGGGAGAACUUGUUGUAUUCACAUUGCAAAAUGUGCAAAAAAAGUACUGGAAUUCAAUUAAGAAAUAAGAGAGCCAGCAGAUAAUAUUUGCUACAGAUAACUCCAGAUAACCCCCACUGCUCUGUACAAAACAGUGAUAAGUGUUAAACCCUUGUUGGGACCUGGCUCUGAUUCUGGUUUGUGAAGCUCAGAAUUAAAUACCUACUUUUUGGGAGUGGUUUGGCUUAAAAGCUUCCUGAAGACUGUGGCCUUCCGAGGACAUGCUGGGAAACUUAACAGCUAAGAGUAAAAUGUCCAUGAUAAAUUAUUUUGUACCUCUCAGCUUGAGGCCCUGUUUGUUACUCUAAUUAUUAGAGUCUUUGUAGUCCCUCACUCCAAACUUGUUUUAUGGUUUGCGGCACAGUUAGUUACAAAACUCUCAGACUGGAUCAUCAGUGUUUUCUGUCAUGGACCAAAUCAGUUUGUCAGAUCCAAAAAAAGAAUUACAAAGGGAUUUGAUUAUGACUGGUUUUGUGCACAUUUAAUGCACAAAAAUUGUCCAUGCAUAACAAAUUUCAGUGAACUUUCCUUCAUGGCUAAGUGAGAAAUAUCUGAAAUACUUGGUUUGGGGUUUGAUAACUCACAGAUUACAGCUAAUGUCCAAUAAAUAUCCAAUCUAAAAAUCCAGUUAAAGACCAGUUUUCUUUCAAAACUCAAGUCUCUUUAGGACUGACCACUUCUUUAUCACACUGUGUUAAGUUCAGUCUGUCUUUCCUCUUGACACUGGAACUCUGCUCAGGGAUUUGAGCACUUCACUUCACUGACUUGGACUUUGAGGGUACUUCACUUCAUAAUGGUAGAGUUUGCGUUGGUUCACAAGCAUGCUAAACUGUAUAAAUCACAAAUCAGACAGAAUACAUUGCGUAAAGCAUGGGUGUAGUCUCCAUCAAAUUCCGAAGUUGACGCUCAAGGAACUGCAGUUUUUCAUGUUACCUGACUGGUUUCAAUUUUCAACACCAGAUCGCCUCUUGGUUGCACAAAUACCAGCCAUGGUAUGUAACAUUCUGGCCUUCCCUGCUGUGCUAAACUUGUCUGAAUCAUCUCUCUCAUCAAAAACCUUCAGCUGCUCACCAUCAUCCAGGGGCAAUGGCUGGAUUACGUUUCCAUUUGUCAUUGCACAACCUUGGUUCAAAAGACAGCGGGGGUGGCAGCCCGCCCAUUGCUCGCCAGUCUGCGUCUGAGUCAGAAACACCUACUUACAGCCUUUUAAUGACAGCUGUAUAUAGCAUCACAUUGAUUAAUAGAGAGAAAAAAAACAGUGAGCUUACAUCAUGGAAAAGAACAAUGGUAGGAAACCAGCCACUUUGGAUAAUGGACAGCUAUCUCGAGUGAGAAGGUGAUCUGUGGGCAGGAGACCGCCCACACACUUCAGAUGUACAAGCAUUUGCGUUAUGAAGCACUUUUUUGUGUGUAUUGAACAUUUGCCCGUCAUAUCAACAGGUGCAACUGUUACAUUUUUGAAUUCCAAACUCUUGCAACUUCCCUUUAAUCAGAUUUUUUUAAGGUUGUUUUCACCCAGUGUUGUUGAAGAGGCCUCAGUAUAUGUGGUGGACACUUCAGCCAGCCCAGAGACAUUUGAUUAUUCCACCCCAUGGGAGUGUCAAAUGUAAUGAAAAGUCAAUACCGCUCCAACUUAAUCAGGCUACCCCUGGAAAUGGCAUGCUCAGCUUAUUUUCACCAGUCUUUGGAAAGUCCAACAAAUUGGCCCUUAGGUUGAAAAUGUCACAGGGUAAGGAAAAAGACAACCAAUUGAAUAAUGUUGAUUUUUGGAGAGUCUGACAAGUAUUCCACAUGACAAGAAACUAAAACGAACAUUUAAAUUAACAAAAAUUAAGCAGAAUUACAUAAUUGGUGCUCCAGUUGGGCUUGCGGUUCAAGUGCUCGACUAGUCUGAGUCACAACGGUGGAUUGUUUGACUCCUGGCCAUAACCCUUUGCUGCAGCUUCCUGUAGUUUGAGUUAGUGCAGGUUUUAUUGUAAGGGGCUGGUUUAUAUUGUACAGCAGGGGACACAGUGAAUAACUCCAUCCAUUGUUGAUCAGACUCCUGCAGGAAAAUCCAAUGACCAAAGAAAUAGGUUGCAGAUUGGUGAUUUAAAUGUACUUGACCUCCAGAAGAACCACAGGUACCAGCUCUAGUGAUUGCGUAGUCUUUUGUGUGCACGGCUAAUGUAUGUGCAACGUCACAGUGUGUGACUUACUUUCCUGUCUGACAUCUGUAGGAGUCCAAGUCGAGUCCACAAGGUGGACAGGAAGCAGGUUAAUGGAGUGGGAGCAAAUUGGUACUUGAUUGCACUGAUUGGCUGCGCAGGAACUGAAUUGGUCUGCCAUCACACAGUUCAUGAAAUAGAUUGUGCGUAGGUUGCGCUGAGAGCAGAAGUUUUUUUUUUUUUUUUGGUGUGUUACAUCAGGGAGGGAUUACGGCUGUAUUUUUCACCGACUGUGAGAACGGUGAAGGAGAUGUGAGCCUUCAGGUGCGUCUGACCUCUAGACCUUUACGGUAAUCCUGGGGAUCUUCACUGAAGUUGGUCCAAGUCUGCCACAUAAGCAGGAGCAGGAUCAGCUCUGAAGAGGCAAUCACUUUUUUUUUAGCACAUAGGUGCUUCGAUCAUAUGGGAAAUAGCUUUCUCAUGGAAAAAGAGAUUAUUUCUCAUGCAGUGUAGAUUUCUGAGGCAGUAUUGCAUGAAGAAGCAUGUUUUUUCUUUGCUUUAGCACAAGAUUGAUGGAUUUUGCAGGAUAUCGUUGGGGGUCAAACUGUCAAUCUCCUUUUGUUUAUUUAGCAUCAUCCCUUCGAUGUAUCAGCAACAUAAAAAUUGAAUGGUUUUGUACUAUCUGAUGACUUGAUAUCUCAUUCCUCGUCCAAUUUAUGUUUAUUAUCUUGCUAGUUUUAGUUUUUUUUCAUCCAUUCACUCCAUUCACUGGAUCUUAUUAAAGAGGUAUUAGAAAGUAGUAGAAAAGCAUCCCGCUGAUGCUCACCGGUGGUUUUAUGUGAAUAAUUGGUAUCUUUUUCAGUCAUUUGUUGACAUGAAUACAUGCUUCGACUGCAAAUUAUGCUAACAACCACAGUAAUUAUCCUCUUUGUCCCAUUAAUCAGCAUAUAAAAUGACUCUUCAGCAUUAUAUGGUAGAAAAAAAGCUUACUAAAGAUGCUUACCAGUGGUUGUUUGUAAUUUAUUUAAAUAUUUGCUCUAUAAAACUGCUGUCAGAGUCAUGGACACAGCACAAAAUCUUCCCCACCUAUACCCAGCAGGAGGUGUAGUUAAAAGACAGCUGGUAAAGACUAAUGGUUAGCUCCAGCAUGCGCUCCCUCGCUUUCCCCUCUCUCUCUCUUUCUUUCUCUCUUGGUUUCUGCCGUAACAAGCAGCAGCACCACUCUAACCGGCGUGCUACUGCCUCACUCUCCAAGCGCUCAAUUAAUCUAGCUGGUCAACUGGUAAAAAGCCUUUUUUGCGGCGCAGAGAUCAGUUAGCGAGCUCUCACUUCUUCAGAGCGGGAAACAACUCAGAGGUAGGGAGGGGUCUGCUGGGCAUGCGCGUCCAAAUUCAAAACUCAACACAGGCACGCAUGUUUUUACUCCCACUCCUGUUUCUCUCUGUACUGCCCCCCCUAGCUGGGACGAGUAUAAAGGGAAGUUUGGACCGGCAGCUUGGUUUUUUUCAUGUGCGGCACUCCAGCAGCCUCUCUUUUUAUUCUCUCUAUUUUGUACUACCAGACCACUCUAGAGUAGGAGUGAGACUGUGUGUGUGUGUGAGAUCUAGCAGGACUUCCAAAUCACUGAGCAGGGGCAUCAUGGGGGCUUUAAUGGUCAUCUUUUCUCUCCAGCCGAAACAAAGACGCAAGAUGACAGGUAGGCCUGGAGAUUACACUUAAACUGGUUUUAUUUUGUUGCUUUUUGCAGCUGAAACAAAAAAUAUUUAGCAUUGUCUUUCAUUUUGUAUCAACCAGUAGAGCUAUCAUAAAACUACUUUUAGGCUGUGUGUUCAAUCUGUGUGUUUUUUUUGGACUUUAGCAUCAAGAAAUCUCUCUAAUUUUAUGCAGAUUUCUUUCUAAUCCCAUCUGAAUUUAUACCCCACACCAUCAGUCCAUGAAAUUGACUUGAAAUCAGCCACCUUUUUUUUUUAAACAUCUCCUAAACUCUGCAAACUUGCAUGACUUUUUCCAUUUGCUUCUCCCAAUAUUGAUUAUACACCGACAACACACGCACGCACACAGCAAGACACAUCGACUCUCUGCCAAUGCAGCCUCACAAGCUUAUGUUACAUCUCUGUCUCGCUGCAAUAAUGUGCUGAUCGGCUUCAUCAUCACAGCUUGUCAGAGGAACAAAAGACAAAGAAGUCUUCAUCAGAGAACAAUGAAAUAUUUAAUGGACGGCCAGAAGACAAUACGUGUUACAGGUUAUAUUUAGUGGUGAGGAGGGGGAGAGACGGAGUAGAUGACACAUAAAGUACAGUAAGUCAUAUUUCACUGGGGUGUAUAGAUGGAGAGAGCCUGAAAGGAAAAUGAAUGAGGGACUCUUUGUAACUCUCUCAAGCAAUAGAUCACAGAGUGGGCAGAUGUGUGCACUGUAAGCACAUUUCUUAGACAGGGACCUAGAAAGAAGCAUGGACUCCAGAUAUGCACAGGCAUGGAUAAUAUGCAUGAAGCCUGAAUCUCAAAUUACCAUAUUCCCAUCAUUAACUGGAGCAGAUCUUGUAUGUACAUUUGGUUUUUAGCUUUUAUCCUGCAGGAAAAGGAUGAUUCUUGAGUGGAGUGUGUUUGGGAGAAUAUCAAAUAAGCACUUUCCUCUCUGUUCUUUUGGCUACACCUGUCAAGUUUUGAGAUCUCAUGUAGUGCCCCCUACAGUGCGCUGUGAUAAGAGGGAUACAUAAUCAUUGAUAUGAUAUAAGUAAAACUUUCAGUACUUGCCAGCAGUUCAUGAUUUUAGAGAUGACUUUUGAGACUUCAGCAGCUUUGGCUAAUUAGCUAACAGAGCCCCAUGGGUUAACUCUUUAGCUGGCAGCCUUUUACAUAGCUGCCCCUGCUCCCUCAGUCCUUCAGUGAAAGAUAUUUGCAGCUGCACUGAGUUUCUAUCAGUUUUCUAUGUUGUGAAAAAAUACAAAGUGUUAGAGCCACAUUAGGUCAAAAGAAUUCAACAAGUAAGCCAUUACUGUACAGGACCAAAGUGGAAGUAUUGUUUAAUGGUUGGCUUAUUUUGAAGAAGACAGAGUGUUAGAAGAGCGUCUUGUUUAAUUUGUUUAAUUUUAAUUAUAUUUAACCAGGAAAGCCGCAUUGAGAUUAAAAGCCUCUUUUUUAUAAGAGUGCCGAGAGUUGCGGCAGUUACAGACAUACAAACACAUAAUAACUACAAAACACUUGUCAACAUUUCCUGAAUAAUCCAGCAGAAAAUCAUUCAAAGCAUCUGUGCAUCUUCCUCUAACACCUUUAGUCAGCUUUCAAAAACAUUUAGAGACCAGCUUCAGAGACAAGUUCCCUUGGAGGAGAUCAUAACCUGCAGGAGCAUGACACACUCUGGGGACAGAAAGCAAAACAAAGUCAUGUGACUGAGUCACAGAGUGAAGACUGUAGCUUCCAGCAUUUUUCAAACUGACUUAAAACUCCAGACUGACUUCCUUGUUAUUAUUUAGCAGGCAAUCGGUAUCCCCCCUUAACAACAGUGGUCACAUAUAUGUUGUGCAAUCAUUGACUAAACAAACAUAUUUUUUCGUGUACGAUUAUGUUUUAAUUCUCGUUAUAUUACAACAUCCUACUCAAAAUAUUAAUUUUUUCUUUUGAAUGUGACCUUAAAAUUCCAUCAUGCCAAAAUGUAUUCAUUAUAAAUCCAGCAAAGUCAUGCAUCACGGCAGGUUGAACUUUUAAAUUGCAUUCUCUGAUGCUUUGGUCAUGAGACCAGGGCCAUGAAAUACACAGUGUGAACAUGAAAGAAGAACUUUAAAACCAAGUUAUGUGAUGAUGAAUCCUCUUUAUAACCAUGUGUCAGUGAAGAGGAAGAUUAACACUGCAGUCUGAAGUUUUUUCUUUCUGCUGUCUUUCUUUCAGUGCAAAAAGAGGUGAUUUGUUGUAAAUGGCAAGUGAACUUCAGUUGGACAUUUUUAAUGCAUGUCAGGUUGGACUACAGAGCGUGAAGUACCCGUUUCUUACACUUAUAUCCUACUUUAAAAGGUCAAAAAAACAAAACACUUUAAUUCAAUUUUGUAAGAUGGAAAGGACUGCUUUCUUUCCUUUUGUGCUCUUUUUAUUCCAAUACCAGCACUUGUCCUCUGAUGUUGCUCACGCUGCAGCAUGUAUGUCUGUCAACACAACACUCUGGUUCAAAAACCGAAAGCAUCCUAAAGCUGGUGUGAGUGUAAAUGAAGCUGCGCUACUGCCGGAGAAAAUGCAUCCUCAGCUCAUUUUAUGCAAAAUAUGCCUGCACUAAGAGUCUACCGUGUUCGUGAACCACCCUCUAUCACACUUUCUAUUUCAAAAGACGACAGUUCAGUGAGCACCCAUAGGAGCCUUGCACUUGAACUUCUUUUCAAACAUGCCUGGCCUGGCUUUGAGUGUUCCCACAGAGUCCCAAGGAUAAGAGAUAUGCUAACACAAUUAUGAGUGUACCCUGUAAUGUGUUUGGCCUUGGUUUAUUUCUAAUGUUUUUUCCUGUUUUUGUUAUCAUAGAAGUGGAGUUUGUGUAGGAGGUAGGCAGGUGUGCUCAGAAGUGGAGCUGCCUGAAUGGACACAGGAAAUAUUAACUAUGACUCAGGCUGCCAACUGGUAAAUUAGUGUUAAUGCUGUUUUGGCUGCCUUUCAGGUAUUGAAAGAGUGGACACAGGAUGGAAACCUGUUCAACAAAGCCUUAUCUAGGGGGUGGAUUUCAAGAAUAAAAGCCCCAGCAGUAAUUUCAUAUACUCUGAACUAUUAUCAUGAUUAUUUUUUGUUAAUUCAGUUGGGUCUUUGUUGCAUUAACAAAAGGGGGUGAUGGAAAUGUCCAGUAUGGUUCUUGUUUCUGGCUCCCUCUCUCUCAGGCCUUCUGGUGUUUACAGAACCAAAUGGAGACUUAAAUCAGGCCGACCACAGGGAGAGCAGCUGUCAUUUUCCUGGUUCGCUCUGCCACGAAUAACCAUACUUCCUUUAAACUAUAUAUAAUCACAAAACAAGGCAUUCUCUGCAGACAAAUAAGUGCUUUAAAAAUUCACCAUAAGCCCAAAACACUUUGAGCUGAUCACAUUACAUUUUGCCAGUCCAUCUGUCACAUGCAACAGUUAACACAGAACAACUCAUCGUUGUCAGUAGGGUUUGCUGGACGCCACAAUGUGAGAGAGAACAUUCAGAGUGCACAUGCUUCUUCUUCAGCACUCUCACCCCAGCUCAGAUCUCAUGAACCGCAUCUCAGCAUUUAAUACAAGCCAACGAGAAGUCCCCUAAGGACUCCGGUAAAGCCCAGUGGUCAUUAAUAUGGGGAACAUGAUGUUCCUGGAUUUGAUCUAAGAUAGUUGACACUGCAAAGCUCUCUCUCUUCAUAUAAAGUUUUCCUUUCAUUUUACAAAAGCAAACAUGUGAAUCUAAAGUCUCCCAGUGAAAAAAGUUAUUGUACUUCCUUUUACAGGGAGUUGUAAAAUGUAAUAGGUUUUAUUAAGCAGUGCUGUAUGUAAAGGGACUCCAGACAUCCUCAUUCUCUGAUAUGCAAAUUUACAUGAUGAAAUGCCUGAGGAGGGGUCACCUACUAUAUGAAGCCCUCUGUUCUUUCCUUUUGUUAUCAUCAACAUGUAAUCUCAGCCCUCUUCAAAGUCUCUGGGUCGUAAGGCUGUAUUGGUUUUUCUGUUCUCUAAAUUAGCAUUUAAAUUGAAAAGCGAAGCGGCAAAAGCAGUUGGCUUUUGGGCUUUGAGCUUGUUUUGGGUUUCAUGUCAUGGGCGGCAGAAGUUUGUCCGGUGAAAUUAAUCACUCCAUCCCCACAAGGCGAAGUGACCAGUAUUAAGAGGGCUCACUCUGAACUGGAUUAAAGAGUGUCCUCCAGCUCGGAGAAGCUCCACAGGGGCAGAGAUAUGUACAGACAGCGAUGAGGCUUACAGCGGGGUAUGGAAACAGAUACUGUCAUCUGUAGAGUGGUGAAACACUCAGUGUGACCCCAGAAAGAACACAGCCCUGAACCAACAUAUGCAGACAGUUGGAGUCUAGUAACUGAACUGCUUAUUGGUAGCAGAUUGAUGCUUGCCAACUAAAGCCACUUUUUCCCACAGCCUUUUAGUGUUUUUUGCAGUCGUUCCCCUGCUAAUCUGGGAUCAGAAUGUAUCAGGUGAAAUAGCAUCUCUAUUUGUGUACAUCAACUUCAGAGUUUUUUAGUUUGGACUUGUUGCAUCCGUUCUAAAAAUGUAUUAUUUGGCUGAUAUAAUUAUAAAUAUAACUGGAAAGGGAGGAAACUUGCUACCUAUGCAUCCCAGACAUGCACUUUCUCUUCGCAUUCAGAGCAGUACAACGUGACCCAUCAGCUGAGUGGGGGUGUGACAGACAGAAACUGCUUUGUCUGAUGUCUUCUUCAGAGCACAGUAUUUGUUCAGUGUAUGUUUGGCUACUUAGGAUGCUGCGACUGAAAUAUCUCAGCCUGACCUGUACAGCAAGGUGCCAGUGCUGCUGCUCCAGCCAACCAAUCAUAUACUUGAGGGGGCGGGACUGGUCACCCGGGUAACCAGGAAAAAUAGGUGUAAAGAGAUAAAGGAGCCCAAGAAAACUAUAACAAUAAUGUCGACAAAGAAAAAUGAUAUGAUAUAUUGCUUUUCUCAUGAAUAAUAUCAUUCAUGUAAUGACUGGUUAUCAUAUCUGUUCAUGAUGAAUAUUUUUAAUAAUUUGAAUAAUAAUAAUAAAUUUUAUUUAUAAGCGCCUGUCUUAACACUUAAAGUCACUGUACAAAGUAAGAACAGCAGCAUAAAACAAAAAAUAGAGUAACAGAGUUGAAAAAUAAAUUAAAAUUAAUUAACAUAAAAAUGUAAAAUAUGAACUUAAAAAUAUUACUGUACAAUUAACCAAAAAAAUCAAUAAUGUAUACAGGAAAAUUCCAACCUAUGGAUCCCAGGGACUCACUACAUUGAAAAGCUGUCGACAUCCCCACUGCAUACAGUUUUAAUGGAGCAGAACUCUUGAAGGAACUCUUCCCCUAGAGAAAAAUGGAAAUGCAUCCAUAAUGAAGACAAGAAAAAUGUAAUGAGGCACCAGUGUAGCUCAGCGGUUCAAUCACAUUCCUGAUGUAUUCCCAAUGUGGCCCUUUGCUUCACAUCAUCCCCAAACCUCUGCACCUUAUUUCCUAUACUAUCCUCUUUCCUGUCUUUUCAAUAUGUACAUCACAAUAAAAAUGAAAUUUAAUGACAAUAUCAAAGCAAGUUUGACCAAAGAACUUUAAUGCGCCUUUAAAUAAAAAAAGAAAAAUAAAUAAAGCAGAUUAAACACUUAAUCAAAAUGUUGCCCAAUGAUUUUUUUUUUUUUUUGUAUUUUUUUUGUACAUAUCUUUAUUGGCUUUUGUUUUUCAUACAACAACAUACAACAAUUUAAACAUAUGGCAGUAAGGUAAAUAAUAAUCAAAAUAUGAAUAAUAUGGAAGAGGUAAAUAAAUAAAAUGUCCUUAAUAAAAUAAAUUAGUAACAAGAUAAAUUGAACCAACAAAUAAGUCAACAAAUUACUGAGCAAUAGAUAAUAAAUAUAUAAAUAGAAAUAAUAAUAAUUUAAAAUUAUAUCAAUAAUAAUUAAUUGCUAUUAAUAAUAAUAAUAAUCUUAAUAUAGGUAACAUCGUACACUCCCAACAACAAAUAAAAUAUUUUUCAUUAUCUCAUUCUCACACUAUCUCCUCCAUAUCUAAAGAGAGAUCUAAUAGCUCAUUGUUUUAACCCAUUUUGCAGCUCUUCCAUUUAUUCCUCCUUGUUUAGGGCCAUGUGAUGUUGGUUCUUGGACUGUCCACAUGAUGGCAGCAAAUUCAAACACACAGGCUCUGUCAGAAGAGGCGAUGACAACAGCAUGCAUUUUAAUAAACAUCUUUAGUUUGUGAUAUCCCAUGUGUAAAGUCACUCAGAUUUAAGGAGGAGCUGAGGAGGGGGGUGUUGGAUUAAUAUUCAUUGCAUUAAUGUGUGUGUUGUGCUUAAAUUUUCAGUCUAGUGUCCUCUAAUAUCAUCAUAUACAAACGUAAUCCUGUAAUGAGGCUUUAAAUACCUACUUGUCAGGAUUUUACCCUUUAAUCACUUGCUGUCUUGUAUUGCUAAACUCUAAAUAAUUUGUUUUCCGCUGGACCUGAGAGCCCGUUUGAUUUGGUUGCACAAGUACUUUUUAUUAGGUUUCCUUCCCUUUCCAAGAAAACGUCUUGUGCAACAAAUUGGACUGCAAACUCAUUUUACCGCAAUCCACUACCAGGAAUUUAACAAGACCCAAAUCACAUUAAUUUGCAAUUAGCCGUGUUAUUUGAAGGUUACAGACCACUGGGACCUUCCUGUGUAAUUUCUCUCAACUAAAUGAAAGACAUUAAUUUGUUUUAACGCCACGCUGCAGCACUGCACUCCGUCUAGAGAUGGGAAUUCAAUUGUAAACUCAUUUAAGGAAAGUUAAGGAAACAGAUUUUUACCCUUGUUGUGUUUAUUCAUUUAGGCUGGGAGGAAGUUUGGACUACAGACACACCAAUCACAACCGUAAUCACUUAGAUUCGAACCAACUUGAAUGUGGCUAAACAGAAAUAACCCUUUCCUUGUGAAUACUUUUGAUAAAUUGCACAUGACCACACAAUCACAAUCGAUUUCUGGACUGGAGAGCACAAGUGUAGAGUUGGGAGACUGUCAACAUUGAUAAGUUACUCUCUUUUAAAAAUGUUGUCUCCAAUCCAAAGUCAGAAACGGCAUUUAGUAAAAGGAUAAAGAAAAGAAGUCUCUUUCUGCUCCAGGCUGAGUUUUAUUACAUUAAUGCAUCAAAUAUGUUUCAAGGAAAAUAUGACAUCUCCAUAUUAAAUGAAUAGUGUCACUGUCCAAAAUAAAUACAUUCAACCAAGCAGGCCCUUAUCAGUGUUUUCUUACCCACUUAGUCUAUAAAUGAAAAGCCCUGGUUUGUUUGUCAAGUCUGGUUGAUCAUACAUGUAAACUUUCAUUUUUGAUAAAGGCCAAAACACUUACUUUCACAGCUGGGAACUGUAGAUAAUCACAACUUUAAAGAGGAUACUGACAGAUUUGAAAAAGAUAUGUUGAUUAUCUGGCUUGUAUUUGUAUCAUAAUUGUGCUUAAAUCAGUUGGAUACUCAUUCAAGGGAUAAUAUAUAUUGAAAGAGUGGUUAUGCAAGUUGGAAUCUCAACAGGGUAACCAUGAGGGGAAGCCUGUUCACACUGUGGCAUUGUCAGCAAGCAGAGGUGAAGUAUACAUGUAGUACUUUCUGCAGAUUGAUAAGAUAUGAGGUAUGUGAUCAGGUUGUAACUGGCAUUGCUUAUGCGAAUGAGAAUUUAUUAUCAUCAUAAUGGUGUUUUGACCAAUCCAAAUCAAGUUUUGAAUGCAAAAGGAACAAAAAAUAAAUAAAGACCAAAAGUUGAAUGGAGAAUUAGUUGUUAUGCUUGAUGUUGCAUGAAAAUGAGUGUAUGUUGUCAAUGUGUGUUUGAUCAGGGAGGUGAAUCGAUAACAGAGCACAGCUUAGAAUAUGAUUUCACUCAUUUGAAUGGUAAAUAAAUAGAAUAGCUAUGCAACAGCGAGUGUUGACAUUUUGGCUGGCUGUCACAAAUAGAUCAAUGUCCAGAAAACUGGAAAAAGUUCAUAUCUGAUAUUCAUGGUUUUGAGGGCCUGUAUAAGCUGGGGCAACAAUGGGGUUUAUAGAAACAUCACAACCUUUUUUUAGGAUUAUACAUAAAGGCCUGUUCCAAAUAUAUCAUUUGUGUAAUUUCAUAAAAGAGCAAAUGAAAAACCAUUCAAGGACAAUAGACAGAAGCAUAAUGAGCAUAAUGGUACCAAGGCUUGUUAUCAAAGAUGCUUUGAUGCUUGUCAGCCAGUUUAAAUGAUCACGAAAAUUGUAGUUUCUGAAGGACACCAACAAAUGACCAGAUUGUGACUGGAGCACUUGCCAUGUGUAUUUUUUUUUUUCAUGCAGCAGUUUUUUCGGUUGCAGGUGCUGCACACAGUUUUUUACCAUCUACAGUACAGCAUGUGCUCCCAGCUUUAACCCAACACACUACAAAACUCUGCACUGGCAAUUACCUUCAACACCAAUCACAUGCUGAUUGAUACGGCAUACUGUGUGCUGAUGACUCGCACAAACCCUGAUUAUUUUCAUUACCAUUAGCCAAGGGGCCUUGAUUACACCCUAUGCAAAGUUGGUAGGUGAUUGGAGAGCAGAUACUGGAAAAUGGGGAAAGUUUCCUUCGGCUUAGGUCAUAUCCUGAUAUCAGAAUUGAAAGUAAUAUAUAUCAGGGGGAAAAAGUAAGAAAAUCACAUCAUUUCAAUUUGAAAGCUCAGUUCUUUUCUGUCAUGUCUUUGAUUUGUCAUUCACACCUUCUUUUCACCUUUGCAGCCUCCUUUCUUUUGGUGCUUCCUACACAGUUGCCUGUCAUGUCUUGUCCAAAGAGAGCGCGCACACGCACAAACACAUACACAUACACGCACUCCCAGGACCCAGGAGCUAUAUUUGGCUGUUGCUCAGGUGCUACAAAUAGAGAAAAGUAACUGAUAGUGGGCUAAAUGAGCUACCCUAUUGCAUGCCUGGCACAGAGGUGGUUUCCAUGGUGAAUCACAGUCAAAACAAUUCCCUUUGAGGAGCUGACAUCACCCCCCCACCCCACCCUGAAGAGGCUUCAAAAGAGAUCUAAUAUUUAGGGCAGUAUUUAAUCAUAAGCUAAAUAAUCACUUUGAAGAGAAAAUAAUGCAAAGGAUGUGUGUUGAAGACAGCAUCCUUGUAUUUUGUACAAAGCUGUGAUGGAUAUCUCUGUGCAUAAAAGGGAAAUUUUGCUCAGAGAUGCAACAGGAUCAUUUGAUCCGCAUUAGCAGUGGGGUAUCAUAAGUUUCUGUGGCCUAUUUUAAAGACACAACCAGGUCAUGUUUUAAAUCAUAAAAGUCUUUGUUUCGGUGUCUGUAUGAUGUGUUGUAGUGAAGGAAAUCAGCAUGAAAUCUCUGUCGGUUUGAAGUUUGACUGAAGAUUGUGAUUGUGUUUUAUUACACUCAUUAGUGAUUUUUUAAGUUAAACCUUCUAAUGUGAAUAAAUCACAGAAAGCCAGGGAAUUCCUUUCCUUCGCCUUCAGCUGCUACCUGGUCCUGACCGCAGACACAUCCAGCCCUUUCUUCUCUGCCGUGUUGUCUUUCUCUUUGACCUCCUCCUCAUCAUCUCUCCCACAAGGCUUCCUGCUUUAUUUUCAGUCCAGGUUGUGGUGAGGUCACUGACACACACACACAGGUUAUUUCUCCAGCUGACAUUUACUAGUUCUCAGUCUCCCUAUAGUAGCUUAACUGAGACUCAACUCAAUCUUUCUGGCAAUAUGUUCUCAACAUUUGCUGCAAAAAAAUGGGCAUGAUUUGUCCAAAAAAUCAGUGUUUGUAAAAAUCGUUUUUGGCCAUGUUCAGCUCAAACUUUCUCUUUUAGAAGAGAUGAGAUGAGGGCUAAAGUUGUCUGGUAUUGAUGCCAGCAAAGCAAAAAAAAUGUGGAUGCAGUGAUGAAUGAAGGACGAUUUGUUGUCAAGCCCAUGCAGUGAUUUCCACUGCAGAGUCCACCCGAAUCCAGUGCUGUGCUGCCUGAGGGCCAGCCAUCCAGCACUGGUGUUGUUGUCCUCGUUAAGUCAGUCAUGAAAUACCGGUCCUUUUUUUUUUUUUUUUGUUAUAAUUGUGGAAAUUUAUCUUGGAAUACUAAAGGUGUUUGUAUUCUGUUCAUAGAUUAUAUAUGGUAUGGACAACAUGACUCCGCCUCCCGUCAAUGAACGAAUUUGAAGCCAAGUUGCUCAUGGUAUUUCCCAGAAUUUUCUUAAACCAGCAUUUGCACAGUUGCGUUCAUUGACUCUAAAUGUCAAUCAUAGAAAAUAUCACAUAAUUUCCUGUUUUUAUAACCUCUCAUAACUUAAAAAAGAAACUGAAACGAUGCACAAACUAGUCUUACAAUAACUGCAUGUCAACAUCACAACCAGGGAUAAAAAAAAGGAAUGACAGUGUAUUUAAUUUAUAAAGUCGGCUCACAGCACCAUUCAUUUCAUUGGAGGAGGUGUGGUUUAUGACCUAUACUGCAACCAGUCACUAGGGGGUGCUGCUCUCACAGAGGCUUUUCCCAGCAAGGAGGCAUAUCACGUCCAGUCUAUGAUUCUGGUCCAGUGUAUAUCUUGGAUAUAUACAGUAUGUAUAUUCUUUUGACAUUAAGAAAGACAGCCACACAUUUCGUCAACACAAAGCGGACACCUGUUUAUUAUGGGAAAUAUGGAAUCCAUCAUGUUUAAAAUGAAAUCAUCUUUAAUGGUGCUACUCAAGCAUAUUUUUCAGAAACCCUGUAAUUAGCCUUGUUUUUAACAUCCAUUUUAUAUAAUUAUGCUAGGGGACAAAUGACCCUUUUGACCUAAUCAACAGUGAUACCUCAUGUUGUGAUUUGUUGUUGUCAGCUGGGCAGAGGGGAAAUUAGCUUUACGUGAGCACAGUAGCGAAAGUCAUCCAUGAAAUAUGGACAAAACAGUAGUUAUACUUGUGAUGCCCAGAGCGAAAGCAUUAAUUCAGAGAAGUUUGUCAGAAUUUUCAGGAUGAAAGGUCUGCAGAUGUAUAAUCCACAUAAUGAGGUUAUUUAGGUCAGGGUAUGAAAGGUAAUGGUACAUGCAAUGCAAAGUGAUAUUCGGCUUGAUAAUGAAAGUAAUUAUGUACAUGGUGCUAAUCGGUUAUGGUCUGAUGUAGAAAAGGUGAACUACUCAUGAUAACAGUUUCCAAGUACAGUUAAAUGUUGAAGAGAUGAACUUAAUAAAAACAUAGCAAAGGGGUAAUCUUAAAUGGAUGUUGCAAUAAUUGUUGCACAUGAUAAUUCAUUGCAAAUUAUUUGAAUGGUGGAAUGACAUAUAUACAGAAAAAAAUUAUAUGAUAUGACAAAGUAUAUUAUGUGUGAUCUAUAUAAAACAGCAAUUUUGCACACAUGACACAAAAACUACAAAAUAAAAAUAUAAAAAGCUGUUCUGCACAAGAUAUUUUGACAUGAUUUUAAAAGCAUUACUGCAUACCACCUGAAAAAGGUUUACUGCAGAUGUUAUGAGAAGUUACGGUUUGCAUAUUGCAUCAACUGCAUUUUACUGGAGUGUUUAUUGAUAAUAGUCAGAAGUAAAACUUAAUCUGCAGCAUAAAAAUGUUAAUUGACAGAAUGAUAUCACUAUUUAAAGUGGAACAUUAAUGUGCUCAACAAAUUUAACAGCAGUUAAAUCCAAAAGUGAUAUUUCACUCAAAACUAAAUUUCACUUCUUGUUAGUAAAUACAUCUUCCUGUGACUUUCUUCACAUACAUCCCAGUUGGGGGAUUUCAGCUUGAACCAAAAAUAACCUUUCAACACGUCAGUGUAAUUUUUGUGAGCAAUGAUUUCCUUGCGUCUUUGCCAGCUGACCAAAAAAGCUAGAAUUUUGGCAUUUGUUGCUUUUGACCUUUGCACACACCAAAAACCGAGGCAGCACUUUAUCCCUUUCUCACAAUCAUGCACACCCCCCUUACCUCUUUCCCUUUUUUCCAUUUCUUUUCCACACGCCCCCUCGUCUUUAUCCUUGCCACUUCACCCCCCCCCCCCCCUCUCACACAUCUCCCCUCCCUCCCUGCCUCUCCGACUUUUGCCGGGUUCUCAUCAGACCCUGAGAUGCCGUGCCUCUAAAGUGGCGUUAAAUGGCCUGUAGACAGCGUGCCACGCUGAGCUCUGCGUCCUUGGCCAUGGGCAGGCUGUGAGCGGUCAGACAUGAUGACUAUGAACUUGGAGGGAUUGGAAAUGAUUGCUGUGCUUGUGGUUGUGGUUGUGUUUGUGAAGGUGCUGGAGCAGUUUGGGUUGUUGACAGAUGGAUAUGACGGUAAGGAAACUGCACACUGUUUUGUUUUCUUCUUUUGGUAGUGAUAGACCACUUGUUGCAGACUUUGUUCAAAAGAGUAUUUUGUAGGUUUUUGUGACUUUAUUCUUCUUGCUAACUGAUCUGGAGAAUCAGUGGAUGAUUUUGUGUUGAUUAUGCCAGAAAAAAGUUAAAUUUUCAGUUGUGGUUUUGUACUCUUAUCUCUCAAAUGAUAUAGACACAAUAUUCUACAGGUGUAUGGAUUAAAAUGGAAUUGUCUGAAUUACUGAGUUCAGGAAUCCUGUGUGCAAGGCUGUCAGGAUACCAAAAUUUUAAGCUUUAAUACAACAAUAGUAAACAUUAAAAUAAUAUUGACAACUGUUUCAAUGUCCUGGGGAUAAAACUUAAUUUCUUGGGCAUCCAUAGUUGCAUACUUUCAACUUUUUCUCCACCACACCGUUAACAGAGCUGGUUUAUAUAGUCACUGAGCAGACAUAUUAAAAUAUAUAUAUAUAUUUUUUUUUUCCGUUCCACUGCUUUGUUUUCAUUAGCUUAGCUCCCUGUAGCUUUUGGUUAGAAUACAUGACAGUAAAUUUUUCUUUGGUUCCUUUUAGCACUGUUAAAUGAAAAUAACUUGGAUAGUGUUGUUUAGAAUCAAGAAAAUUUGGACAACUUUGCCUGUUUGGUUCUUAAUGGGUGUGUUUUCUGCUUAAGGUCAGCCUUCAACUUUUUGCUCACCUAAUUGGAUAAUUUGGGCAGCUUGUGCAUCAGCUCUGCAGCCUUUAUUUUUUUCUAUAGUCCAUUUCUCGCCUUACUUUUUUUGCAAAUACUUUUGACAUUUAUUUGGUGAUUAAUGCAGACCAAAUAUGUUCCAAGACAUCCACUUCUACUACUUUGUUUUGGACUUGUAAGCUAAUAUAAUGUCCAGCUUUCUGAUUGCCUUUGCAGCAUCAUUCAUUAAACAUAAAUGAAAUUUAAUCAGAUGUGAAAGCUUGUAUCAUCUGUGGGAUGGCAAACUGGUUAAUCCAAAUGAGAGGAAGACAGUUGAUGAGGGAAAAAAAAUUACAGACUGAAAAAAGUAAAGCGGGGAAAGAUGAGGACGAAUGAGCCUCUUUUUUUUAGUGUGUUUUAAAGUAAAAGUGAAGAAGUUUGUCUGUUUUUGUAUCCAAAAGUUAGCAUGAGUUUGAAAAAACACUUGAUUUGUUUUCUUUCAUUGUUCAUUCACAGCAGUGGUUAAGGAAUUGUUUAUCUUGUGUUUAACAAUGACUCACUUUUAAUUUGAAAAGAUGCCUCCUUGAUUUUUUUUUUUCAUGUAAAAGUGUGAAUGUAAUAUUGAAGACUCUGAAGACACCUGUUAUUUAUGAGCUCUACUGACUGCCAAGCUGUUUGCCUUAUGGCUGUGCUUUCACAAGUGAGAGGCAAACAAACAUUUGCCAACCAAGCAGAGCAAGAGAAAAUAAGUUAUUAUAGUUUUUUGGGGGGCAUUUGUAAUGGUUAUCAUUUCUCUGAUGUACCUCUUUGUUCUUGGUGUAAAAUCCAGAACAAUGUUUUUGUUAAAAACGCCCACCUAAAACAGCAACACAUUCACACAUGGUAUUGUGAAAGUCUCACAAAAGCCACUUUGCUUUAUUUUCGUCUCUACUGUCUGUGCAGCUCAUUUUCAUCCUCACACAGUGUGUUUGAGCUCCUGGUUUUAGCAGCUUUAGAUGCUUUUUUUUCUGUUUCGCAUCGAGCGGUCAAUCCCUGUUGAUUUAAAGAAAAUAUUGGCACUUUUAAGGGCUGAAAAUAUCCCUGUAAACAUAUUGAAAGUGAAUAAUCAUGGUGAAAAAUAAAAGAUUACAGCCUCAAAAAUGAAUGACAAUGCCAAAAAAAUUUAAAGUAAAUGACCCGAGAGGAAAAUCUUGAUUAAAUCGUUGAUUGCUCUUACAUUAAAUUCAAAAUGAUUGAUAUCUGGCAUUUAGGAAAUUUGCUGCUAAUCUUAAAAUCAGCUCCACGCCAAGAAGUCCAUUAUGAUCACUAUUUGAUGAAUAGAUCCGUCAGGUUCUUAUUUGAAUAACUCAUUAAUUUGAAGCAGAACUGUUUAAAUGUUUUAAAGAGAAGGGAAAAGCUCAAUCAUAGUAACUUAUUUCUCUGUGUUUCUUCAAAAUUAUGAGGAGAAUAACACUUCAGGGCAUUCAUUAGUCGGAAAUUUUCUAUGCAGUUUAGAUUUAUAGGCGACAGUUUUUCUAAAUAUCGGUAGACGCCUUUUUGAACCAGACCCAAUCACGAAAAAAGAAGUAGGACAAGAGCCUGUCAGAGAUUCAACUUGAAGAAAAGAUUCUAUGUUACAGCUUACAAUCUUUUAUUGUCAAUUUGUAAUAAAAAACAAAUCUUUGGAAAACCCAAUUCAGCAGAAAUUUGUUGUACUCUCUCACUUGAUGGCUUUCGGUUAAAAAUAGACUUGCAACACAGCCGGACGCAAAUGGCUCUUUAGAGUCUGUGUGCCUGUGACAGUGAGUGACAGCGGUGUGCCGCCAGUGUACGGGGACGUGACAGCUGACAAGAGCAGCCUUUGAUACGGCACAUUUUGCAAAUUGUUCCCCCUGCUGAAGGUGUGGCUUUUAUCAGCCGGGGGAGAGAUGCAAUAAAUGAGUCCAAUUACAAACAGACUGAAGAACAGGGCACAGCAGACUGUCACUUAUGAUUUCAAUGCUUUUGCUGAAAAUAGAGGGGGAUGAUUUCCUUUCUGUUUUUAUUCUUUUUACUUUACAAGCUUUUCAUUCUCUCUGAGUACUUUUGUCAUUUUCCCCCAUUUAAAGAGAAAAUAAUCCUUUUUUCUGUUUUUUUUACGGUCAUCAUGCCAUCUGCGGCUCCACGAAUGCCAACCACCUGAACCCCAAACUGUGUGUCAUAUUUGAGAGGCUGCAGUGUGAGUGACAUACAUGACACCCACUGUCACGGAUUUUACUCACAGUAAACCCCUCUCAGCUUCAUUUAGGAUCAGGCUCUGCAGACUGUAUGCGUUUGACUCUCAAAGUACAGUUUUAUCAAGCACUGUGUGCUGAACUAGAGCAAUAAAAAGGCAGUUAUUCAAUAUGGAGAAUGGUUAUCUAUAAGUAGAGAGUUGUAAGUAAUAAAAGUAGAUAUGAGUAAGGUAUUUAGUGAAGGCCUGAGCUUCGCAUGGCUUUAAUGCUCUACUUUUAACAUUUAGGUCAAUCACUUGGAGCAGGCAGUUUGGAUACAUAAAGAAACUUAAUGUAUUAGAGUAGUGAAAUGUAUUUGCGCUAUAAUAUGUGUGAGAAGUGUUUCUCAAUACAUCAGGAGGCAGGCACAAUCAUGAAUUUGAAUGAGUCUUAUGUAAAGGCUUAUCCUAAGACAUGCCAGCAUCCAUACUGAAGCUUUUACACAUGUGUGUGUUUCCAAGUUACUUACAUUAGUAAGAUAUAACACAUGCAAAAGUCUCCAUGUAGUAAAGCUCACUCUGAGUUUCUCUUCCAUUGUAAUACAGAGUUUAGUUAUUUACACUAUCAAUCCCAGAAUGAAUGGAGGGUUGCUGCAUGUUCAGCUGUAUGUAUAUUUGCAGGUUUGUAAUCCACAAAAAUGCUCAUAUUUUUUAAUGCAGUCCUGCCCAUUCAGCAUUGUAUUGAUUUAAGUAGAGCCAUUAAACUGACACAGUGUUUCUUCUCUAUGAAGUGAAAGUGCCAGCAGAGGGAACCAAAGCGCAGCCUCAGACAGUCACAUUUGCCUCCAGUCUUGUAUCAAUGUGAACAUAUUAGGUUAAGAAAAGCGUGAUUUUAUCUCCCCUUUUCAUUUAAGUAAUUAGUUAAUUUUGCAAUAAAAGUGAAUCAUUUCAGCCACUUCUCAAGGAUUUCAGCUUUUUGAAAACAAAUCAGACUGAAUUGUAUAGCUCCACAAUGCAAGUUCAUAAAGAGCCAAGUGCAAAAAUGUUACCAGAUUCAGUUACAAAAAAUGACCUGCAAUUAACCUGGAAGAACAAGGCGAACACUGUGAUCCUGCGUGCAUACUUUGAAUACUUCUUUUUAAAACAUAAGAGGUUACAGGUUAUUAAGCAAAGGAAUGAUCACAUAGAGUUUAAAACAGGAAUCUAAAAGCUUUUCACUUUAUUGAACCUGACAAACAUGAAUCUUUGCAUCAUUCUUUGAUGAAAUUAUACGUUGGUGUAUUCAAAUGUAGACUCAGAAACUAAACCCAUUUAUUUUCCCCUCUAAUAUUAGUACCAUAAUUCCUAUUCAUGUCAGCAUUGCUAAUGCUCUUUAUUGCCUCCUUUUUACAUUCUAAACAAAUUACCUCCAUAUUAUUCAGUGAGGGAGUAUUAAAAACUCCACAAUUUAUUAUAAUUUCAGAUAAUAGCCCGGGGACUUAGACAGGUCUUACAUGCAUAAUGUUGUGCUUCAUUUCUUCUCACUGAAUUAAACACUGUUAGUGGUGUUUCCACAGGCAGAAGCUUUACACUAUCAUCAAUCACAGCUAUGUUAACGGUGCUACCAGUGACUGUUGUUCACAAUCUGCAUGCUUGCUGCUGUAAUUACUUUCGAGCUCUCUCUGCAGGAGGACUUGUGAAAGGGCAGAUUUUCUUCAAGCUUGAUUAGAAACAACUUGAGUUGGAAGUACUGUGAAUGUGUGAAUCAAAGCUAUACUGUUGAUUGGGGCGCCUGUAUACUUUGAACCACCUUUCUUUGCAUUAGUGGAGGUUAUUUCAUCAAAGCCACUGCAUACAAUAUCUCAUGUAUGAACUUAAAGAUAAAUCGACAAAAAAGUUAAUGUCAUAUGGAAAAAUGUGCAAAGUAAUGCAAAUUUAAACCUUUUGUUUUAUUCAGGGCACAGCUUUGCCCUCUGCCUGUUGACAUAUUUAAUAUAGAUGACAAAGGAGUAGAAGUCCUUCUGGGUUUUGUAGUCAGAAAUCUGCUGACUACAUUCCUUGGAUUUACUGAUCAUCUGAUUGGUUGAAUGUGAAGUCAGUCCAUCAGAAGUAUUUUAUGAAAUUCCCUUUAAACUCAUAAAUAUAAAAAAAAUAACUAUGAUCGUCCUAAUACAACUUUUUUACUUCCGAUACGAUACCUAUAUUGUAGCCUUCGGUAUCGGCCAAUACCGAUAUUGAUCCGAUAUUAGCACAAAUUUGUGCGUGACAAGUUUUGCACUCAGCCGCAAUAUCUUUUUCAAACUUUAGUGAAAAAUUCUGCCACACAACCAACAACUCUCCUACUUCUUACUACAUUGUUUGUACCUCAGUACACACUGUUGUUGUGAUCACAUAGGCUCUGCAUGCUGGAUACGGGCGCUGCUAGCUAGAGGUGCCGGAGUGGAGUCUGGAAUGGACUGCUUGUAUCGGAGUGCUGAUAUCUGAGAUUUUAGAUGCAGGCCGAUAUUGGACCCAUAUCCAAUGUCAAUAGUGUAUUGGGACAGCCCUAUAAAAUACAAAAUAAAAAGGCCACAAACUUGGGCUUUUACCAAGCCCACUACCUGCAGAGGCUUGUUCACCUAUAAGGAUUUAUGCAGUAUUAGUUGAAGAGACAGUAAACUUAAAUGUGACAGUCAAUUGGUUAGGAAAAGGGAGGGAAUAAGCAAUUCAGAAGAGACUUACCUAACACUCCUUUCUUCAAAAGGAAAGCUUAAUGUUUGUUUUGUUUUGUCUCCGCCGGAUCAGAUUAGAUCUUUCGUCUAAAGCUCAAAGUCUUUACUUUGCGAGCUGGAGUUUCUUUUAAAUAAUGAAAGAUGUAUAACACUUUGUUUGGCUCUGGCGUCACAGUUGUGUGUGGAUUAACAUGGAAAAAUGGAGAUGUUCUUCUCAGUCGCAGCCUUCCUGAACCAUUCUCACCUCUUGCCUUCCCACCUUCAAUUUUAACACUUUCCUAUCAUGUGUAAUCUAGAGAUUUAGUGCUAUUAAUAUUUGCAAGGUGUGGAUUAACUGUCCUUACUGUAAUCUAAUAAGACAAUUUGUAAUUAGUUAGUAUUUUGAUGAUGAAUGAUGCUUGGGAUAGGUUAAUUUUGUUGCCAACCAAUACUAUGUCAAUGUCGCAGUGUGCUGAUGCUAAUUAUGCCUCAUGUGAGAUAUAGCUAAUAACUGAAAGACUUGACUGCACAGUAGAUCAAAUUUUAUUGAUUUCAGCCCUUUUCCAUCAUGAGCUGUGGAUCCCAGGGAAGACUGCGGCAGAUAUUUUAAUUUCGCUCGGUGGGUUAUUAUUAAAGCAUUUCUCGUCCAAACAUGGUAAGAAUUUGAUUAAGAAUUUCUAUUCUAUUCUACCUGCUGCUCUGUAUCUGAAUCACUUCAUAGAUCGGCAACCAAGAACUCCAAUUAGCAAUAUUCUCUCAUUGACUACUGUUCGGGAUGUCUCAACACAAUUAUCCCUGAAUGAAGCUUUAUUGAACACCUGAAUAUUUAGUAGUUGGGAGAUAAUGAACACCUACCAGAGGCUGCUGCAGGAAUAGCUUGUGCCUUGAAUGCUAAACAGAGAGGUCUGUCAUUAUUUUUCCUUUCAUUCUUUAUUGGGUUACAGUUUAUCAGGAAUCAGAGGAUUGUUGCACCUCACUAUUCGUGGAGAAAAGGGUUUUGUUGCAACAAAAUAAAGAGGUAAGAGAAAAGAAAAUUCAGUUUCUCUGGUUAAGUUUGAGAAAUUUUUAAACUUAUUUCAAACAAGUCAACAUAGACAACUAAUCUAUCUUAGCUGGUGUCUCUCUGAUAUCCACAGCACAAGUUUAGUAUUUUGAAUGUACUCAAGGUAGAUCCCAGACCAAAGUGUUAUUGAUUAUUUCAUAUUAUUUCAAAGCCUACAAGUGUAUUUAACAAUUACUGUCUUAUAAGUGUGAAGACGCUUUUAUGGUUGGCAUUUAAAAGCGUUUGGCUUGCCCCAUUGGUGCGUCAUGAAAGUCUAUUAAAUCCAGUCCUCUUUAGCCGGCCAACUGAUCUAAAACAAAACAAUCUGUGUUUAUUGGGUAAUUUUCUUUUGCAUCUUUAAAUACAGUCCUUUUUAUAAAUUCCCAGUUCUCACGAUGUCCAGUCCUCUCACAUACUGCUUACAACCAAAUUUAUAACCACUCCUAAAACCAAAGUCAUGACUCUGUGAAGUAAAAAACACACGUAUUGAUUUUCUCUCAGCGUUGAUUUCUCGCUGAAGCGCUUUACCAGUCAUAUCUCAUCCUUUGGACAGUGGCUCCAGCUGCCUUGCACACUGUCUGCCAUUUUAUGUCCCCCUGUGUCUUUUCUCUUUUUUUACUGUCCCCGCUAAUGCAUAUCUCCCAUUGACCUUUGCACUUGCAGCUCAGUUUGACUGGCACUUUGCUGCUGACGGAUAGCACACCUUAGAUCACACGACAGGCCGGCUGUGCAGACGAGACCCGUGUUCUGUUCUUUGCCUGUACAUGUUGUCCACAGUUAGCUGUCAGAUAGGGCUAAUAUGGCAAAGACAGAGAAAAACAGGUCAAUGUUAUCAGCUCUAGCACAUUACUGUGAGCUUUGUAGCACUGUCCAUUCACAGACAACACCAUUGACUUUUCCCUUUUACACCUGAACUAAUCGUCUAGAUGAGAUUUUUGAUAAAAAUCUGAUGGAUGUGCUGCAGAGAUGAGGCUGACAUAUCUUGGGAAAAUGAAAAGCUGUUCCCAAAGCAGCGGGUAGAGACCACAUGAGGCUAUCACUGUAAUUAACAUGUGAUCCGAUGCAUGGAAAAGCCAUGAAGGUUUUAAAAGCAUUCAAAGCAGUUUGAUUAGUCUUUAUCGUCCUUGGUUCAGUCAUUAUGACUCUCUGCUUCAUUGCCUAACCUCAACCUUGUAACCCUCUCACUUGGUUACAACCUCACCUUCAUUCCCAUUAGCAGAGCUAGCAUGGCCAGCUUUUGUUCCUCCUUGCAUGUAAAUGUCUGAAUGUCUGUGCUGGGUACAAGUUGCUUCAGUCACGUGGUGAAAUUUAUUGCUUUGAAUGACCAGCCUAGCUCUUUUAGAUAUUUCAGGUUUCUCUAGACUUUUCAUCCACAUUAUGGUGAAAGAAAAACAGCUCUAUUAUCUUGGCGAAUGAAAGUGUCAGAUUUUAAAAGACAAACUAUGAGAGGAGAGAGAGGGACUUAGUACACUAAUGUAGCAUGUUUUGGUGAUCUGGACUGUACAGAUUCUGACCUGAAAACUGUUCUGCUUUCACCGCAGCGACUUCAGAUUAGCUGUUUCUUUAUUUUGCCAACAGACUGCUUUGUCUGUAAAUGUGUGAAAAAAAAACAAACAAACUCAUAAUGCUUGGUGAAUAAAUUUGCAAAACCUCAAGGUCUUGUCUAAAAAUAGUUUGUUUUGUCGGACCAGCAGUCCAAAGUUAAUAACAUUUCUUUUUUAAUGAGACAGGAAAAUACUGAAUCUCCUCGCCAGAGUAAAACUGGAACAACAUGGCUUUCGGCGCUACACCAGAAGAAGAAAAUUUAAUUUAGUAGUUUAAUACCAUUUUCUUUUCAUUGCCGAAACAAUUAAAUUGUUUCAGCUCAGCACUUUUGUUUGCAUGCCCAGUGAGGGUUAAACUGUUACAUUUUCAAUUUCAUUCUUUGGCAAAUGGGUGAACUCAACCGUGUAAACUGUUUUAGGUGGGAAAAUGAUCACCACAGAAGGGGCAAGCCCCUGUGUUUACUACCCAUCCAACCUUGAAUGAUGGGACGUCACUGGAGUAUCUGCAAACACACACAAAAACAAAUGCUUUAAUAACAUUUGUUGAACUUACACUGGGCGGAAGGAAACAGUUUCUGUUCCUGCACUUAGUUGAGCUUUAUGUAAAUGGUCCUUAAAUGGUUGAUUUUGUGCCUGCACACACACCUGGAAAGUGAUCCUACAAAGUAAGUCUUCAAGAUCUGAGUCACCCCAUGGCACUGCAUGGUUGAUUGCAUACGCCGCUUCACUGAGGGCUGCCCCGGUUCACAGCUUAUAAUUGCCUUCCCCCCUUUCACAGGUGCCGCUUCAGUAAAUAUGACAGCCUCAUUUUAAUGUGCCGCGGAAAACACAACCCAAACACUAAUGCCGCUUUGCAUGCCUGAGCAAACGCUGCAGGUGUCGCCUAAUUAUAUCACCCACUUGUUCUCUAAGCUGAUCCGUAAACAGCGGGAUGAGUUCAUCUUCGCCUCCUUGCUUGUCCAACGAUCAGAUCUGCUUUGAUUGAUUACAUCAAAGCACGGACUCAUACUUCCACAUGGCUCGUUUUGUGCCUGGAGACUGAUAACACAAGUCCAAAACAUGAUGAAAAUAUUAGUCUGGAGGGUCUGUUUGGUUGGUGACAUUCAUAGCUGCGUGGGGAAAAAGUAAUGAAAAUAUCAAGGUUGUUAUGUUCUCAGGAUAAUACUUGUUUAAAUUACACUGCACCUGCGGUGUUCAAUUUCGCCUCUAACUUUUUACUGCUUAGCUAACAAUCUAACAGGGGUUUGCAGGGAAAUAAUUACAGGUUUGUUUUUGCACAAGAAGUAGAUUUUCUGUUGGUGAUUUCUUUGUUUGGCUCAACAUAACCACCACUACUGAGACUGAUUCAUUGAUUCUGUGUUUCCUGCUCUGACAAGAAGUGAUAAGAUCCUCCCCUUGUGAAUACCGAGGUUGGGGAGUGUUGAGACAGGCGUUAGCGAUGAUGGAGACAAAUAUGUAAUCCUUCCCAAAAUCAAUGAUUAUCAGUGUAAAGAGGCAGAUGAACAAAGGCUGCAGCUUUUUGCACUUAUCUGCUCAGUACACGCUGAGGGAAUUUUGAACAUAGAGACAGCGACAUGGCAGAUCUCGGUGCAGUUUGACAUUUUAGACUUGGAUCAGUUUGAGAUAACACCUGUCAGAGGUUAGGGAGGAUGGAUAAGGUCUUUGUGAAUCUUUUGACAUAAGACACUUUGGUAUGUUGUGAUUUGGUGGAAAAUGUGACUGUCCUUUUUCUGCAGGUACUAAAAGCCUUGAAAAUAUGAAGAGGUUGGUUUUUCAAAAUGAGCAUUUGCAUCAGGGCCUUGAAGCUUCCAGUUCGUGACCUUUUAAGUGUGUUGUCUGCUAUUCUUAUGGACAAUCAAUAAAGUAAGAGUUUAGGGUUCCCAUUAACAAGAGUGAUCCAGUGCAAUGAGGCUUCAAUUUUCAUCAUGUUGUUUGUACAUGAAGAUGUACAAGCAUUUGCUACAUAAGCAGGACUCAGCCAUUGCCAUGUUUUAUUUAGGGGGCAAUAUAAUGUGGGUGGAUUAAGUAGAAAACCCUUGAGUGUUGAAUUGCAGGACUUACAUCACCACCUAUUCAGGAUGUACUCUUCAAUAAUGGCCACCUCACUGUGCAUUAACUUGCUGAGGACUAUCUACUUCAGAAAUCAAUUAUUUGACAAAAAAUAUAUUGAUUAAAAGCCUUGCUUCAUUUACAGGAAGUAAUGGUAGGACAUAUUCACGGGGAGUAAUAGGACACAGUUCUACAUAGUGUAUGAUCAGAGCUUUACCAUGGCAACAGUCUGUCGUCAACGAUCUACAGUGUACUGUUGUGAAAUAACACGCUUUAGAGUGCUUAAAUUGACCAGCUGGAAUCCAAUAUUCACAAUUGCAAUAUCCUUUAAACUGCUUUAAAAAUAAAAGAAUAAAUUACAUGAGAGUAAUUAUCUUUUAUGUAGUAUGUAUUGGUGGAAAUCUAUCUCAACACUGAUGCUGUCUCUGACAAACAUCACUGAGCCAUUAGUGGUCUUAAUAGCAAAGACCAGUGCUUGGACGCCUUUCUCCUGAAAUCUUUAACUCACGUCAAUAUUUACAGCUCCUCUUUUGUGUAUUCCAUGUAAAACAAACCCAUUUUGUAAUUUAUAUCUUACAUUACAAAACAAAAAAACAAUUGGUCUUGUCAGGUCUAUCAAGGCAGACUUUUAAGCCUCACUAUCUUCCAGACAUGCCAUGCUGCAAAUUGUUUCGAGUGGUAAUUGGUCAGACAAUGUGUGGCGUUAAUGGAACAAGCUGUAGAGUGCCAUAUUUACCUGUCAUCAGCAUUGACAUAAUCAUGGCCUGUUGUAGCUGGGUGGAUGCUUUAAAGCACAAUCACCCCCCAUUUCUCUUUUUAUCUCACAUGUGCUUGUCACCCUCACACCUCCACCCUCACUGCUGUUAAAGAUUUAUGGGUUGGAUAUAGUAUCUCUAUACUGGAGAGAGGUUAUGAUCGGUCAAUCAUUCCCACAUGUUUUAUUAACCAUUGGUCUACCAGGGGAUGUGAUGUAUGGACAUCCAAGUCAAGGCAUAGUGAAGCCUGGAGCAAUGCAGCCCUCUGGCUGUUGGAAACUUAGCUUCAUAGAGGCUCCAACUGGCCACUGUGUGUGUGGCUUGAAUGCUAUGUGAUGUGACUGUUGCUUCAUUGAUGUACUUCCCACAUGUUGGCAGUGCUACUGUGAGCUGUAUGUCACAGAGAGCCCAGAAGUCACCCAAGCAUCCACCAGUUAGGUCAGCGUACUCUCAAUGCACUACAGUGAACAUGGCAGCUUUGAAAUGUAAUGCUUUGAAGCAAAGCAGUGAGUCUUCCUCAAGGGACUUAAGUAUUGACUUUGACUUACUAUACUGUGGUGCUACAGUAUGUUUAGAGAUGUAUUCCACCUAGAUUCUUUUAAGGUGUUUGUUUUGAAAAACCUAGAAAUUACAUACAGUCUACUGAACAACAUGAGAAGCAAACUCGUCAUUUUAGUCUGUGUGCGAUAUACAAUACCUGGUCACUAUCAGCAAUGAGGUCAUUGUUGUUUUCCUGUCUUUUGCCUUUCUGGUUCAUUGACAAGGUCCAGGCUGUGAAAUUGCUCAUAUAAUUACCUGUUAUGCUGCAUCUGUUCAUUGUUAAUGACUCUAGUUUGGAUCCAUAUACCUUCUUGACCAGAGAUCAGAUGUAUAGCUUCAAGCGCUGACCAGAUUUCAGUUCAGCACUCCCGGGGUUUACUGGAGUUUGGCCCAUGGCUCUCUCUUUUUAGGUGCUCAUAUUUUGAAUGAGAAGCUAAUUGUUCUCCCAGUGUUUGGACGGGGUAGUAGGACUCCCUGAGAAAUAAUACGUAUUGGCUAAUGGAAAAAAGACAACAAAAACCAAACAAUUGAUAUGAGAAAUAAUAUAUAAGAAACUGAUAUGAGAAAUAAUCCAUAUUGGCUGAUUAAUAAAAAAAUGAUAUGAUAAAUAAUACGUAUUGACUGAUCAUUAAAAAAAUGAUGUAAGAAAUAAUUUGUUUUGGUGGAUUACACUUGUGGUUUUUACAAUGGAAGCAUAUUUUGCUUGUUUAAGGAUUUUAUACCUUGUGCUGUUGCCAAGCGCUGACUCAUCAUCAAAAAGUAUCGGGUCUUUCUCUAACCACAGCAUUGCUAAUAUUUGGUACAACAUCAAUCCCUCUUAUGCAAUACUGCAUUAAUACACCAAUUCAAUCAGGGGAAAACAGUUGGAAAAGGUAUAUAUUAACAACAUAUCAUCAUAUUUUGCCUCACUCACUCAAAAAUCCCACAAUUUAUCCUGUUCCUUAGCAACUGAAGGGCGUUCGGAACAAAGUCUUGCACAAACUAAGAUUAAGUGCCUGGCUGAUUGAGUUUCAGAUUUUCCACUUUGCCACUUUUGCAAGGUUUGUCUGUUUAUUGUUGGUUGCUAGACGGACUGUGUUUAAAGUCUGAAAACAGCAGGAAGCAUCAUAUCAGAAAAGGGGAAUGAAACGACUCGUGAUCAAAUCAACUCGUCAAAGAAAUCCAAAGCAAUAAGAGUGAGAAAAAGGAGAAGUCAGAUGAAGUACAUCAGUUGAUAUCAGCAAGUGUUUUUUCUGAAGUUCCCUGCACUGACACUUUCGACAUAUUGAUAUAAUGUGGCAAUGAUGUUUUCCUGGCUGAAGUCCAGAGGCGACCCAGAAAAACAGACUCUGCAGUCUGUCUUUACUGGAACAGGCUAAUAAACAAGCUGAUUUAGCAUAUAGGACACACGCAAUCCAACUAUCCUUGCUCAUUGUACACAGAACAAUAUUAGCCUUCAGCCUCUCUUUAAUUUCCCAUCCAUGUAGUUCUAUUGUCUGUGUCCAUUUUUCACUUACUGUGGACAAGACUCGCAUACGAAUAACUCUCAGCCUUGCUAAAGACCAUCCACAUGAAACAGAAUAUGCUCACUGAAGAGUAUUUUAAUUUUCAAAUAGAUGUUUUUAUCUGUAAGUAGAAUUUUGUCCGUCACAUUCCCAUUUUAUGCUGUUGACGGACUGAAUAUAAAUGAAUGCAUGUGAGUUUUUCCAUCAUGGGAAUAAGCGCCUUCUUGUUGAGCAUUUAUCACUGAGUAAGUGGUGAGUAGCUGUUGCUCAGAAAUAAUACACCGCCGUGAGGAUUGUAAUUAAGGUGGCUUUGUGAAUUUACAUCAAUAAUAUACAGCUGACAUCAUUUUUAAUGGAAUAAAAGUAGGAACAACGGCACUGAAGAUCUUUCUCCCUCUGUUCAGAGCUGAAAAUUAAUGAAAAAAAUUCAUCCGUUUUCCCUUUGAAUGUUUUGGGUUUAAUGUUGUGUGCCAAGGAUUUAAUGAUAAUUUCAUGAAGAAACUCAGACUCUUUUUUUGAUCUGUUAAGAAAUAAUUCAUCCUGAGGUGGAUGUCAGGACUGUGCAGGGACAGUAGAUGGUGGUGUCUUCAAUCAUUGUGCAGCAAACACAGACUUUAGGAAUCAGCGUCAGCAUCUCUUCGCUCUCUUCAUCAGUCAGCUACAUCUCAGUGGAAUCAAAAUCCUCUUAAAGAAAGCAUUUAAUGAAGUUGUUUGGAUCAAUACUAAUUCCUUUCCCCCUUUCUAUACUCUUACACUGGUGUGUGCAAAAACCACAGACGUAUUGACUCCCUUUCAUACCCUUUACUCUAUUCAUCAAACCCUCUUACGCUCAGCUUUGAGAAAAUAGAAGCCAAUCUGAAGAGAAGAUAAUUUUCUAUAGGAAUUUUUUGUUCUAUGUGUGAAAGUAUUUUUCAAGGAUUUUGUCAAAACAUCAACACUUUUAUACUGUAAGAUUACCAUAUUGAAAAAGCGCCUGGAAAUCCUCUUUUCGUCUCUAGUUAGAAGCAUAAGAGACUUAUUUUUUGUGUCUUAAGUGGAUUAAAAGACCAGUCAUGAAGAAAGCCUUUUCCUCUUGGUCUUUGUCCUACUUUUCCAAGCAGAAGUGUUUUUCCUUUUUUUCUCAUGAGUGUCAACAUAAAUCCUUCCUAAAGCCUGAAAAUGUUGUAUUUUAUGAUGUUGUUAUGAUUUUCACAAUAAGAAUGAGGACUGCUUUUGUCAGUAACAAACAAAAACUCAAGGUUACUAAUCUAUUUUCAUGGAUUUUACCGUCAUUCAACAUCUUCUUGCAUUUUAAAACCUGCCUCGACUUAAUGUCUUAAGUUUAUGUUGAUAAGAUGUUGUGCAUAUUCCACUGUAGCACCACACCUCCUCCUCCUCCUUCUCCUCUGCCUCUGCCUCCGUCUCAUCUCCCCUCCCUCCUUACUCAAAUCCACUCCCUCUCAUCUUCCCUCCCUUUGCUUUGCAGAGAGGCAGUCAGUGUGCCUGAAAGAGCCAGAGAGAGCCAGAAACUGUCAGAUGAGCAGAGUAGAGUUUUCUCCCUCUGCUUCCUUCUGUUUUCACUUGUAUCUUUAUCUCUAAGAGGAGAAGAAAGGGAAAUAAGAGGACAGUGCAUUGUUUGGACCUCUUUGAAUCCGCUUUUUUAAAAGUCUUGGUGACCCUGAAGAACAGUGAGAUCUUUACAGACUUUCAGCUCUUCUCAAAGUCCCCAAUUUUGACAUCACCCAGACUGGAUUUAGGGAGCAAGCGGGCAGUAGACGGGAGCCAGGCGGCGCCCGGCCCGUGCGUGUGGGCCGGUGUAGCACUGGAGUGGGUGCAGGGGAACUGGAGUGCAGGGCCGGGUGGCGGCAGAGCUGGUCCUGGCGGCGGCCACGAGGGCGAGGAGACCGGCUCAGGCUCGGGCUCCGGGUUCGGGUCGGGGUAUGGUGGUGGCAGCACAGAGUGGGCCGAGGGCGGAGCAAUGCUGAGUGCAAUCUGGGAGACGGAGGGGCUGCAGACGGUGGGCAUCGUGGUGCUGGUGUUUGCCUCAAUUAAGCUGCUGCACCUUCUAGGGCUCAUCAGCUUCUCAGAGGGUAAGAGACGGAGCAGGAGGAGAAGGAGGAGGCAUGAGAGAGGAGAAAGAAUUUGGAAAAUCACACAGAAAGUGCUUUCUCGGAGAGAUGUAAUGUGUUGUGAAAAUUGCGAAUGCAUUUUAUUCAGUCGUUUCCCUCCUCAAUUUCCAGCUUCUGUUGCCUUGACACAUCAGGGUCACUCUUUGGUCGCUGGAAACAAGCGUUAAGUUUAACAGCAGUCUGAAAACUUGAGGAGUUAAUGGAGGUCAGAAAACCAAAGAAGGAAAGACUCAAUGACUCAGAAUAAGAAAAAAACUAAUGGACUGCCUUUUCUCAUGCAGUAUGAAAACAGAAAUGUAAUGUGUGAGCUUGAGAGGGAGGGAGGAAGAUACAAGCAGAGAAACUGUGUCAGUUCAGAAAGAUCGAAAAGCUUUAGAGGGAAGUUUCUGGUUGAAUUUCUAGAGCUGAAAAUUGAGACCACAUCUCUUAUUUCCAAGUGUCUGAGUUCCUAUUUUUCAGUGUGAAAGGGUAGUUCCUCUCGUUUUGUACACAUAGAUUUUCAAAAUGUGCCUAGUCCUCUUAACUAGCCCAAAUGGCUCGGAUACUACAGAGUCUAUAAGAUGUCUGUUUAAAUAGGAGAUAUGAAGUGGUCGUGUGGAAUUGAUAAAAGAUGUAAAAAGAAAAAAAAAGCUGACCUGACCUGAGAGGAGAGUUAAAUAAGGUCUGAGGCAUCUGUGACCACGGACUGGCGUUGCUUGUGUAAUUUCCAAAGCACAGAAGAGUGUUGCUUCAUUUGUCGGGAGCUGUGGAGCUCACUCUCCAAGUUAUAGUUUCUCGCUUCACUUAACAGCGGCGAGUACAGACCUGCUUUCUCCUCGCUCUUUAUUAGCUAUCACAGCCGACAUCUUAUUGAUUAUUUUCCACGGCAUGAUGAUACAGAUGUCAAACUAAAUGUGUCGAGCGCUGUUUGCCCAUUUGUGUGAUUUGUAUUCCACAGAGGUGUCACGGUGUAAGAUUACAUGCUUGAAUAUCUCUCAUCAGAGCCCAUAGCUUUUGACAGACAAUCAAUAGAGGUAUUGAUGAUGCGCAUGUGUUUAAAGUCAAAGAGCUGUAUGGAAAGCGAAGAACAAUAAUUAAGUGAUUGUGUGAACUUCACAUACACUUCACUUUAGUUUCUUUUUACUUUAUUGAUUGAGUGCAUGUGGUAUUUUUCUCACUAAUUAUCACUUCUGAGAAAAUGGUGAACACUCGAGAGCCCAAGGUGACAUCUUGAAGUGUCUUGUUUUGCUUAACCGGUAGAUAAUAACUCCAGACGACUCAUUUCAAGUAGAUGAAAAACAGUGACUCACUGUAUCAUAAAGGCUCAAACAAGCAGAAAAAGAACUGUCAAAUGAAUUUCUCGCCUAUCUAAUCAUCCAGAAGUAGACAAAUGAUUAAAAACUUUACUCCAAAUUCAAGACCUACUUGCUUUAAAGUGAUAUUCCUCACCACAUUUUCUCUGCACCCAUUUCUUUUUAUAUAAACCCAACAGCCGCAAGGAUUUCCUUUGUUUUUGACACAGAUCCCUUUAAGCAGCUGUCACCUUCUGCUAUCACUAAAAGUGUUUAUUUUUGACCUUUUGUUUUCAUAAAACCGCAUGGGGAAAGACUUAACUUAGCAUUCAUGCUUUGUUUAACAUUCACACAGUCAGACAUGAUCGCAGCUGGGAGCUACCCAGUAUGAUCACAUCCCUCUACGUCCACCUGAGCAGCUCCUCUGAGGCUUCAUUGGCAAUGAAAAGGUCUUACUUUAAAGCUGUUGAGUAAAUACUGAGGGAAUAUCUCAGCUGGGCUGCAGACUCAAACUGGCAACUUUCCAGGUACAGAGGAAAGCUCGAGCUGAGGGUGUGCUCUGGAUGUAUUGCAUGAUCUCGAUUGAAGGCUCAGCUGGCAGUGAAGAGUAAGCUUUGUGAAGAUCAAGUCGCAGACUUAACAUUGUGACGAGAGGGGGGUGGGGGUCAUGUCUCGGCUGCAGGGACGAGACAUUACUCUGAUUACUUCUACGGCAGAUUGUGAGGACUUCAGACCUGAACACAUAGUUUGUUCCACAGCCUCUCUCUGCUUUGGCUUGCAUCCAUAUUGGAGAACAUGAAAAGAUCAUUUCAUUAGCUUGAGCAUUAUCACCAGUGCAUUUUUUAUAUUGAGCAAGCUAAGAAAAGAGAUGGAUCCAGUUAAGAGAUAAGUGCUUGUUUUCACUUGAAUCACCCCAAAAGUGGUUUGUAAAUUCAUAUGCAGCUGGCUAACCAAAGCUUCGACUUUGUUGAAACCCUCUUAGGAGAAAUUCUGCUGAUUUUACAGAAAUUUGGUAUCACCCAAGUAGUUCAUCUUCAAUUUUCUCAUCUGUUUUGUAAGAAUGCAUUGUGACACACACACACUCUCGUACUUUGCACACAUAUGUUCAGUUGUGCUCCCAACGCAGAGGCAUUAGCCCAAACUGCUGAGCAAAGCCUCACAGGGUGCAGACUAAUCAGAGUGUCACACAAUGAUAAAUAAUUCUCUGUUUCAGCCGUACACAGCAACACCCCAAACCCCAACCCCUUAUCCCCCUUCUAUAACACACACAAUCACACACUUUAACAAGUACACAAUAACCACAGCAGGGACGGAGCCUCGUGUCAAUUUGGAUCUGCCAUUUGUUAUUACCAGGAAGAGAGCUGAGAGUGUCUUAACACUGAUAUCCAUCUAACAAAGUUCUCGUGUUCUCCAUGUCCUUGAUGGGGAUUUAUGGCCAGGCAGCAGAGAGAGUUAGAGUCGGCGCUGACCCGCGCCGCUUUUGCUGACAAUCGCCUGUUUUCACUUACAGUAAUGAGCUGGUCCCGGUUGUGUUGGGUCAGCGAGUUGGAUCAUGAGUGUCUUGAGUGGAACCAGUGAUGCAAUGAAGUACGUGCAGAGACCGAACCAUAUUGAGGAUAUAACCUCAAGUCUUAUGACAAUUUAUAGUCAGAGUUACUGUGUCCCUAGUGCUGUGACGACCAUUUUUUUUCUUGUUUGUCCUCAUAAAUCUAAAAACUGUGAAGUUUGACUCCAGAGUAUAAACAAGUUAUAAGAAACAGUAAAGAGCAAGACUGUUUUUUGACAUGAUAAGGUACUUUUGUGACUUUAAAUCAAAGUUUUAGAGUAGCCUGUAGUUGUUUCUGCUGUGCUGUUCUGCUCUAUCUCAAAGUAGGGCCCAGGUUGAAAAAUACCAAAGUUCCCCUUUGAGUCAACUACAUGUUGUCACCAUUGCUAGUCAGCAGUAGCACUGCUCACUGGUUUAAAGGAGUAUUCAUAUUUUUGUCACUAAUAGCCCAGAAUGCAAUCAUGUGUUGUGUACAAGCUGUAGCACAGCCACUAACCACUUACCAAGGAUGUAGCUGCAAUACACACUCUGCCAUUGUGCUGUAUCUCUCAACAACCUGGAUGUAAACAGGGUGACGGAUUUCUUCUUAUAGUGCAACAAGGUCUAGAAAUUUGGGUAAAGUUGUAUGCAGGUGUUGUCUGGUGAUUGGCAUGUAACCACUAAACCCAGCUGUGUGGAGUCAUCAUAUGCAUGCUGGAAAUUAUCCCACAAGCACCAAAGGCUAGUGGAGCUAGCUAUGCUAACUUUAUCCAAAUUUGGCAAACCAAUUUGAAACACCCACUGACUCAGAAGUCUUUAUUUUAGCUCUAUCAAAUAAAUUGCGCUUAAUUUGUGACCGUUUUUGCAGUGUUUUCUCUCCUUAAGGCAAGUUGUAAUUUUAAUUUCUGUUCACGCAAGUUGCUUCAGAAAAUCUCAAAUUAAAAACACUCAGAAUGCAAGACGGGAGCUAUAUCAGGGUCAGCUGAGAGUAUGUUGACUCUCAAUUGGCAGGUUGGGGGUUCAAUACCAGGUCCUCCUGUCCACAUACUAAAGCAUUCAUGGGUAAGACACUUAACCAGAACUUUCACUCAUUGGCUGUGCCAGCUGUGCAGGAAUAGGAUUGGUCCAUUCUAAUGGGCGUUUUGCAUAACAGCCUCUGCCAUCAGUGUGUUAAUAUGGCGUGGAUGGGUGAAUUAGAUGUGUAAUGUAAAAGCACUUAGAGUGGUCAAGAAGACAAGAGAAAGUGCUGUAUAAACACAGUCCAUUUACCAUAAACCAUGUAAGUGCUAUUUACAACUGACCAUUCAAUGACUUUGCUGAUUCAGAAAUUUCCUCAAGUGAUGAUAGGGAUGGACGUUUCAACUUUAGAAAAAAAAAGUCUUGAGUUCAUUUGCAGGAAAUUCUGAAAAAAAUAUUUAAGGACCUUCUUCAAGAUUGCGAUAACCUCAAUUUGUUUUUAUUGUAGCUCCACUGUUUAUUAUCGCACGCUUCAACUAGAUAAGCCAAUGUCAGCAAGCUUGCAAAUGAAAUUAAGGCAUUAAGUUGAUUAAAAUGAUUAAAAUUGAGCUUGUGAGCUUCACAGCAUAUAUUUAGCUCAAACCAUUGCUUUACCAUGGUGUUGCCAAGACUCUCAGUUUAGUUUAUCAUUUAGACAGUCUCUCCUGAUCAAUCCUCGGGAAGCUAUUGGGGGCCAAAUUUUAAUGUUACAGACUGAUUCAACACUCAGCUAAGCCUGCUGAAUUUUUUACCAUGCAAAAUUAUGAAUGACCUUUUUGCUGUUGUUUGGUGGCAUUCGGUUGUGAUCUAACAGCCUGUCAUCGAUAGUCACAUCAUGUUGUUGUUGUUGUUGUUGUGAAAAUGGCUCGACAGUGGGGACUCAUAACGCUGUUUUGAGUCCAGAGCUCACAGUGUCAGUCACGGGUGUCUUCCAGUCUUUGCCUUUUGUACAGGUUCAACACAAACCACCAGUGAGCAAUUUGAAAUACUAUGAAACUCUUCAAUGGAUGUUUCAUUUUGUUAAGUGCAGAAGUGUGUACACUUCCAGUCAGCACGGUCUCAUUAAUGGGUGCGCUUUAACUCUGCUGCAUAUCAACGGGAUUGUUUCUUUGUCGAGUCAAAUUUCCAUCUUCAAAGUUCAGCCAGCAGAACUGCUUAACAUCUUUUUUCAUUAUUUCAAAUGCUGGCAUUUCAGAUCUGUCCAGUUCAUUUAAUUUGGGAGAUGAAUCUUAUUGUUGCAUAACUUUGCAGGUUUGAUUUACAGACCUAAUAUACUGAAACAGAGUGAUUAAAUAUGACGUGUUUUGCCAGCAUUCCAUCCACUUCCAAAUCUAUUUAAAGGACAACAAUCAACUGGCCUAAUUAUCCUUUUGGUCAUUUUCUAUGAUGCCUUCUUAAAGCAGUGACAUGAUUGACUUAACCUUUGCUUAAGCGUCUAACAUGUGGGUCCCUGUGGUGUCUUUAGAGGGACGGAGGGCAUGGCAAAGGAGAUUAUCGAAAGGAACUGGACUGGAUGUCAAUUCUAGCCAGAAAACCAAGGACAAGGAUCACUCCAGCAAUCAAUUUGGAUGAAAAUGUAACAGAUAAUAAACUGUGAAAGACUGAGGAUGAUGGAUGCGCCCGUGCUGAGAAUCUGAUGUGGAUGAUUGCAGUGCUUAAAGGCUCCCAAUGGUGGAGGCAGAUUGUAUUCUUUAAGAUGUAUUUAAUUAAAUGACCUGUUCGCUAUGGCAGUGCAGGGGUGUAAUAUAACGCACAGUCCUUCUAACAUACUGGUUUUAGAUGUUAUUAAACCCAAACUGUAUGUGUUAGUCAGCGCUAUAUUUAUAUGGAGAUAGUGAGAGCUAAAUUAGAGGAAAAUGCUGCAUACUCCAAAAAUAAAACAAAGGAAAACACAAAGUCUCAUGAGCUUUAAAGCUGCAUGUGUGGUAUUUAUUUUCCAAUCAAGGUUACACUACCGUUCAUUCAGCAUAAUCAUAACUUUAAUUAGCAGACAAGAUGAAUAAUCAUGUCGCCACAUGAAUCCAGCAACAAUAUUUUCCAUAAUUAAGGCAAGGACAUAGGUUCUUAUGAAUAAUGCAGGAGAUCCCUUCCUCCAACUGGAUUGAAUAUUCCCAGCCUCGUAGUCUAAUCUAAUAUCCAGAGAUGAAAAAAAAUAUAUAUAUAUACGUGUUUGAAUGUUUCUUUUGUGAAGUCUGCGUAUUGGCUCUCUGCCCCUGAUUGAACCUCAGUGUCUAAUUUUCAUGCAAACCAAAAGAGAUUUUCUAUUCUUUCCUCUUGUAAUCUAUCUGAUGAAAGUAAAGCGAUAGAAAUGGCCCGCUCUUUCUGCAAACUUCAUCAGUUUAAUGUAAAGAGAACUGGGACACUGGGAUGAAAAGUGCUGACUUUUAUAUAGUGAACUUAUCUCAUUACCAGGAACUUCUAUAGGAUAUUGAAACUGCACUGAACAGAGCUAUAAUGCACACUGAGUCAUUUAAAAUAUUACCCAUCAUUAGGUGGGAAGCUGGUCAGACCUUACAAGCAAAUAAAAAGUAGAAUUAAAAUUAGUAUAAAAAUAACAAGAAAAUAAUGCACAGAACAGAAGACACAAAUAUUGAUUAGCACUGUUAAUCAUUCUGUCAAAAAAACGGGCUUCCAGCUGAUUAGGAUAGUAAUGAUUAAACAUCUCAUUGUCUUAAAAGCAAGCAAGUCAAGAAGGUAAUCAGCCCUCUUCGCCAAUUCUGAUGCCAAUUUUGGUUGAUUUCAUGCAGAACUGGCUUGCAGACUCAAACAGCAACAGAUGCUGUUCUGCCCCAGCUUAGUUAUCUUGUUUGACUUUUGGCUGAGCUACAGUUUUAUAAAGAACAUUAGAUUCCAGCUAAAGAGCUUCUUUGGGAACUUGAGCUGUUUAUGUGAAAUACAAACAGUAAGUAUCUUGUCUGAUUAAAUCCCAUAAAUCCGUUAAUGCACGUUUGUGAAUGCAUCAGCGUGAGCUUCCUGUGCGCCAUUGGGACUGAGAUGUUUCACUUGGAUGUGAUCUCUCCUCAAAGAGUGUUUUUUUUUUGUUUAAACUGGAUAAAAUUUUCCAGCUUUCUCUUACCUUUUAAUGUGCUCAAUGAUAGCAGUUACAGGGCAGAGGAGCUCUCCUUCCAAGGUUUUCUCUGAGACAAACUAUUAUUGAAACUCUUCCAGCUGACAAAUGACAGCAAUUAAAAGCAUCGACUGCUCUUUCCCCUUGGUCCAAUGAAUGUUUCUGCCCUCUGAUGGUGUGUCAUUACGGCCAGUGUGAGCACAUGCUCCCCUCCCAUAAAGAACCUUGGCUUCAGUCCCAAGCACAGCAGUCAGUCUCGCUUGGUUCAGAACAGCAAAGGGCGACAUCUUAUUUGACGCCCUUCUUAUUGCAAACACCAGACUAGCUUUUUAAGACUUUGAAGCACAGAUAAUUUUCAUGACAUGUAUGAAAGAGCAGAAGCAAAAAUUCAUUCAAGCUGAUUGAACUGUAGUUGAUUCUAACCUCCCCUAUGUUUGCUCCAUUCAAAGUCUUUUUAAAGUCAGAUUUAUUUGGCAGUAAAGUGAAAAACUUCUGCUCCCAAAGAUGAAUAAAUUCAUAUAUCAGUGGAAAAAUUUUAAUUGCAAAAGAGUGUUUUUAUACCCAGGCAGCUUGGGCGAACAGUUGGUCUUUGUAGUCUCAAUGGUGGCAGCAGAAUUAACACCGGCCACACAGUGACCCUGCCCCCCUUUGCUUUCUUAAGGUGAUCUACAUUUUUUCAAUCUGCCAUAAGGAACUGAAGCUUGUUUUAUCAAAUAACACCAGUGACUUAUUGCUCUCUGAGGCUACAAUCUUUAUACUUGUUCAUUUUUGCACUCUUGAAAUGGGAACAAAUGGCAGACCUCCCUCAUUGCCCAACCAUGUCAUGAAUCUGGUAUGAAAUGAGCAUUACUUUGCACACAGCAGAGGGCUCUCUUUUGAUUUGCUUUUCUUCUUUUGACUGGGAUCUGUAUAUCUGACUCUUGCAAAAUACAGAAUUGUUAUCAGCAGAUGUCCACUGUUGGCAGCUCUGCCAUUCUGGAUGUCAGCUAUGAUUUGUUUUGGAGCAUUAGGAAAUAUUUAUAUUCAUUACACCUCAGGAAAGGCAGAGUCAGCCUUUGCAAAAGAGCUAGACGUCUCAAUCUUCUUGCCUCAGGCAGAUGCAUUUAUUUUUGCACUACAUUUCACCUCUCCAGAGUAUGAAUUGGUAUAUUUCUUUUGGGAUUAUUCUACAAAGCGAAAACUGUGGUGUCACAUGCUUCCUUAACAUGUUGUAGUCACCUUUAGUUACUUUGAACAUGAUAAAGUCUAUAUUCUUUUAGUUUGAUGUGGAAGUUUAAGAUGCUCUGUAAACAAUAAAGUCUUGAUGUCCGAAAUUUCACAUCUGUAAAGCUGAAAACUCCUGUCACAUUUACAGUUUUAUAGACAACGUCACACUACAUGACUAAUUCCUUUUUACUCCAAUCUGUCCAUUUAAGAUCAAUUUAUGUUUUAAAUAUAGACAGAGAUCAUCUUUAAGCAGAUGUGUCACUGACCGAGCGAUAAAUCCAAACAACCCUACAACACUUACACCAAUUUGGCAUUCAGCUGGCAGCGUCAGGAGCAGGUCAGACUGAUAUCACACUCGCUAUUUUAUUUUUGGGACUCCUGCCAACAGAGAUAAAAAUCCACCACUGGCCAGGCCUGCCAGACCCGGCUCGUCUGCUGUCCUUGUCCCUGUCUUGCUGGGUUUAAUUUCAGUUAAUUGCCGGCUGCCAACUGUCUGUCACAUUCAUCUCUGUUUUGCUGAAAACACGAGCAGCCUCAGGACUUCAACAUGGUGAUGAGGUGUUAAAGUGAACCUUCUGUCCUCGUGCUAACCUUUUAAAUAUUCUGUCUGGGAAAAAUAAAAGUCUCCAUUGUUUUUGCAGAUUGACAUAGAUUUAAUUUGCCCGAAAGUCUUCUGCUGCUACAUUUAUGUAAUUGACCAUAUGACGAUAUGACCUUCUCUAAACGUUCUGUGUGUACACUGUUGCUAAUACUGAGCUGACCUUUAGAAAGAUGGGAGAGUUUAAAUUUGAAAUCGACAGACGUAUUGAGCGGUCUGUAAAGCAUGUCAACAAUCAUUAUCUUAGAUCGAAAUAUAAUCUGAUUACAUAAAAACUCCGUAACAGCCAUCAGGGAAAGAUUAAAAAUUUAUUUCAUAGGUGUAGUUUUCUGAAUUAAUGGGACUUUUUUUCUCUUUAGCCUGCAAUAGAUGGGUCCUCCUUUUAAGGACUCAGUAGGUCUUUCAUUUUGACUUUGAUACCAUCUGUCUGGAGAUCUACAGGAGACAGAUUAAGGUAUUAAGAGAUUAACACCUGAGAACCACUGACUUUGACUCUCUCAGUAAUAUCAACCAAUAAAUGAAGAUCUCUCAGGUUGUCAAACACAGAUAACGGUCAACAAUUUUCUAUUAUAUUUAAUAAAAAAACAAAUAACUGAAAAAUUACUCGAAAGCCAUAGUUAUUAGCAAACUCUCAAGGGUUACUUAUGCUGCGUUCCAGUUACCUUGGAAGUCAGAUGUCAGAGCUGGGAAUGACGUUACACCGGAGUUGACGGUGUUUCAAUUAACAAGUUGGAAAACCAAGAUGGACGCCUACAGUUACCCGACAGUUGGAUUAUGAUGUUGUCGUCAAGUCGAGGUUGGUGUGGAUCGUCCGACUUUCCAGGUUGGAAAUCCGACUUCAGGGGGGUGUUCCAGAUGAAUUUCCGACUCGGAGCUCGGAAAUUCCGACUUCCAAGUACAACUGGAACGCAGCAUAAGCUUAUGACUUGGGGAAAUAUGUUGCUGUUGGUGUGACAAUACCAUGUGCCAGCAAGAUGACCCGGUAUCAGGAUAAAUGAUGUGGAUAUAUACUAGUUACUGAGGUCCAAACCUUUGUCGAGUAUUUGUUCACUUCUAACUGAGGAACCAGCUUGAAGGAAAACUGAGGAGUCAUAUUAAAGUGAAGGGAGAUGGCAGCGCUGGUGUCGCUCACCAGAUAAGAUCUCUCACAGAAGGGGUUUGUGAUGUCCCAGAAAUGCUGACACUACGCCUAAAGCGGUGAUAAAAUCAAACUGAAGCCCAAGAAUUUCAAUAUGAAUUUGUAUUUUCUCCAGGAUAUUAAAAACCAAAGUCUGCUCAAAAAGCCUGAAACUAACUUUCCAAACAAGUCUGACUAGUGCUGCUUGUUUCUGCUGUUGCAAUCAUCCAUAUAUAUAUUUAAUGACUGUUCUGAAAUAUUUUGCCCUUACAUGGGAAGCUGUGGUUAUAGUGCAGCCCUGUGAAGAGCUCUUCACCCAAAGAUUGACUGCUGAUUAGUCUUUGUUUUAUCGCAGGGACUGAAUACAGUCUAUGUUAGGAGUGAGUGAGGAUAAGAUCAGGUGUAUCAUCAUGAGGAGAGGGUGCUUAUCUAUGGGAAGUGAGGUUUGAUGAUGUAAUUAGUCUUAUCCCGACACACUAACCUGCAAUACAGUCAUAAAGCAUUUUUAAAAAAGGGAUUUUGUUUGCUGUUUUUAAAUAUCUUGUCAGAUCAGGCUUUUCUUUUUGAAGCACCAAGUGAAACCAAGAGAAGUCACUGAGACUCAUUCAAUUAGUCUGAGUCAGCCAUCAUGUGUAACACAGAGCCCCCGUCACAGAGUGGUCAAAGAUCUUCAGACCAUUACUACGGCUGUGUAGCCUUGCAUGCUGCUGCCUGAUAUGUAACACUACCAUGUAAACUGUCAGAGGAUGAGUUGUGCUCCCUUCCCUCGGCGCUGUGGCCUACUUUAGCGUGCCCCACCUUUUUUGGCGCCACUGCACUAAAUUAACAGCGAGGAAGGAGCUGGGGUUUCACUGUAUGGGUUAAGACAGCUGAUGAAACAAACACAGAAACACAAGCUUGUGAGAAAAGAUCCAUCCCGCUGAGAGAGAUGUUCGAGAAGCAAAGUGAGAGAGAAAGUUAAAAAGUAAAUUGCAGACUUGAUUGAUGCUAUCACUGACUGAAGUUAAUUUCAGCUAAUUUCACACAGAUUAAACCUUGAAUUCCUCAAUCAUAGAACCAUUUAAUAAUUCUAAUUGUAAUCUCAUGCUAACUAAGAGUCUUUUGCUCUUAUUCUAUUAAAUCAUCAGUCCCAUGUGGACCCUCAGGGCAUCAAUUCCCUCUACUUUGCACUUACUGUACACUCACCCUUGUACUAUAACAGGGAAGCAGCAAGCUCAGCAGCGGUGUUCAUCAAAGUGUGCCUCUCUAUUAAAAAAGCGAAGCCAACCGUGCUCGGAUGAAGUCAUUGUGGUUUGUUCAUGUUUAUGAUGAAAGGUAUUUUGUAUAAGUCACUCGUUUCAGCUUAAUGGAUUUGAUUGAUUUUUUAGUGGAUGGGGUUUAACCCUUUGGCUUCAUUUUGGCUUUGCUAAAUUGAGUUCUGGAUCACAAACCUGAAAGGGGUGCAGUUUUUUAACCAUGACUAACCAUGUUUUUUUAACCAAUCAGUCAAGACUCUCAGGGUUUCUACACAGUUGGAACUUCCAUACUUUUCCAUACUCUACUUUUUAGAAUAAUUUUUUUGGAAAUACCUACUUUUCUAUUUUGAGAAAACAGUAUUUUAGAACAGUGGUAAUAGUCUGGAACCUUAUUUCUUAUUUCUCAUUCCUUCAUACUUUUUAAGACCUGGAAAUUGAUCAAACUACUUCCAUACUUUCCAAACUUGUGUAGGAACCCUGCAAGACUCAUUCUGGGGGAACUGUUUUAUUUUUUUCUUCAGGGUGAGUUGCUUUGUUACCUCAUGGAAAAAAAGACCCCACAAUCACAAAUUAUGGCUGUGGCCUACAAAACAGGACAUGCUUUUCCCUUUAGAAAAUGUGUUUUAGAGCAUUUUUCUUUGUUUAAUAGCCACAUAGGUCCAUUCAGUCUCAUUUUCUUAUUUAGCUGCGGGCUAAAACAGCUGAGGCAGCUUUCUUACCCAGAGCGUCCAAUAAAUUACAUUUGUGAUGAGCUGUUCGUUCAGCUACAAGCCGCCGUUGUUGCAGCAGCAUCUGCUCAGCGACGUCUGUUUUUGUUCUUUCGAGGAAGGCAAAAGUGUGGCAUGACUUCAUGUUUGUGCACGUAAUGAUUAAAUCAGUCAUUUUUUAACUUAUAUACUUCUUCAGGACAACAACACCUUCUUCUGCUCGGGGUUUGUUUGUAAUUCCAGCAGAAUAAUAACCUUUGACCUUUGCGGAUAAUGGCACUUGAGCAAGCACAGCACGAGCUGCACACAUUCUAACACACACUCUCAAGCGUCAGAUCCAUUUUGUCAAUACUGUAAAAGGGCAAACAUUAAUCAGACAGCCAUGACUGCAUGCUCUUUUCCUGCCCGAUUAAAAGCUGUGUCACUCACACUCUGCUGCUGUGUUUCCACUUCAGAGAUCAGUUUUUAUUUUCCUCAGCCUAUCACCAAAAUUCACGCUUUUGAUUCUUUUACUUACACGGCCGAUUUUGCUCUUGAAAAUACCGCAGUCCAACACAUUGUCCUUGAGCUCCAAGCUCAAAAAGAUGCUUCUGUGUCUAACAGUGAUGCGUCUGAGUAAAGUUAAGUCAGCUUGCUGUCAAGAGAUGAUAUCUCCUGGUAGCAACAGCAGCAUCUGUCUUUUUCAUCCUCACUGAGGGCACUCAGAUGUCUCCUCUCCACUCAGGUGGAAAGGUGUGUGUCAGGCGAGUAAUAAGAACAGAUGAGAGCUAAACAUCGUCUCUUCAUCCUCCAAGUCUCAAAGUUAUUGUGUCAUUUUAAGAGGGCAGUAACAUCCAGCAGUAUAAGCUGACAGUGAGCUUUAACAGACUCAGGAGUGUCCUUUCCUGUCUGACAACUUUUUGUGUCCGUUUUACCCAAUCCGACCUCAGGGCUGUUAACCAUCUGCUCCAUGAAUAUGCUGUGUUUACUUUGCACAUUAACAGAGCAAGAGGGCCAAACUUACAGUCCUUUUUUUAAGCAGAGUGAGGAAGAGUUUGGCAAGCGUGAAAGCAGAAAUUGAAAAUCUUGCUUAAGGGCAGUUCAUUUUUUCUAAACUUAGCCUUGAACUCAGCCAGCUUUGCAGAGCUUUUUCUCAGUACAUUGAACAGAUGAAUUAAACAAAUUAGAAAUUGUAUAUUUUUUAAAUCAUAGAAAAAAGUUUAAACAUUAAAAGUGACUUUUUGAAAUUGGUGGUGAUCAUUUUAGGUUCGUGUGACACAUCCCAGGAUUUGUCAGACUGAUUACAAUCACAAAGGAUGAUCGUGGCGUGGGAUGAAUUUUUUAAAAGCCAAAUAUUAUCUGUAGAAAUAUUUAAUGCUAAUUCAUCAUUAGGCUUGGGUCAGCUCUUAUUUGCACUGGCUUCACAUCCACCACUAAAACCAUUUUUCACUUUUCUCUUGCCUCCUAGUUUAACAAUGACUCAUUUUAUCCUUACAACCAGUAUUUCACUUCACUGGGCUGCCACGUUUUCACCAGACAGCUAUGAUGUUUCCAGACAAGUUUUUUAGAUUUAUGACUCAAUUUUUCAAAGCUUUUAUUCAAUGAUGUAAGUGUUAGUGCUCUGUCCCUUUAUUGCCUGGUUUUAUAGAGUCCCCUACUACUCCCAUCGGCAGUCUUGACGCUGAGUUGUCUCGCGAAAAAUGUGCUAUGAGCUCUACCUCGGCUAUUACUUUUACCUGCCAUUACAGCCUUGGAAUUAAUUGAAUGUUGACAUGAUUGACAAAUGGUUUCCAGCACUGGGGAGCACAAAACUGCUAUCAAUCCUCAAGCUCGGUUUUCAGAAUAGCCCAGAGCAGGACGGGAAAUGGGCUUGAGCACUUUUAGACUCGGCUGAUAACUUAUUACUCCAUAACUUUCAUCAUCACAGGAGUGCUGCAUAAUAGACUUGUGGUUCAAAUGUUUCUUUCUUUUGUUCAGUCAUUACCAAAACCUCGUGGAGCCAAGAUUAGAUUACCAGUCAUGUAAUCACCUACUUUGAUUACAAGAGGAAAUUACUCUUUAGUCAAAGAGCAUGCUUGGCUGUGUGUGAAAGGAGCUGACACCUGAUGUGGGAUUAAAUUACACCCUCACAUGAGGUCACAGGCUCCAUGACAUGGUUACAGCUUGACCCACUGUGUGCUGAGAGACUUGUAAAUAAGUAAUGUUAACCCAGUGACUUAGUUGCCCAGGACAUACAUGAUAUUGUAUUCAGACAACCUUGAACAAGUACUUCUACAGCUGCUGCACGGAUAUGAUCAACAAGUUUGUUUCAGUGGUUCACUUUUUAUGUAUUGCAAAGACUGUUACAGAAAUCACAGCAUCCUCCUCCUUGUAUUGAAACAUCCCUGGGGUUUCUCUGUCUGCCAGCUCAUGGGAGCAGUCUUCCUGUAAAAAUAUGGUGUUGUUGUCCUGAAGAACCAGUUCCAAUCGAACUUUGUGUCUCUAUUAACUUCUAACUCCUCGCCUCUUGCAUGCCCAGUUUCCUUAAAUGCACCGAGGCUGUGUGUUCCCAGGGUAACCAUAAAAACCUAACGCUGUAUUUCCCAGGUUACCCCCAGAUUGUCCACAGGCGUGGGGUGAGAGCUCGACUCAUGAGGCUUUUUCCAUGCUCCACAGCCAAAAAGGCAUCCUCCAGUAAUCAAAGCAAGUGGUUCUUUGCAGGCUUUUCUUCCUCUCUCUCUUUCUCUCUUUCUCUUUUUCUCUGUGAAGGUUUUAUUGUCGUCACAGAUGCUUUUCUUCUCUGUGCAUUUCCCUGAAAUGAGGGUUACACAGUUUGAGCUUUGCGCAAGAUUGCUUUUGCUAAAGUUGAUCUACAAGGGACAGUUCAGUGAAAUAGUUAUUGACUUUUGGGGUUUUACUGCUGAAAAAGUCAGAAAGUGCUGGCAGGCUGUGUGAUUUGGGCAGAUAUUGAAUGAACGUUAAAGUGCCCACUCAUUCUUUCCUGAACUCUUUCUGCUGUUAAAGUGUUUUACAUUUCCCAUGUUAAUUUAUUUGCACUUCCAAGAAAAUAGUAGCACUUGUCUGCAAAUUUUCAUUUCCUUCAUUAAAAGGUGAGGGAAAAUUGGCAAAACAUGACCACCUUUAGACUAUUUUAACAGUGAGAGUUAGGGAAACGCUCUAUAUUUCAUCAGUUAACAUCAACCAUGUAUGCAAAGCAUUGGCUCUAGUAGCAGCAGGUUAAUUACCUUCUGUCAGAAGACAUGGCCUUUUGUCUGCCCAGGCCGCAAAAAGACCCUUAGAGCUAAUGAGCCAUUUAGACACUGUGUCACACUUCAGGUAUGUGGGAGGCCCUGCGCCAGUAAGACAAGCCAAAUGCUGUGCUGUGAGGACGGUACAGUCGUUGACAAGACCCAGACAGCAUCUGCCAGCGUUACAGGCCCAUUAAAAAGUUUCACAGGGUUCAGUCGCUCUCCUUCAUGGAGGAAGGGCUCUCUGCAGCGAGAACUUUGUUCUUGAGUCAUGAGAACUCUAAUUACCUCUACUAUCCUAUUAGUGUAGAAGAAGGAGCAGCAGGCUUUCUUUGGUUUUGUGAAGUAGCGUUUAAAAAUUAAAGGACUUGGUAAAAGGAUGAGAAACAGGGGUAUCAAAGGGGAUUUUACUUUUUAUCUAUUAGCAUUUCUCAUUGAAACACAAAAUGUCAUUGACAUAAAGAAAACCUGGCCAAGACAGCCAAGCAAUAGGAAUAGAAAUAACCUUGAAUAAUGAAUAAGUAAUGUUCAGGUACGAUUCACUGGUCAGAUAAUCAUACUUCAUAAGGUUAUGAAAUCAUCUAGUUAAACUGACUUUAGGUUCUACCAAGGUUAGGGAUUUCAACAGUGCCAAACUUUUCUAGAAAAGUUUUGGUUUGCCUUUCAUAUAAGGAAAAAAAAAACCUGCACGUCUUUAUCGACAGCUGCUUAAGAGAAGAAUGAGUCCACUAAAAGUGAUGAACAAACUCCUACACAGUCUAGCCUUCAAAUCUGGAUUUAUUUGCUCAAAGUUUCGUGACUCUUUACACUUUAAAAAGACAAACUAUGAUUUCACUACGACUUACAAUUUACACAAGACUGGCAUUCACACAAGCACCUCAAAGCAGGAGAAUGCCAGUGUCAGACAGACUUGUACUCAGUCUGGUUUCCGGUAGAUAGGAGUCUCCCAGAAGACACGCAGGAGGACGAGGAAAGGGAGUCAUGUGUAACAAUGAUGGAUGUUAAUAGGGUUAAAAUUACAACAUGUAUAAGGACAGAUCCACAACACAAACAAGUGAGGCGAGAAGUAACAUCAUAAAUCUGUCCAAGAUGAACAAUGUGGACAUAGUUAUGAUGGAUGGACGCAUGUUCCCCAGAGGAUGUGUCCUACUCGCUUUGAUGAUCCCCAAAGUGUAUCUCUAGAGUACUAUUGUGUUUAAGUGGUGGUUUUUUGACAGUAUUUGUAUUGACUAUAGUCAAAUAUAUGACUGACAUUUGUGAUCCUCUGAAGAUAAACACAAAUAACUUUUGCUGUUACCGGGUUUGCAUUCAUGGUUUUGAGGGAAAUAAAUGACUCUUCUUGCAUUUACAUCACUCAUGCUCUCCAAAUGAUAUAUGUCACUCUGAUUUAUUCAUGCUCUCAGUGUGCCUCCAAUGACACCAUGGUAUUGAUAAUUAAUUGGUUAAUUUUUAAAAUUUAGUAUUUUGGUUAAUUUUGUCACUGAUAUUCAUUGUUCCCAGAGGAUUAUCCUGCUGACUUUGGUGAUCCCUUAAGGUUUUGUCAAGCGUCAGUUUUCAGUUCCUGCUUGUGGUUUGAUAAAAAUAAAUCACCUAACUAUUUAGGAUAGAUUCCCUUGAAAGUUUCACAAAAGUUUAUACUCCCCAGAGGAUACAUCCCACUCUUUUUAAUGGUCUAUUGAGCACAUUUUAGAGCCAUUAUAUGGGGACAGUUGUUGCUAAGAUUAAGUUACCAAUUUUUGUAUGAAUUCCCUUAAGCACUGCAGAUAUUUAUUAGCACAUUAUGAAUUGUAGCUUUUAAAAAUGUAUCUUCUACAAAAACUCUUUCCUGCUGCUGUUAAACUCCUGUUUCUUUCCUCUUCCUCUACAGACAGCGUUGAAGAUGAGCUUGAACUCUCUGCAGUCCGCCAUCGCCCCGAGGGCCUGGAGCAGCUCGAAGCGCAGACCCGUUUCUCCCGCAAAGAGCUGCAGAUCCUCUACCGUGGCUUCAAGAAUGUAAGUGAGAAGACCACUAUGCAUUAUGUACAGCGCAGAAGACUUUGUUCUCUGCAGGGCAUCCUUCCCUGGACUUUGAUUUGAUUUCAUUUAUUCUUUUUUAUCACCUAUAAUAAAAGGGAGGUACUGUGUCUUUGGCUUCACUUCAGUGUGGUUGGAAUUGCUUGAUCACAUUAAUUCUGCUUUCAUAACCAUUAAUCAAAAUCAAGUUCAAAUUUUAAAAGCACUAUUUUGCUGAAUCAUCAUGCACAAAUGGUUAUCAUAUCGAAUUGCUCUUAAGAGGUUUUUAUCCCUUAUUCACUAUGCCAAAGAUAAUUAGGUCAUACCUGGAACUCAUUGUCGGAGAUAACUGAUGAGCAAUCAGGUCAAAGUCCUCCAGAGCAGCUCAUAGAAACCUCAUUGUCACCUCUGGUGUGAGGCAUAAUGAGAUGACCCAGAAUCAACUCAACCCAAAUUGUCUGGCAGUGAAACAGAGCAGGAUAGCUCGAUUCCUGUGAUGGUGGGAGUCCCACGAGGCUUUAGUUUCCUGUUGAGCUCGCACUAUGCUCCAACAAAGUCCCUGCAAAGCCUGCCCAUUAGUCCAGUUCCACUUGAGACAGAGGGAGAGGUAAGAAGUGCACUAAUGAGGCUUUUAAUUUGUGCCUCACACUCUGCCUGACUUCCUCUGAGGGAGAGGAUGCUGCAUAUGUUAAUGGACGCUCCCCCCCUCGAUAGUUUUUUGUUUUUACUCCACAGAUUUGGUUUUCUUUGAGCUGUACUCCAGGGGAGGCGUUGUCAAUCACUUCUGAAAAGUCCCAUGAACUGUUUGGUGGAUUAACAGAAAAGUAACUUCAGUUCACCCUGAAACAGUGACAUCAGUCUGUAUCAUAGUAACAUCUGAUUGUAAUUUUCGACAUUAUGAAGAUACUUGCAUUAAAAAGGCAAUAUGAUGAAUCUGCAGCCUGCUGUUUAAUUUAGUGAGUAUUAGCAAAAUUAGGCUUAAUCCUUUUCAUUCCUCUUUUUUUUUUCUUGCCAAUGAAUCUUAUAAAGUUAGGAUGCUUUGGUAAACAAAGAAAUAUUCUCCAGCCUUAAGAUGAAGUCACGUUUCUUCCAGCUCGCUGUCUCCCUGAUGUCUGUCACUGCCUCUUUAUCACUAACUGUUAUCAUUCACGGCUUGGCAAAAGUCCCUUUGGUGUCUCAUUAAAAUGCAUGUUACCUCUCUAUCUGUUGCAGGCAGAGUAUAGUGGCAGAGAUGUCACUUGGUUCUUGAAUGUCUGUCAACCCUGAUCUGGCUGUGAGCCCCACAUCUUUGCACAAAAGCAGACAAAGUCCAAAACGAUAAAAAUAUAGACAGAGGUGGCUGCAUUCACACGCAUAAAAAACUCCAUAAAAAUAGUUCAUCUUCACACGGAGGCAUCAGAGUUGAUUUCAUGACUUGUUAAAAAGCGCUUUAAGAGUAGACUCCCUCUGUUGACAGUGUCUUCCCAAAUAUUUUCUCACGCACUCGUUUGGCUUUCUGCUCUUGCUUUGUCUCGCUGCUAAGCAUCUUAAAGCCGCUGAAGCACGUCACUGUCUAUUUGGUUUUGCUUAUUCUUGCUCCACAGUUAGAAAAGUGUGUGAUAAAGCAUCUCUGUAUUUCUAUUUUCAAAGCUACUUCACUCUGCUGUGUCACCAAACAAAUGUGGUAGAGAUCCAAACUGCACGAAAAGAAACAGUCAUGACGCUCUUCAGCCUUCAUAAUGCAGCUUCUAAAAUGUUUUUGUCCAUUGCAGAGGCCUUACAAACAGCCAGGGUCAAAUAACUCAUCUCUGUCUCACCCCAACCCGGUGACAUUGGUUGGAUAAAGGCAAGCUUUUAAAGCCAGCCAGACUAAUAGAAGCUGGCAUGGUUCCCAAGAUGAGAAAUCUGGCCCUUUGUCCUUGUCGUCCAGGGUUUCAGAGUAAAUCAAAUACUUCCUAAUACCGCUGGCAGGAGAAGGUCAUUUGUCUUGACAACAAACUUGUCAUUCACUUGUAGCGCAGGUGCUCAAAUGCAUCCAGAAAAUAUGUUCAGCAGACACAAAAAACAAUCCCCUGACUCUGGGAUUUGCUCUUAAGGUGGAAUUUGGUCAAAGGCCACUUGGAAGAAAUGAGAGAAUCCAAUGUUUCAUAAAUCCCUUGACCCAAGAUGACAAAAAAAUGACAUAACAUUGCCCUCACGUCUGCUCAAAACCUGCCGGGCUUUCGUAGUUCACAGUGCAGGGCAUUGCCUCGGGCGUGAGAUUAAGAUCUCGCUGUUUCUAUUCUAUCAGAGAUGAUGCCUCUGUUCAUGGGUGUAUUUCAUUCCCUGCAACGCUCAUGACUGUUUCGCUUCACUGGUCCAGAAAAGAAAUUUCACAGAUUGUAUUUGUGUUUUUCUUAUCAUGGGUGGGCAAAGUUUAAAAGCAUAUUCAAUCAAUACUAAUGCAUUUUUGGCCACUCAUGUUGACCGAGAUGACACAAAAUGAUAUUAGUUAUAUUAAUCCGAUUGCUGGUUGCAUGUUGUUUUUCGUUUCGGUUGAGAAGUGGAAAAAGAAAAAACACACAAAACAGAUUUGAGAUGCGGGAAACGAACCUCUGCAAAUGCACCUUUAACAUAAAUUUGCAUUUUAAUAAGUGGAGGGGGGGUUGGCUUGAAGUGACAGAUGAAUUUUCUCAACCAAGUUUCCUGAGAUGCAGAGCUACAGUGCCUAGAUUCUUCAGUUUGUUAAUGUAGGUGAUUUUAUGUUCCUAAUAAUGAAAGUAAUUUAUCUUUACUGCGUUUUAAUGUAGAGAAAAGUGUAUUCGAAGUAAACAACAUUCCCAAACACUCAGCAUUAAUGACUUCUCUAAAGAACAGUGAGUGAAUGAAGUCCUGACUUUUAGCUUAACAGCUUCAAAGUUUAUCCUGACAGCAGCUUAAGGCAGCGCAGGCAUCAUCUAAGUUUAAGUAUUUCACAGAACUUUAAAUUGAAUUUGCAGGGGCACAGUGUUGUAGGUGAUGAUAACUUGAUAACACACUGGCUCCAUUCUCAAUCGAAAAGCUGCAUCCCUCACCAGAAUCGUCAUGAGGCUGGGAAAAAAUCCGAUAUAAUCCGAUCAGUGGAAUUUUUUACUUCAGUGUGAAACUCAGUUCAACAAUCACAAAGUUUUCUGGCUGUAACUUCGACUUCAGGUUUGUGAGGAGGAGUUGGCAAGGUGAGAGGAAGAGGUUCACUUGGAAGACACUGUCACAUUUAAUCAGGGUUUUAAUGCUGACAGCUGUAAUUACCCACCUGCCCACAAACACACACACUCACACACACACAGGACCACUCUGACUUUACAAUGAGGUGAAUUACAUGUUUUAAAAAGUCCCCCCCUCCUCUCCUAAAAUGCUUAAUUACAUGACAUUUCUCUGCACUGCUUCAACAAAAGGUUGACUGUUGACAAGCAUUCACUGCAGUGUUGUAGAACAUAAACAAAGCUCUAAUUAAGAGGAGCACUCCCAAACAACAAAGAAACACUGUCUGUUUUUCAGGCGCACACAGAUGCUGUGGAGCAACCUUGCUGUUCGAAAGGAUUUGUUUUAUGUUCAAGGUUUUCUCCCAGUGCUUAAAAGUUCUGCACUCAUGGCUGGAGUAGUUUGGAAACCGCUCGGUAAACUCAGACGCUCAAUGGAACAGUUAGAAACUGAGGGAAAGACGUCUUGGAAGGGUUAUAUAAGAUUGAAAUCACUUAGCCUAGCAAACAACAAAGCCUGUAAAAGCCAUAUUAUCAAGCUGACACAGCUUUUGUAUAAAACAGCAUAAUGAGACAUUAUGUAGAUGCCAUCAGCCUCACCUGUAUUUUUGUCUAGAGAAUGACAGAGAGUAGCGGCAAGCUAGCAGAAUAAAAACUAAGAUUGCAUCAGGGCCAAGUAGCAAAAGUUACAUGAUCACAUGGUUAAGAUAACAGAAACACUUUGGAAGUUUUGACUCUGUCCGUUUUCACUCUGACUGCCUAAUAAACCAGCUGGCAUCGCUUCCUAUGGAUAUACUUUUCUGAAAACGGUUUCUGCCCAGCCCAACCCUUCUGUAAUGUGUUUGACCAGGACUACCACUACCAUUUUGACUUGUUCAACCCAAGAGCACAAAAUUUUAGAGCAAAAACUGUUUAGAGGGGUCUGGCUGCAGACCUCCACUGUCAGCACCCAAGUCUACUGAGAGGACCCCAGGUACAUUUUUUUCUCAUGUGCUCCAGUUUGUUUGAAGUGUUCAUCCCGUUUUGUAUUUGUCUUUGUUGAAGACAUGAAUACACACACACACGCACACACACACACACACACACACACACACACACACACACACACACACACACACGCACACACACAUAAUUACAAAAAAUAUAUUCACACAAGACAAAAAAAUCCGUACUUCCUGGUGUCAGUGCUUUUUAUUUUUAAGGCUUUUACUCAACUUCUGACGUAAAAAAAAAAUAUAAAUGUGCUCCUGGUAUAUUAGCUUAUUUAGCUUUUUGAAAGGCUUCAAAUCAACUUCCGACUUAAUAAAAAAAAAUAAAAAUAGAUAAAGUACUCCCGGUAUGUUAGCUUUUAUUUUGAAAGGCUUCAAAUCAACUUCCAACAUAAAAAAAAUAAAAAUAAUAAAAAAAAACAAAGAACACGUAUUCCCAAGAACGCGUAUAGCUUUUAUUUUGAAAGGCUUCAAAUCAACUUCCAGUCCUCACAGUGGAGGUCUGCAACGAAGGGUCCUGACACUGAAGGUCUGCAGCCAGACUGUCCAAAUUAAUACUCAACCAUGAUUGCCCUCCAAGGUUUGUUAAAUGCUGAUUUAGAUCAUGCACACAAACUCGUCUUGGGAAGAUUUAAAAACCAAAAUUCCUCAGGAAGGAAGUCAGGAUUAGGGAUUUGUCAUCGGACCCAUACCCCAGUGUCCUUAUUGUAAAUUCUGUGUUUGAUCAGACUGUUGAAAACAUGAACAUAGUGUCAGAAAUCAUUUGGUUUUACACUGACGUUAUGAAAUCUGACAAUGAGGUCUUCACUGUUAGAAAAUCUGUCACACUUAGGUCCAUUUUUUCAAGCUAGUUUUAAGUGGAUACUUUAUAUCUCUUCCCCACAAAUGAGGGAUGCCAGAACUUGACAAAGCUCUCUGGGAAUGAAAAGUUGAAUCUGUUUCUGUUAUAUCAUCUAAGUCUUGGCAAGAAAGCAACUAAGUCUAUUUCCCAAAGUGUCAAGAUAGUGCUUGAAAUUUUCAAGACUACUUUCCUUUUUCCCAAGAUAAAAUUCUUUUAAUAGGAUCAAUUAAUAUGUUCCAGCAACUUAAAAAGCUUUCCCAAUCCCCCUCAGGAUGGCUUAUAUAAUUAAGAGGCAAUUGAGUCUGUCCACCAUGGAGAGUUGUUUUUAACUGUCAACAUUAUUAGGAUUUAUAGGCUAGUUUACAAGAACAGCACCACACACUCCACAAACUCUCCGCCUUCAUUAAAUAAGGUCACACGCUGCUAAACUACAAUAUGGAGUCUUUUUUUGUUCUUAUUCUGUCUCCCUAACUUCCCUAAAAUUCUUGACCCCACCUUACCAAACUAUAUAUGAAACUAGGUCUGCGAGACAACAGAAGAAGAGCGUCAAGGGACCCACACAGACAACCUUGCAGCAUCCUCUUAGCUCGAAACACAAGGAGCAUCCUUUGAAGCAAGACAACAAGGUUUUAUCUUUAUUAUUUUCAGCUCCAGAGUUUCCCCAAAGAGCCUGUUCAGAUUUGGUCACAGGAAGGAGGAAACCCAGUUUGAUCUUUGCACGUUAGUUUCCGAAUGGGAUAAAUAACGUACAGCAGCAAACGCUCACAUUUUUUCAAAGACAGGAGGAAAAGUUUGAGACUCGUAACUUUCAGAUGAAACCACAGAAUCUGUGGAUUCAGAGAUGCACGGUUAAAUUUCAUUACUUCGCUCCCUUGUUCAUUUUGUUGUAUCCACCCCAGGUUAGCGCUCCUUAUCAUUGCGGUCUUAGGGGAUGAUUAUUUUCCUGUUUAGUGGGAUUCUCUAUAUAAGCAGAACAUUUCCUCUGUCCUGAAGAUUCAAUAUCCUGCCAGAAUGUGCAGCCUCGCAGCGAGCAGAAAUUGAACCACCCAGCUGUGAGCAAGGUCAUCCACUAUGUCUUUGGCUGGCUCUUUUCUGUGAAAAGAUACAAAAGCGUCCUUCUCUCAGGUGUUAUGUAAGAGUAUUCACUGUUAUCAGCUGAAUGCUUCCAGACAACCACAGGUGGGUAGCUUUGAAUUGCUGUGGACAAGAUUUGUACAGAGACUUAAAUGGUUUGCAGUGUGAAUCAGACCGCACUGAACAAAAGUGUUUAUCUUUUCGGUGCUGCCUGAGAUGGUGAGAGGUACAAGUACCAAAAAUGAAGUGUUUUAUCCUUAAUGGAGUAGAAUAUCACUUUCUAAAAGCAGCCUUCACCAGACAGAUAAAUAGAGGGAUUAAGACAGGAACAUGAAGCUCAUUUGUUCACGAGAAAUGAACUAAGGUUAUGCACAUUAGCAACGAUUAGCUUCUUCCAGCUACAAUAAUUAACAGUUCUGGUCAGAAAUUUGUCACUAAAGCUACUUAACUGAUAAAUAAAAUAAAUCUUAGGAGGACAACUAUUUGUCAGGAAGGUGGUUAAAGGUGGGGUAGGCAGGAGCUUAGGAAGUGCCAGGAGAAAUCUUGAAUGUAAACACUUCCCCUCCCAACCAGUUUUCCCCUCAGCUCCUCCUCUCCCCUCCCUCUCUGCUCCAGCAAGCCCCGCCCACAAACAGACACUCCUGCUCACUCGUAUCGCUCCAAUUAAAUUCAGAUAUAAUGCAGAUAAAUACUUAAGAUAAUUACAAAUGGGGCCCAGUCAGCGUGAAAGUACAAAGCAUUGGUGCUACUGUAGGUGCAGACUGUCAGCAAACAGGGGGAGGGAAACAGUUUAGCGGCGCUACAACAGGCAGCAGGUCCCGUUUGACAAGAAACACUUCUGUUACACUUGGCUUACUUUGUUAAAGCAGUUAACCUGUCCAGCAGAAAGGUUACAGGGUCUGCAAGAUCCCGAAGCAUCCCCCAUCAUUGUUGACCCAGCUUCUUAGCUCUUGUCCAGUUGGUCUACCUCCUUUUUAAGUGCCCGUUAUUCCACCAGAGUCUCCGGUAUUUACUUUUUUUUCUUGUUUGUGUUGACAGUCGUGGCCAAAGGAGGAUUCAGACAAUUUUCUGUACUUUCUGGUUGGUUUCUACUGUCCGAUUUUGUAGCACGCUAACUUUGUUCGGGCUCCUGAACAACAAAGGGGAGCAGCGUUUGCCUCACAACCAAUCAGGAUGGCGGAAAUGGGGAAUGGCUUUGUUUACAGUCAGAAAGAGCGAAGCACUCUGAAAUUGUAAAAUGUUGACUACACAGACAUAACAAAACACACAGAUAUUGUUAUAUUGCCAAAUGUCAUCAAUAACUAAUAGCUAUUGACUACUAUUAAAAGCUUUUUUGUAUACACACCACAAAAAGAUGCUUCUUUAACGAAUUUCUGCCUACCCCACCUUUAAUGAUAAUGUCAACUCAGCUGUGCCCCAAGUUAUUAGCCUGAACAAAUAAAGAAACUAGCUUGAACUGGCUUUGAACAUGCUCAUAUGGAUGAGAAAUAUAAUGGAGAUUCUCUUGUUUUUGAAGCCAGCUCAACACUUCCACACUGUCUCCACUUUUCAACACCAGAAGUUGCAGUUUGGCACCUGCUUUAUCCACACAGAACAAAGAGGGGUACCUCCGCUUCUGUUGUGGGUGUUAGCUAACCGGUACAGCGUAAAAAUGUUAGCAAAGCACAUUGCAACUCAUCAUUCGGUGGCUCCUUUUUUUUGUGACUCUGCAACUCUAAACGUACUGCUCUAAAUGUGUUUCGAAAUGCUGAUGCAAAAGAGAAAAACACUUCAGAGAGAAAUCUGAACUUUAGUUGUGAAAGUUUUUUCACUCAGAUUUUUGUUUUCAGAACAUUUUUGGGGUUUGUUGCGGCUUAAACCACACCCAGUUCCCCAUCACUCUUUUGUCAUCCAGUUAAUCUAUUUAGUGCAGUUUGUAUACUCAGGGUUUUUAGAGUCAUCCAUAAUGUGUCUUUGCAUUUUGUCUUCCAGGAAUGUCCCAGCGGAGUCGUCAACGAAGAAACUUUUAAAGACAUCUACGCACAGUUCUUCCCCCAAGGAGGUUUGUGUCAUGUAUUCUGGCUAUUUGUCUCUGAAUGCUGCUUCUUAUCUCCUCGGUGAGCUGGACAGACACAAAUUGCCUUUCAGUCCUGUUUACUAAAGUGGCACAAAGAGCUCUUUAAGUUGAACUUCCAUCAAAGAAAGUGUGUUUGUGAGGAAAAAAGGGGGACAAAGUAUGAAUGCAGUCGGAAAUGCUCACUGUAGGCUCUCAUCAUUAUGUAGAUUGUACCCGAAGAACAAGGGAGGCAACAUUAAGAGGCUUUGAUUUAUCUGCUCAGAGAGAAGAAAGGCAGUGCAGUAAAUAUAAUGGCUCGCCAAGUAGGAAACAAUGAUAAAACUCUCAGCUCUAAGCUUAUUGUUCUCACUUAUCAGGGAAAAAAAAGAACUUCUAAGGAGCUAUCUUUCUUUGAGAAACUACAACUUUCUUCCAGCCGUUUCCUUGUUUGAAGUGUUGCUGUCAAUGCGGAUGGAGCAGCAGAUGUUUUUUUGAUUUUGUGUGUUUGUUCUCGUCAUAGAUGCUUCAACAUACGCACAUUUCCUGUUCAAUGCAUUCGACACAGAUCACAACGGCUCUGUGAGUUUUGAGGUAAGAAAAGUGUUUGGUCGUCCAUCUGUGUGAGGCCCUGACUCAUUACACUGGAGCAUUAUAUAACCUGCAACCCCAGUCAUUUUUGAUUUAGCCCAAACACGCCUAAUUAGACCGCUGUCAAAGCUUGAUUAAUAUUCAUGAUGGGUAUAUAUUUGCUUAUUAGGACAGAAAAGCUGUCCUUACACAAACCAGGGCUUCUCUCGCUCAUAUGUAGUUUUCGGGUUUCCCUUAAGGGCUGAUGCAGAUCAUGAGUCAGCAAACAAUUCCAAUAGCGUGUAAGCACUUUUGAUGUUUUUUGAUCUGACCUCCUCGCACGAAAGCUGAUGUUCAAAUUCCAUCCUUGAAUGUAUUUCUUGUAUUCCCAAAGCAAGUCUUGGUUUGAGAUUAUUUAUAUGAACAUGAUUCUCAGCGCAGCUUCUUCUCCCCGCAGGAUUUUGUUAUGGGCCUCUCUAUCCUCCUGCGAGGGACGAUCCAGGAGAAGCUCAACUGGGCUUUCAAUCUGUAUGAUAUCAAUAAAGAUGGAUAUAUCACUAAAGAGGUAAGCUUUGAAAUAUAAGACCAUCAAUGAAACAUGUUUAUUUAUGAAUGUACAUUUGAGUAAAUAUAGGUGGACUGAAACAUAUGCCAAGAAAGUCAAUCUCAUCUUUUCAGUCUCCUCUAAAAACCCACUUCAAUGAAACACUUUUACAUGAAUCACUCAAUUUGAGGUUGUUGGAUUAGAGCAUCUCUUGUGUAUGAUCCUAUUAACCACGUCUUAAUAUUGAAGCUUCAUAAUUCUGAUCUGUUUACUUCAUUUGUCCCACUGUUCAUGUGUUUGUCAUUGGACUUUCUGCCUUCAUAAACUGCCCAUUAGUUUUGUUUUUAAGCUUUUAAUUCUGUUUUAUUAUUACCUCACCAAAUCCUUUUAUAUGAGUGAAGUUAUCAAUAAAAAGGAAGUGAGAAAUUGAAGCCUGGAUUAGCGCUAAGAUUGAAACAGGAUCGUUUCCAUACCUAGAUCCGCAUUGUUUGCAUGGCUAAAACCUCUGAAAUUACAAGGGCGCAGUCUCCCUGGAAGCCUGGAUAAUCCACAGACUUCUCAGAGAACAGUUUUUAUAGGGACUAUUUCUUUCAGUAGGAAAUACUUUAAUUAAAAUCCAGGAGCAGGAAGGUCGUGGAUCAGAGUAACAGUUAUAUUACAGCCCAAAUCUCUGAGAGGAGAGACUGAACAUCUCUGGCACAAAUUAUCUUCACUGCUUCCCCCUAAGGGGUAACUGAAGAAGUGAUUUUCUUGUACUUUGUGUGAACUGAACCUCUCCCGUGUUUUAUAGGAAAUGCUUGACAUCAUGAAGGCCAUCUACGACAUGAUGGGAAAAUGUACAUAUCCCGUCCUCAAAGAGGAGACACCCCGCCAGCACGUAGAAGUCUUUUUCCAGGCGAGUGUGUCUCUGUGUCUGCUCUUUGUUUGUCACCGAAAAGAGGAUUUGGAAGAACCUCCUUUAUUUAUUUUCUUCCUCUCCUCCUCUCUGUCUCAACAGAAGAUGGAUAAAAAUAAAGACGGAGUGGUUACCAUAGACGAGUUCAUCGACUGCUGCCAAAAUGUAAGCUGGAUAUCCUCUUCUUCACUUCUCUUUGGGGCACUCUUGGCACACUUUCACUUUCUCAUUAUGUUUGUUAUUUCUCUCUCUCUCUUUUCCUCUCUCUGUGCACAGGAUGAAAACAUCAUGCGAUCAAUGCACCUCUUUGAAAAUGUACUUUAACUUUUGGCCGACUGUGGAAGAGAACUUCAUCUUUAACUCUGACUUGGACUCAUACUGUGUACAGUGUGCUAUGCAGACUUUUGACCAUAGAUACAGCAUUGUUCAUUACUGUGGGCCACAUGUGUGAGUAGGCAACACGGUGAGAACACUCUGGAGUGAUCUGCCUUUUAGACAUUUUAUUGCAUAAAUACAAAAAUAUGAAAAUAAAAAUGAAGUAGAGGAGGAAAGGUUUUUAAAGCUUGCUUGAUCUUUUGAGAUGAAACCCUUUAACUUCAAGGUUAACACCCACCACCGUUGUCUGUCUUCAAUUGACUGAGUGCUGCUUUCUGCGAGCUGUUUUAGCCUUGGACGUUACAAAAACCACUCAAAUAGAGAUUUCUGCAGCAGCCUUGACUUGUUUCAUUUAUCGCCGAGUGAAAUCACUGUGACUUUUUAAAGCAAGAAAAACAAACAGGACAAAAUAAAUUACGUCUGUAUUUUUCACAUUCCAGGUCGGCUCUCGAUUCCAGAGUGUUCUCACCCCUGACUUAGCGAACCAUCGUGGUCCUUGAGAGAGGGACAUUUAGAGAAGAAAACAUACCGUUGUAACAUUUUGAUCUGUACAUACUUAUAGAUAAAGCAUUAGGUAAGAACUCUGUGAGAACUUUUCAACUACGUCCAUGUUUACUUGCCAACUAGAAACGAAACAACACAAGGAUUGUAUUGAUGUCAAAACCGGACCAUAAUAUGGAUGGUUUGUCCAGAGAAGCACACAGGUAGCUACAUUUACCACAAGUAUAACAUUAGAUGAUAUCUUUGUCUUAAUAAAAAAUGCUGCUUUCAGUGUUUUUCUUUGAACCUUCUGUAUGUAUUUCCCCUGUAAAGUUGACCAUCUAUCUCUUUGUUUUGAAGCACUGCUGAGGAGUUUACACUGAAAGCAGUGUUGGAAGUUUAUUUAUAUGGUAUUAUGCUCAUUGUACAAAAGAUUGUCAGUUGUACAGUAUUAAAUCAAAGUUUGCUCUUGGGUGAAUCUCA